GGAUCAAUAAAAGGCUUGCUCGGUUAGGGGGGAACUUGAAGCUGAACAGGGGUAAAUUGUGUCUGUAUAUGCCGCCUCUUGGCCGGUUUGAGGGCUCUGAACGAAGCUCCAUGUUUUCGGUGUCCGUGCGACCCUUCGUCCUGCACAAUACAGAGCAGGUAAGCAGUCCGACGCUGUAGGUGCAGUUGGAAAAUGAAUUCUAUUUCUUUUUUUCUUGUUGCAUGGCAGUCUAAUAUUACAGACAGGGACGCAUUACCGGGAUCAGUGCAUGCAUGCCACCCACAUUCCAUGAUGUCGGGAAAGUUGACUGGUUGAGAUGAGAGCUUUGGUCAGAUCAGCGAUAUGCUUCAGCGUUGACUAACCUCGCAGCAGAGACAUACUCCUCAGGAAAUGUAAACAAAGAUACACAGGAGAGGGCGACGUGCAGGUGCAUUGGAGGGUUUUCGUGAGCUUUGUGGUUAACUUGGUAGGAUAUCGUUGUAGAAAUGAAGUGAAUGUGCAGAAUGUGUUGCUUUUUUUGUAAGGAAAGAAAGAAAUUAGUUGGAUGGUAGAGUUAGGAUCAAAAUGAAAGACUAUCACACCUAACUCGUUUUGGAGGAGUCUUGUCAAGUUUGCUUGGAAACAUGUUGGUAUCUGAAUACUUACUCUUGCUUCAGAGCUCUACUUCAAUAACCCCCUCCCUUCCUCCCUGUUGGUGUUUCGGUGUAAAUACAGCGGAAUGUGCUCUCGGAGCUUGAAAGGCAAGUUCAGUGGCAUUACUCACAUUUAGUGUGCGCAUUUCUUCACUUAAUCCUGUGACCAAGUCGAAAUCUACUGUUGCGUCUCUUUUCUUGUGUGUGUGAAUACAGAGAGAGGGAGGGGCCUGGGGUGGGGAGCUGAGGGUGGGGUGACACUCCUCAAGGUCACAGACAGACAGAUGCUGAUGUCCCAGGAAUGAUAUUGUCUGGGUUGCUCAUGAACUUGAACAGUUAUUUAAAAAAAGGGUAUUGAUACAUGGUCAGAGGGGAAUUUUGUUCACCAUAUAGAUUCAUCCAAUCUAUUAAAAUAUAUAUUUUUUUAAAUUUGAUCUCCUCGAUCACUGUCCUUGCUUGGCAGGGGACAUAUAGAUAAAAAAUCUAGAUAUUAUUUUACGUUCUUAUUUCCAGAUUUAUUGACUAUUCUUGAUUGCAAGCCUUUAAUUUGGUUUACCAUGUGGCAUGUGACCUUAUGAAAAACUAGGGCUUAAUUUCAUGAAAGGUUCGCUCAGCUUGGUUUUUGAGGAAUUACUUUUUUCUUUUCUUUUCCUUCUUUCUUUUCUUUUUUUUCUCUUGCAUCUUGGUAUUUGCUAGGAUUGUUGAAGGGCAACCAAGAAAAUUCAGUUUGGUGCGUUCCCUUUGAAAUCCUUAAUAAAGGGGACAGAUUUUUUUAUUAGUUAGAUAGAAAGGGAAAACAGUACGUCAUCUUAGUCUUUGUUGUAGGGCCGCACGAUAUAUCGUUUGAGCAUCGUCAUCGGGAUGUACGUGUGCGAGAUAGUCGCGUUGCAGAGGCUGCGUUGCAGAGGCUGCGUUGCAGAGGCUGCGAUGUAGGAGGCGUACAAACUCAUCUAAUUUCAAUGAAUAAUUGAUUGACUAAUUGACUAAUUCCAUCAAUCCAAAUCAGAGCGGAGGAAACCAUGUUCCUGCGCAUGGAGUGAGUCGCUAACGCGGCUGGUAUUGUUCUGAUAGAUGCAUACCUGCAGAGAAUUACUUUGGGAACAUUACUCAUCACUGUUUAUCCCCACAAAUAAAAAUUUUAUGGGUUUUAAAUUGUACAUUUCCGUGGACCACUCUACUAUAAACGGUGCGGAUUUGCGCAAGGUGCGAGUAAUUCUCGGUGGACAUGCAUUUCUUGGCACAACACCGGAAACAACAACAACGAUUGCAAAAUGAGAUACAAAUUAGAGAAAACCACCGAAAAUGAAGACUUGUUGGCAAAAAAAAAAAAAGAAGUAACUUAUCUGGAAUUAUUUUGGUUACAAGAAGGAUGAUGACACCAAACACCUGUUCUGUGUUGGCAGUGCCUUUUAUCUGUUGCCACAAGGAGAAAUAACAAGUCCCAGCACAAUAAAAGCAAGCUAAAAAUAUCUCUAAGACAGACAGAAGCCAUUCUACUAACAUUCACAAAAAGAGGUAAGAUCAGUGCAGGAUAACUGUCCUCAAGAUUUCAGCAGUGCAGCAUGAGAUAAAGUGCUAUUCAGGUCAUCUGCUGAAAAGUCCUGUAUUUUUUAAUAUCGCAAUAUAUAUCACAGGGUUGAAAAAAAUGGCAAUGUUAGUUUUUUCCAAUAUUGUGCAGCCCUACUUUGUUGCAUAUUUAGUCCCUUUACACACAGACAGUCUUUACAAUGAGACAGGUGCAACUUGUGAGAAUAUAACUGGACCUAGACACUUUUCAAACACUACUGAUGGGGUUGAACCACAAUAUACUUUCAUUUAGCAGCUUUCAGGGAAAGGGUCUGAGUUUAUGCUGCAGCAGGCAGCAAGAACUGAUGAAUUAUGAAUGGUUUAGAAAAUGCGCGUGAAUGUUAGUUGGCAGAGUGUAGCUGUAAUGCACUCCUCCAACCAGCUCUUCUCUCUUGUGGAAAUUCUCUCAGCAGGCAGGAGUCUUGCAGCCCAGAAAAGCCAAACUUCUUUACUCUGGGUCAGAUUCACUGCCAUUUGACACAGUUAUGUCUGCACAGACACACACACACACUUGUGUCCACUCAUGUGAACACAAACUCACAAGAAAUGGGCCCCAUAGAAACCCUCAGCUUGAAGAGGAUUUUCUUUUUUGCCUGUCUGGAAGUGGAGUUAGUUUUACCUACCAAUUCAACAUGCUGGGUCCCAGGGAAUAUUUAGGUGUGACCGGUUCGGAUUAAAGCUGAAAGUCUGAAUAGUAUAUAGAAGCAGUCUUGCUGAAGAAAAAUCAAAAGGAUGGAGGUAGAAUAUAUCACAGUAAAUCCCAUAACUUUUAUUUCUAUGAAUCCAGGUUUAUACCCACUGAAAUUCAGUUAUAGCAUCAUUUACCCUGUCUCCUGGAUAACAGACCACACAUGCAGUCAGCCCAUGUGUCUGGUCUCUAACUGAUCUCUUUGCAAUUCAGAAUGUCUGUUGGUUCUGCAUGAGGCAAGUGGUAUCCAUAAAUGUCACAUCAAGGGCUCCUCUGGUUUGGUUCUGGAUCCUCUUGUCAGGUCUACAUACACUCUUAUAGAGACAGAUAUCUGUAAAUCUCAUUUUGAGCAUUUAUAUCUUCUCUUUGUCUCUACUCAUUCCCCCUUAUGUCAUUGCUUUCUGUCUUUGGCUUUGGUUUCUAUUACAUUAGCUGUUUUCUCUGGCUCCUGUCUUACUGUAAUUCCCAAUCUGUGCUACAUAACUGCAUUACUACAGGGUAUAAAGAAUGGAAGACUUUCCCUCUCCACAUACACAAACAUAUAAAAGUGUUCACUCCUACAGUGUGUUGAUGAGCCAAAUCUUGGGGGUCUAUCUCUCAAGUCUCUUAAAUGAGUUCUCUGCAGCAGUGUGGACCUAUUUCUACAGUCUGCAGGGAAUCUCUUCUUUGUGACUUUCGUCUUAUUUAUUCAUGCAAUUCAUGGUAUCAGUUACAUAACCGAGUGGCCCAGUUAUAGAAAAUAUUAUUAAUGUUACCAGCUAUUUAUCAAAGAAUUGGUAAAGACAAUAGAUCGCUGCUCUGGAUAAAACAGAAAGUUUUCUAAGGGCCCAAACAGCGGGGGGUUUAGAGUGUGGCAUAUUUUUACAGUUUGAUUUGAAGAGGUCUUUUGGCAGAGAAGGUGAAUACCUCUGUUCCUCCAGCUUUGUGAAGGAGUCCGGGAAUGAUUCCUAUGCUCAAGGGUAUCUAAUUAUGCCACCAGGCAGUUGAUCAGAGUAAACCUGAAAGGACUUGCCAGUUACUCCAUACACAAAGAAAAUCUGUGACUGUGUUCAUGACUGGCUUUCAUUGUUUAAUUCAAUUGCCAAGCAAAAACUACAGUUUUCAUUUUCCUCCCACUGUCUCCAUUUUAAGAAUUUGCUAGUUUUAUAAUAUUUUGAUUUUUGCCGAAACCAGUGUGCUUAGUUGACUGAACUAUUAAUUAUUGUAACCCUAGCAAGUUGGCAUCAGAAUCAUUAGUUGGUUUGUUGAGUUUAUCAGUAUCUAAGACUAGGGCUGGGCGAUAAUCCGAAAAUUUUCCAAUACCAAAAUUUACGACAAUAACUGAUGUCAUUUUGACCAUAUUGGUAUAUUCAGUGUCAACAAAAUAAAUAAAUAAAAGAUGGUCUUGGAUAAGUGUAGGUAGGCAAUGGUCUCAUGUUCCUUUAAGACGCUGUCCUACGUAAUGUCAUAGUCAUUCAGGUAGGAUUUAAAUUUCCAUUGAAAUAACCAAGAAGUGAUUCACUACAGAAUAUUCCAUGGCAACAGCUGGACAUUUUGCUUUUGGUGUAACAGUGUUAAAUCACUAACAGUGAAAUUAAAUGAUCCUGUACAUGCUUAUGUUUAGGGCUGGGCGAUAGAGCAAGAAUGAUGUAUAUUAAAAAUUAAUUUCCCUCAAUAGCGAUAUGACACAUAAUUAAUAUGCUUUUCGAUAGUUGGCAUUCUGCAAUGUUUUGGUAGACUAUACGAAUAGCCAAUGAAAAGGGGAGUUGCUCUGGGUCGCGCCGCACUGAACCUAUCGUGCUGAAUUAAAACCAAGUAGCAAACAACUGCGGAGUAGCAGGCUGCAGCUACACGUAACUAUAGCACUUGAACAUGUGAAGCUGACAGCAUUGUCGGUGAGAAAAAAGAAAAUGAGUGCUACCCCCGGCAGAAAUGCAGAUGACGGCUCAACAGAUCACGACAUCGUCAACAACACUGGCACAAAAACAUUGGUAGUGUGGAGGUAUUUUGUUUUUUUGAGGUCAGACAUGAAGCAGAGUAAUGUGCGUUGCAAAUUAUGUCCAGUACAUGUUAAAUUUCAAUUAAGAGUAACAGGGAACAUUUAAGAUUGACAACUGAUUUUUUGUUUUAUAUCAUGAUACAUAUUGAUAUCAACGGAUUAAAAAAAUAUAUCAUGAUAAACUUUUUCCCUUAUUGCCCAGCCCUACCUGUGUUUCACUUUGGCCAGCUUAGUGUCAAAUGUUGUGAACAGUUUCUUGUUCAUUACAUUUUCUUGUGCUUUCUCAUAGGAAAUAAAUAAGGUUAAAAGUUUGUUGGACACAUUGGAUUAAAUUAUUGGUUGGACAAUUAUGACAAAUAUCCCAUGAUACCCUCUAACUUUCCCAGCAGUUACGAAAAUAUUUGCCCUGCACAUAGAGGUAAACUGCAGCAAAUAGUUUCCAAUAGAAAAAUACUUUUCCAUUUUCAAAUGUGCCUUCUGUCUGUUCUUAAAAGAAAUAAAAGGAAACACAGACUUCUUAUAACCUUGUUAAUAUGCCAUCUUCAUAAACCAAUCCAGUAUCACACCCUCUAUCCAAGUAGUAGCAAACCAAUGGCCAUGGGAUAUUUAUUUUUUCCACAAUGGUGUGAAAUCAGGAACUUCAAACACUUUUUGAAUAGCAGCUUUUCCAAAAGACUGCCUCUACUCAGAACCCCCUCUCCUCCCUCUCCUGAUUUUUUUUCUUCCCCCUCCCUUAAAUCCUCAAAAUAAUUAUGUGCAUAAAUAGAGAGUGAAAGAGAGGAAGAGAGGAAUUGACUGGGAACUCCUGAUAAGUGUGGCAGAAAGACAGAGAAAAGGAAAAGGAUGGAAAUGUUUCAUCCAUCAGUAGGCCUGUCACGAUAACAAAUUUUGCCGGACGAUAAUUGUGCUACAAAUUAUUGCCGAUAAACGAUAUUAUUGACACCGUUUUUUAAAUUAUAGAUAAUGAUAUUAAAUGGCAUAAUAAUGCGAGUACACCGUGUCAAAAGUGAUAAACUUUCAUUUCACCCACGACGAAGACGUAACGUUGACGAGCUAAACAUAAGUCGGAGAUGACUAAAAUGUGACGAGACGAAAGUGCGUUUACGUUGAUGGGACGAGACGAAAAUGACGAACAGAGUUGCAAAACUCAGUCAGUUAAACGCUAAACAUACAGGAGCAGCUUCAGUCCGCUCUGACAGCUCUCAUCAGCCUGCUGUGCUCCUCCAACACACAGACACACAUGCGCGCGCGCGCACACACGUGGAGUUUUGUGGUUGACGAAAACAAAACUGGUUUAAAGCCGAAAUAUUCCCACACUUGGGCUGUUGCGUUCGGUUUAGUCACCAAAGCUGUCGUGUUCAUUCUGUUUGCUUGCUUUUCACUCACGACGCUCACUUGCAGCACUGUAUCCAAAAGUCUGUGUCUGUGUGCCUGUGCGCGCCAGCCCCCUCGUGACAAAGACACUGAAUGACUGACAGGAGGGUUCACUAACUCCGUUCAUUCCGCUAUAGAGCCAACGCCCCCAGGUGCCGAGAACAAUGCGCAGAGUGAGACCUCUUCUCUCAUCCAGCGUGUUUGGUAGCGAGAGAGGAGGAAAACAAACGCACGUCAAUUAUCGAGGCUGGCAAAAUGACCGACCUCGUUUUUAUUUACCGAGCGAUAAGGCGAUUUAUUGAUUAUCGCGACAGGCCUAUCCAUCACUGUUUCUGAAAUCAAACUCAUAUAUGAAGGAGUAACGCGAUGAAAAUAGUCAAAUCUGAAGUUUUUUUUUCCUUCUGUCGCCCCUUUCUCUCUCGCUCCCUUUUACUCCUUCUACAGUGCUUGUGUGAGAAUGUGUAUGUACUGAUUCAGAGGCCAAGCAGGUGCACAUUACACAGAGGGAUAGGGCCCACUGAGCAGAGAGAGAGAAAGAUGGUGGGGAAACGGAGAGGGAGGGCGGGAGGAAAGGGUGGUCUGUCUUAGAGGUCAUACAAAAGAGCCAGUGUUUCCCCUCUCUCCCUCUCUUAGAGCGCAGAGUGAAGACAGUAAUGGCAGUGGUGGGGGAAAGAGAGAGGCCUUUUGGUCACAUUGUCCUCAACCCCCCCUGCUUGGGUUCCCCCCCCCGCGGCCUGCUCACCCCCUGUCACCCCUCACCCAGUGGCCCACUCACACAAAUCUCAACAUGUGGGUGCCUGCGAGAGCUUUACAUUCAGCUGAAUGUCACUCGAAAUUAGAGGUUUUUUUGUAAAAUUUCGACAAAGUUAAUAGCAACAAAAAGUAGAUAUCAAAGUUUAGUGUCUACAAUAAAAUACAAGUAAAAAUAAAGAACUUCAAGUGCGUGUGUGUGUGUGUGUGUGUGUGUGUGUGUGUGUGUGUGUGUGUGUGUGUGUGUGUGUGUGUUUAAAGGCUGCAUUCCUGUGCUUGCUGAGCCGUAGCUGGGUGAUUAAUAGUAACUAGCUGAUUGUUUAAGAAGUGAAAUUCCUCGGCCCGUUUUUUCUUUUUUUUUUCCUUCGCAUUUACACACAGACGUAAGUGCAAAUACACACACGCAUGCAUCCACAUGCACACCUUGCUUACACCUGUACACACACACAUAUACACACUUAUGUAUACACGGAUGCACACACUGGUGACUGGGCACCAGUGUCACUCAGGAGGGCUGUGACAUAGUGAGUGCAGGAAAUGAUACAGUAAAUGAACAACAGUUCACCGGUGAGAGGUUGGUACGCUGGGGAGAAUAGUUCAUUGCGUGUGUGUGUGUGUGUGUGUGUGUGUGUGUGUGUGUGUGUGCGUGCGUGCGUGCGUGCGUGUGUGUGUGUGUGUGUGUGUGUGUGUGUUUUUGAGGCAUUCAGGUAGAAUAAAUGAAGCUCAGUAUGUGAGUUGUCUGCAGGUUUCACAGGGAAUUCAGGACAGAGAAACAUUAUCCACCUCUCUCUCUCUCUCUCUCUCUCUCUCUCUCUCUGUCUCUCUCUCUCUCUCUCUCUCUCUCUCUCUCUCUCUCUCUCUCUCUCUCUCUGUCUAUCAGCUCCUCUGUUGCGCAGUCUCUCUUUCCCUCUGAGUGUUCGUUAUUCCAAAUGUGAUUCCUCUUCUGGUUGGUUCUUUUUUAUCUCGCUGUUGCAUCUUUCUAUUCUUCCCACCCCCUUAUUUUCUCUCUAAAUGUCUGUUUUUCUUGAGCACCGUAUGUAUAUAGAGUACAUAGUGUCUUGAGAAUAUCUACGGACCUCAAGGUUUAAUACAAUACAGUUAAGCAGUAUUAUUAUUCCAAAUGCAGUACUUAUGAAACCUGUAAUGAACUGAACUUUGUAUCCUUCGCUGAGGAGGGUUUCUUUCAGGGCAACUGUAUUAGACAGCCUCCACCAAAGAGGUUUGUACUUGUACUGGUACAACAAGGAGUGUGUGUGUGACAGAUAAACCGCCUUGUCUUGUGUUUAUGGUCAUUUUGUUUUGGAGCCAGCAGCCUGGCUUGGACCAAUAAGAAUUCCUGAUGUGGUAUCCUGGCAAUGGGCGGGUUUCCAUGGCAGUCACCAGCUUGGCAGAAGAGAUAACGUUCUCCAAGAGCCUUGUGCUAUCCUUUGGUCUAGCUCGGGCCCGCUUCAGUGUGACUUCAGAGGAAUGUUGUGAGGACAAGUUGACGUCUGAUUGCAGAGAGAAAAGGGGUGCAGGGAGCAGACAAUGACACAGAUACAUAUGCUUAGCUGUUCAUCCUCUGAAAGGUGGCAGCAGAGGAGGCGGGUGGCUGCUUUGAGGAAUGUGUUUGUGUGUGCAUGUGUGUGUAUGAGUGUGUGUGUGUGUGUGUGUGUGUUACCCUUGGUAAAAGGACUCACAGUGUGUGUAUGUGUGCAUGAGGAUAGGUUUCAAUUUGUAGGAGUUGGAUAAACUUGUCAUUUAACAAAGCUAGAAGUAUGGCAAUCUUUCAGAAACAGACAAAUAUAGAUUGUGCAUGUGCAUGUGUGUGUGUGUGUGUGUAUAUAUAUGUGUGCAUGCAGUGUGUAAAACACCCCUCUGCCCCUUGUAGUGUGAGGCUUUAAUGUUUAAUUAAUGUUCACAGAAACAGAGAUAAUGAUUAACAGAGUGAAUUUGAGUUUCUACAACUCAGACUCCAUUCAUAAGACUCACUGUUAUUUUAGCAAACUACAAGAUUUACUUUAGUCAUAAAUAAUUUCAGUCAGUUGUUUAUUUUUAAAGGCAUAUUGAGGAUAAAUACUGUCUUAACAUUUACCUGGAAAGCUUAGUGAUUCUAACUUUAACACAACAAAGAAUAUAAAGAGGGCAAGUGAAGUUUUCCCAGAGACUGUCCCCUGAAAUGUCAGUGGGAUUCCAUGGUUAAAGCAAACAACUCUAUGAGCUAGAUACACACUGUUGUGCAUGUAUGUGGACUUGGGUGUGUGUUUGUGAGUGCAUUUCUUUUUUUUUUUUCUUUUUUUUUGUAGGUCUGUGUCACACAUUACCAAAGAGUCAUUCAGUUGAAAACAUCACAUAUUAACUUUUCUUUACUGUAUCUGUAGAAAGAGGGAAAAAGAAAAGAAGUGUGAAAUAUUUUUAGGGAUACACCACAGGGCCAAAAAAGACUGAAGAAGAUUGUCACAGAUUUUUUUUUUAUGUAUUUCUGUUUAAUUUCACUGUACAUGCAAUAAUGUUUUCGUCAUCUAUCCAACCACUGGUCAUCAAACUAAGCAUACUCAGUGGACUAACAUCGGAAGUUGAUAUGUUUGAUAAAAUCUGUGUCCUUGGCGUCUUUGUUAACUGCACUGUAGUACUAACUGCUUGAGGUACGGUUUCUAAUUGGCCAAGGGUCACACAAUGCAGACAGUGAGGGUAGGUUGAGGGUAAGUGCUUUGCCUCAGAGCACUCUCUAUGUGGCCAGUGGGACCUGUGAUUGAACCCCCAACCUUCCCAUUGAGAGAUGACUGUCUCUACUAUCAACUACCUGCCUUAUUUGUUGUCCAACCUUCAAACACAGCAGAACAUUAUGUGCUGUACAGUCGUGACUUAUCACUAAUUUUUUUUACUUUUGAGUUGUCUCAAAAUUCAAACAUAUGCACACUCCUACUGCUUUGUACUUCUGAAAUACAUCUUUGUCAUGAUGACAACUUAUUAGAGGACUUUUUCCCUCCUCUCUGAAUAAUUGUGGUACAAGUUUUGUAAAACAUGACUGUUUUAUCCUACAGUGAAACUGAAAAAAUACAGCAAUAUUGAUGGUUUUUGGAUCAAGUGAGUCGUGGGAACCCACAGGUAGUGAUUUGAAACUUAAUGGAUACCUGAUAAAAUGUUUGUCUCUUCGGCAAGUGUAGUGUUUAAUUUUUUUUUACGAAGAGCAGAUGGUUAAGGUAUGUUCAAAAUAUAUGAGAAAUAUAGGAAUAAUAUUCUUUUAUAACAUAGCAAUAUGUCAAAUCAAUUUCUAUGUUGGCAAAUGUAAAAUUCUUUCUUUAAAGGAAGAAUUGAAGUCUGAAUUCUGACUUUUACCUUUUUUUUUUUUUUUAAAGAGAAAUGCUUAAGUAGCUACUUUUAUGGCACUACUUACAUUGUAACUUAAUGUCAUCAGAAAUUCUUUGACACUUUGGGUAUACAGUAUACUUCCUGGGAAUUAGAUGAGGAAAAUGCCAACAAUCUCAUACCUGUGCAUACUUAACUAGUGCAGUGAAAAAGAAUGUUUAAGUCAAUGAAAUAAUUACUUUAGGUUUCAUUGUCCAUGAGGUUUUCAUCUGGAGCCAAACCAUCAAUCUCCUCCAUUCCCCAAUCUAACAAGCUGCUGGCUGCACUGUUUAAUCACAGAGAUAAUUUCAGUCUUGUCAGUGAACUCUUUCAAGAAAAUACUUGAAAUGGUCCAAAUAAAUGUUUUACAAAAUUACAACUAAAGGGGUCUUCUGUUUUUAGCGAACACUCUUUAUUGAUAGUCCAAGUUGUACAGUCUUCUGUAUCAAGACCAACAAUUCGAUUUUAAACCUCAACAACUUCCUCUUACUGUCUGUGAGUUCCUGAACAUGGCUCUCUUAAUGAACUCUCUCUUUCCCCAUCUCUUCUUCAGGACUCUGCUGUCGACAGACUUCUCGGGAAUACGCCUUGUCUCCAUGGUAACAGGGCACCGGCAGUCCCAGAAAAGCACUGGGCCAAACCUCCUCCAUGCUCAUCCGACUAACCUGAUCCUGGACUGUGACAGAAGAUACAAACCAGAAAUAAAACAGAUGAUGUUUCUUUAAAUUUUUGUCUUAUUGUUGCUACUUUCAGCCACUUAACUAAUUUUCGGCUUUUGAAUUGCCGAGGAUGCCUUAAAAAGUGUCUGAGAUCAAAAGUUAAUGAGUAGUAGUGUGAUGUAGAGGACUCUGAAUCUUCCCUAAAUGAUCCGUGGAAACCAAGAGGAAAACUCUUUGUAAAAGUUGAAUGGAUCAUCAUUUGAGGAAUGCAUUCAAUCCUGAUUAAGGGAUCCUAAAACUGGGCAGUACCAGUCCCAAACUGGUCCGAGAGGAGGCCUAAGUGGGAGGGAGGAUGCACCAACUGUUCAGUCGUGUGCUAGGGCAGAGAGAUCUGUCCAGAGCAGGGGAUCUGUUUUCUUUGGAGGACUCAGAGAUCAAGGACUGUCUGUCUCAGGCUCUGGACCAGAUCAAGGCCAUCUCUUGCUCACCGGUCAGUAAAUUUAUAUACAAUAACAGCAGAGUGUGUAAUGACAGGCAGAACAAUACUCGUAUGCUUUUUAGAGGGCACUUUUGAUUAUAAUCAGUUUUCCAUGUCCUUAUCCAUUAUUCAUCGUUGUCUCCUCGAUGUAUACAUAACUGUGCACUCUCUCUGCUCACUGGCUGACAGGACUAUUUGACCAAUGACAAUGACCAAGCAGUUGUGGAGAUUUGCAUAACACGGAUCACCACAGCCAUAAGGGAGACGGGCUCCAUUGAGCAGCACAGCAGGGCACUGGUGGGGCUGUGGGAGUCCUGUCUUGAACAUAACCUCACCCCACAAGGUGAAAACACAGAGGACACGCCACAUGCCAAGAUAGCGUCCGACAUCACCAGCUGUAUCCUUCAGGUACGCCCAUUAAACAUUGUUUUGUUCCAGAAAGCCAUACUUUGGUCUUCUCUUUAAGCAACAACUUCAGUGGUACUUAAGUUGUCACUCGUACAGCUGUCAGUGAGAUAUGCUUAACUUUAACACACUUUAUUACUUUCAUUAAAAGAAAUAUACUCUGAAUUGCAAGUGUUCAGUGUUCCGACAGUCUGAUCCAUGAAUUAAAGUAGAGUUGUCAGAGGGCAGAGUGUAAGAAAUUGACAAAUUUAAGUUUGUCACAUCUUUUUCAUUUUUUGUGUUACUGUUGCAUUUUGAAUUUCAUGUUUAAAGUAACAUUAUUUCGAAUUAACAAUGCCAUAUUAACAAUGACAAACCAUUCUUAUUGGUGUCUUGAUUUUGGGAUCAAAUUGAUGCAGUUAAAUGUACUUUAUGAUCUUAACCUUUACAUUCAUUAUUCAAAUAAAUAAUGUGGUCCUACACCAGUGUGGUCUGAGAGGUAGGAGAUGGCAUCAAAGGGCUUAUUUAGUGAAACAUGGUGCUUAUUUGAAUGUUUUUGAAAGGAUAAAACUGUUAUUUAUGAAGAAAUAUGGAUACGUGCACGUAGGGCUGAGCAAUAAAAUGACAACGAUUUAUAUCAAAAAUUAUUGUCCCUUAAUAUCAAUAUAAAACAUGGUCAGUAUGCUUUUUGAUAGUCGGCAUUCUGCCAUGUUUUGGUAGACUAAAUGAAUAGCCACUGAAAAGGGGAGUUGCUCCGGGUCUGCUUCACGCUGAACCAAUCAUGUGCUGAAUAAGAACCAAGUAGCAAACAACUGCGUAGUCGUAGACUGCAGCUACACGCAAACAGGCAAAGCCGACAGCACUGUUGUGAGAAAAAAAGAAAAUGAGGUCUAACCCCCGGCAGAAAUGCAGAUGAAGGCUCAACAGAUGAUGACAUUGUCGACAACACUAGCAUGAAAACAUCGGUGGUGUGGAGGUAUUUUGUUUUUUUGAGGUCGGACAUGAAGCAGAGUAAUGUGCACUGCAAAUUAUGUCAAGUACAUGUUCUCGCAAAGUCGGGGAAUACCUCAAAUCUUUUUCACCACCUGAAGCAGUGCCACGCAGCAGAGGACGCGCAAUGGAAAAGGUUACAAACCCCGAGUGGAGCAAGGAGCCCACGGCGCCUGUGCAGCCGAAACAGCUGACCAUUGAGUCCACUUUCUCCAGCGCAACACCUUACGACAAAACGUUAGAGAGACACAAUGACCUCACAGAUGCAGUAGCUUAUUGUAUUGCAAAAGACAUGCUGCCAGUAAGCACUCUUAAAUUUUAUUUUUGAUAUAAAAUAUAUCGAUAUCGACUAAUAUGAAAAUAAUGUAUCGUGAUAAAAUUUUUCCCAUACCGCCCAGCCCUACAUGCAUGUACGAAAUGUCCAGUUAGUGUUAAUAUGGUGUGCAAUUAUUCCCAGUUGAUUGUGAUUGCUCACUGAUGACUAUUAGUCACUGUUAAAUCUGACUGCAAUUUUUUUGGGAGGUGGCUUUCUCUAUUUCAUACAGGUCAAACAGUAAGACAUCAACAUGCCAACCUCCCUUAGACUUGAGUUUUUCACAGUGUUAACUGACCUGCAGUCAGAUGCAACUUGAUAACCAUUUGGCAAACCCUGCAGUGAGCUCCUUGGAUUUAGUUUCAUCCACAAGUCCGCGUUGAUGUGAAUUUACAGCUAAAUAGAAAAUCUUGCUUUAUUUUCUUCCUAAUUAAACAUAAUUUCUCAGAUUUAUCGUGUCAUUCUCAUGAGAGCUCCUGAGCCCAGAGUGUGGGGGAGCCAGUUUUCUUACCCCAGCUAAAAUACUUGCAAGGCAAUGAAUUUUCUAUGCAUGGUUUACUUUUUUAAAUAACCAAUGCUGCAGAGAAAAUGCUAAUUGUAAGCUCAAAAUUGUCUGCAAUAUAAAAUGGCAAACAUCAGGUAAAAACACAGUUGGAGUUUUUUUUUCAUUCUAGGGGAAAUAGGAUGAGGGAAGAUGAGGAGAAGUGUGUACGGAUGCGAAAAUCAUAACAUCCAUCAUGCAACACACUCAGAAGUGGAUUUAUGCUCUCAAGAGCAAGUAUACAGUAGUUACAUAAUCAGCACUAGAGGUCUUUUAAAUGUAAAUUACAAACUUGCCUGUACUCUUCCCACCAGACCAUAAAGGCAUAAAAGCAGAGGGACCCUUUCUCCUUCACCCUGUCUGUCUGUCUGUCUGUCUGUCUGUCUGUCUGUCUGUCUGUCUGUCUGUCUGUCUCUUUUUCCCUCUCUUCCUCUCUCUUGCUCUCACUCUCACUUUCCCCUCUUGCUCUUUCAAUUUCCUUUGGGAAUAGGAAUGUGCUUAAUAGCAACGUAAUGAGACUGAUUCUUGAUGAAAGCACUGCACACACUCAUUGGGGUGAGACUUACAGUCCUGACAGCUCUGGCGGCAGCUCCGGGCAUUGAUGUCCUGAUAUCAGCUGCACUUCUCUCUCUCUUUCCAUCUCUCUUUGCUCUGUCGCUGUUUCUGUCUCUGAUCUGUUUCUUUUCCUGGUUUCUAUUUCCCCUGUCUCAACUACCUACAUCUCCUUUUUCUGAUGUCUUCUACUCUCUUUGUCUUCCUCUCAUCCUGAAUCCAUGGGCGCACACACAGACACUCGUCUUCUUAGCCUUCCACUAAAACUCCCACUGUGAAGGGAGAAGUAAGUAACAGACUGUAGGGAGAGUUAUUUUCAUUUGCAGAAUAUAUGUGUAUGUGCCAACAAAUUCAGCUCUUUCGAGUUUAAAGACGGGGUUCUUAAUCUGUACUGUGCUGACAUUCAAUUGUCUCUUCUUUUGAGUGAAAAUAAUACACGUCUCUGUGUUUAGAUGAAAGGAACCUUGAGGACACCCCUGUGCAAAAAUGUGCUCUAAUAUCAACAUAAGAGCGCAAAUCAAAAUAUUUUUAACAGAUCACCUUUAUCAGUGUGUAAUGUAGUUUUGGUGAAUAGAUUGUCUGCACUGCCAUCAUGUGGUGAACUGGAGGAAUGGCAGACAAAGAAGGAUGAUGACAAACAUCCUGUAACAUGAGCAGAAGACAACUGAUUGAAAGGGUAUUCCAGUGAAGACAUACCCUAGGAAAGCUAAGACUUGGGUUGAUGUUGAUAGAUGGAUCAUAAUUUUCAUUCAGUGCUGUAAAAAUCCCAGAUAAGUUAGCAAUCAUUGAUUAUAGUUGAAGAAAAUAUGUAUUCAUGGUCAUUCGAGUAUUUUAGGUGUUAAUCUGAAUCUUUCUGUGUUUCACAAGCAGACAUCUGCAGCUAAAAUAAGCUUGAAAUCAAAGUGACCGACAUCUCUAAAAUGAAAGUACCUCAGGGAUGUUAGCUCAGCAGCAGACUCUUUACAGCCUGUUAUCCCCCAUCUGUCUCACUCACACAAGCCGAGUACAAACCGACUUGGUCUUAGUCUGUCCUGUUGAGGGUGCUAGCGUCUUUCAAAUCCACGUCUAUCACAGGGACAAGUGUCUGCAUCUCUCAGACUGUAAACACAACAAACAUUUCCCCUUCCUCUUUCUGCACUUGAAUCCUGAAGUAAUGCGAACUUUUCAAGUCAGUUAAGCCCUUUUUCGAUCAAGUGUAAUUGCACUAGUGAUCACUAAACACAGGACAAUGAGAGCUUGAACUCCAUUAAACAUGUUACUGCUUCUCUCAGUGCCAGUCAGUCAAUACAGAAAUACAACAAUUUUACCCUGCAGAAUAACUUGCAACAAGCUUUGCUAACAGGUGGUAUUCAGUGAUGACCAGUAUUGAUUUGUGACAAAUCUCUGUGAGAAAUGUAUUCGUAGACAUGCUGAUCAUAAAUGUCAAAAAUGUGUGGAAAACAUGUAAUUGGAUUACAUGUUUGUUUACUUUUUUCAUGAGGAUAACUUAUAAGGGUGGGAGAAAAAAUCCAUUCACAAAAGUAUUGCAAUUUUUAGUUUUUGUUUCUUUCAAAUCUAUGGUAUCUGUUAAUACAAAAUGUGUUAACUAAUGUUCUUGCUCUUUUCCUUUCUUGAAUGUCUCAUGAUUGUGUAUCCUCAAGCUUCCUUUUUUCUUAUAUCCCUUCAGAACUACAGCUGUCCAUCAGUCAUGGUGCUCGCCGUCCCAGUAGCAGUUCGGUUCCUGCAGAGAGGGAACAGAGAGCUGAGCAGGAACAUGUCCAGUUAUCUCUCUCUGGCUGCUAUAGCGAAGGCUGACCUGCUGGCUGAGCACACAGAGGCCAUAACACACAGUGUGCUGGGAGGUAUGGAAAUACACACAAAAAUAUCUGGCAUAAUGUUCACAAACAUGGUUUUACCACAUGAUGAGUGGAGGGUGUUUCUGGGAUGUUUGCUCUAUAACUUUACCUUUGCAGACUCUUAUUUUAUAAUAAAUUCAGUUUCUUAGAAAUGUGACCCCUUCAGAACCAAAGCAGUGCGGUGCAAUUUCUCUCUUUCCCAUUUAUCUAUGCUGUCCCACUUGCUGUAGAUACAGAUCUUGUAGACACCUUGGGGUAUGUGCAUGCGUGAGCAUGUGUCCUCUGUAGAAAAAGAAACUCAAAUCAACAGCUUUACAGAAGAACUCCGCUUAGGCCUAUCCAUCAGAAUGAAAAUGGUCUUCUUAGCAGGUGUUGAUCAGCCCCAUUGUACUUAUUCAGUUGCAGAUAGUUGACUGGUGGAUUUGGCUGUUUGGAUUAGUAAUGAAACAUGUAUGCUCUUUCUUUGGGGACUGUUCAGACAGACCUGCAUCAAUGGGCUCAGCUGGUUUGCUAGAGUGAAAAAAGACUGCUGUUGCAAUCAGAAGUUGUUGUUGGCAAACUACAGUUUUAUCCAAUCAUGAGCCGUUGAAAGAAACAUUCAAAUACAGUAAGUCCCUGCUUGCUAUGUAAUGGUAGUGUACCUUCUGUUGGCACGCUAAUUCUGCAUGUAAUUUCACACAAAAGAAGGAUGUGGUUUUGUCAAAAAAAGGGCUCUCAACUGUUUCUGAAGACUUUUCUUUUUCAUUUGUGUGGUACUUGUAGAUUUUCAACUUUGGUUUGUUUCCCUUACUCUGAUUUUUGACCUUAAACAUAACAUCUGAAUUGUUUCAAUAAAUAUGCUACAAGACCUUGUUCAUUUUGCAUUCACUUAUAUACAUUUCUGUCCUAUCUUGUCCACACGUGAUAUUAUACUCUCAAGCUGAUGCAACUUUUCUGUUUGUCUCAUAUAAGUUUUGCAAUUCACACUGCUUACAGGAUUUUAGUCUAUUCAGCCCCCCUAGGAAUUACAUUGAAAUUCUUUUCCCAAGGAGUCCAGAACAUGAAUCCGACUCCAGGAGUCCUUUAAGAGUCGAACUAUUGCUGAAUAUCCUCCCCGGGGAUAAAUAAAGUAUUCCGAUUUUGAUUCUGAUUCUGAUGAAUGUGCUCUGGAAAGCCUCCUGGAGUGAAAGGUGGAAUUGUUCUGCAGCAUAAAUCCGAUCGGUACCUUUAACAACUUCCUAUCUCAACUGUUAAUGUCUGACGAGGGACAAAGCAUCUGGCUGGUGGUUAAAGAUAGCUUUCUUCUAAACAUUUAUCUGCCCUUUUAACCCAUUUUUCAACACAGACACUUUUCAAAAUCAUUAGAGGGGUUAGAGUUAGUCCCAACUGUCAGAUAGAGAUCUGUUUAUUCUCUGUCUCUGUCUCUCUCUUUCUCUCUCUCUCUUUCUCACCAGACUAGAAUACCCCAUUCAUACUUUGAUGUAUUGUAAAGGGGGUUAUUUUCUGUUCGAGACCAUGCAAACACUUGUUUUGCAGGUUUUAUACUUGCAUGUGCAGAUGUGUUUAUCACUGUAAAUCUCGCAUUGCUUUUGGCAUCGUGCUAAGCCAGCACCUCACAAAUCAAUGCUUAGAAACACGCUGACCGCUGUGCUGCUAAUCACCUCUCGCAGUACUGCAGUGAGGUACUCACCAUGGUUAGGCUCCUACUGGGCACAUUUUCUGCUCAGCACAUGAAGCAGCUUAGCUCUGUCUAGGUAUUUUACAAGUGAGGUUCAGCCAAGUUUGAAGACAUUUUACACCUCCGGUUUAUAAGACUGAAUGAAAAUAGAGAUACCAUGUGGAUCAGGGUCAGUAUUCAGGUGUUUAUGUGUGGACAGGAUUGCUAAAUACUGCUAAGACCACAAGUAGUUGUGUUUUCCUAGUAGCUAUUUUAUGCUAGCCUACACACCCUAAUGUUUAAAUCAAAUGUGCAGUCAGAUCAAAUGUGCACUCUGUUUACUGUUAAAUGUUGACUCUAAAAACAGAAACAUCUCAGCUUCUUCCUCCAAAAGCAGAUCCAUCUGUUAAUGUGCUUUUGGUGUUUUUUUUUUUUUUUUUUCUACGAUGGUCUUCAAUUAAGGAUCAGCACAAAGUUUUGACUGCAAACAAUAACACAAAGCUAUGGAGCUGCUUUAGAUUAAGAUGACUAGGGGCCCUUUUGUCCGACUAAAGCAGAGCCUCUUUGUGUCUAACACAAGUGUCACUGUUAUUUUACAGACAACACACUCCUCAUUUUCACACCCAGUGCCCAAGUUUUCUUAAACAGCAAACAAACUAGCGCUCACUUUUGCAUCCAUGAUUUAAAAUGAAGUGUGAUUUGUCGUCCUAUUUGGUUCAUCCUUUGCCCCAAACAAGCAAUAGAAUAAUCCAGGGACUUCAACAUGUGUGCACCUCGUGCUUCACUUGUGCACUGCUUAUCCAGCAACAUUUAGUCACUGAUUUAUUUUGGCCCUUACUCUUCAAGUCACACCUAAUCCAAGGAUAUAAUAGUCUACAGAUGUAAAAACAGAAGUCCAACACUUGUUCAUAGUAUUUGAAUUUUAAAAACUUUUGUAUUUUGCACUGUAUAAUAUGUUUUUGCACUACAACUCCACUGUUUACAUGAAUGCAUAACUGUUUACAUGCUCUCUCCAUCAAAGAAAUACUGCAGAUGGCAACUACCACCUGCACUUCAGGUCAUGUGUAAACAUGCACAUUAGAAACAGUAGGUUUGCAUGUGCAUGUAUAGCGUGCAUGUGUAAAGGAGUGUGAAAAAAGCAGGCAUGAGGGUAGAUGCAGACAUACAUAUACCUAGGGCUGAGCGAUAAAUUGAAAUUUAUUGAUACUAUAGUAGUAGUAUAGUAGUACUAGACUAGAUAUAAUUUAUGACACUAUCAGACAUCAUUUUGCCAAUGUCAAUAUAUUCAGUGUCAAAAAAAUAAAUAAAUAAAAGUUGGUUUUGGAUGUGUGUAGGUAGGCUAUGGUCUCAUGUCCCUUUAAGACGCUGUCCUACGUCAGAGAUGUGACUCCACCCCAUCCAGUCCGUAAAAAAGAGGGAAAGACAGGUGAGGAGAUGGGGGACGGUUCAAAAGUUGUAGCAACUGGAGCGGCGGCUGAAGUAGACAAAGUUAACGUGGGAGGGGGUGAGCAGCUUGUGAAGAAGUUAUCAUCCACUUAUCGUUAUCAAGGUGAACUGCUCAAUGUAUUGUUGUAUUGAUUUGAGGCCAUAUCGCCCAGCCCUACAUAUACCCAUCUCCUGCAGUAUUAUACUCUUCUCUAUUGUACUUUUUUCUAUAUAUUUUAUACGGUAUUUUUGCACCGUAGGCUGGAGAGAAACAUCUUUUCCGAUUCCUGUGUGUACUCACAUAUUGCAGUAAUUGACAGUAAAAAGCUUGAAACUUGAAACUUGUGUAGUUUUAAUGAGUUUCAGUGUCAUGGUUGGCUGAAACUGUGACACUGAAAUAUCUAACCAAGAGUUUAAUGACACCUCCAUAUAUGACAGAUGCAUAGUAUGACAUUUUGGUACUCUCAAGUUAACAAUAAAACCCAGCGCUGUACAGCCAAGGGUGAAAGAUGGGUGAAAGUGGUGGAGAAGAUGGGAGGGAGAGCACAUUAUAUGCAAAUAACAUGCUCAUGUUUCAAGUGGCUGUGAUCCAGCUUUGCAGGGGGGGUUAGGGUCUAGUGAACCUUAUUAUAGCUGGAAAACACACACAAACAGAUGCAAACAAACAUGUGAUGGUGAGAGUGGAUAAAAGUGAAUGCAGCUUUCUUGAGGACUUCAUUAUAGCGACUUCAGAUUUAUGUUCCCGUAGGCGUUUAUUAAUGCAGGCUCGGCAGUUUCACAUUUUUACCCCCUGCUGCAACCCACUGCUGAGGCCCGUCUUCUACUCUCUGAACAUUUGAACCUCAAGCUGCUUUUUGAACAGGCUUCCACUUCUCUCAUCCCCCUUUAGAAAUCUCAACAUAAACACAACACAACAUAAACACAGGACUGCAAACACAUGGGAGUAUGCCAGACUGUGCACAAACACACACAUAUGUGGUUCGCACUAACAGAUGAUCUGCCUUUUUUUGCAGCAGCAGCCCUCUGUUCAGGAAGUGAGCUGAUGUAAUGGGGUUUGGGGGAUGUUGACAAUGGGGGUGUGAUGUGUUACUUACAUGUGCUGUUGGGAUGGAUGGACUGUGUGUGUUUCCACUUUUAUUUUUUUGACCAUGAUUUAAGGUCUUCACCCAUUUACAACCCAUCAGAGAUCUUUCGACCAGAAAGAGUCACAUAGUUUUGAACAUUUUUGUCGUAUUUCUGUUAGUUUAAGAUUUUUAGAACUCAAUGAAGUUGAGUGUUUGUGUGUGAGAGUUGGCAAGAUACAGGAAGCCUUGCAGCAGGAUAAAGAGUGAAGGUUUUUAUUGCCUGCUUAAAGUUUAAAACAACAGGGCUCAGUCAUUAUCAGAUCUCACACACACUCACGCACACUUACACACACAAUAACGCAGACACACAGUCCCUGAGCACAGAAACAUAUGGCACUGCUUUGGCCCCAUAGGGAUUUUAGAGUCAAAAGGCCCUCCUUCUUGAGGUAAAACCUGAUCCUAAGUUAACACUGGAUUUAAGAAUGUGUCAUCUGUCAGAGUUAUAUGUCUCUCCUGGCUCCCUUGCUAUGAAACAUAUGCAGUAACUGUAUUCUUGCUUGUAAUGUAGAAGGAGGUUUUGGGCAUUUGGGUCGGAGUGAGUGAUGUUACAUGUGAUGUUUCCAUUUCGUAACAGAUCAUGGUUCGAGACACAGUUGGAGACUGUGCAGUUGUUUUAGCUGCAGGAGAAAUCUGUUUUAUUUCACUAAUAGGCCUGUUGCAUGAUGUGCCACACUAAACUGAAAGCAUAUGUUUGCAGCAAAACCCUCCAUCAUGUUUGUGAACAGUUUAAAAUAUAUCUAAAAUGUCAAACUUUCAUGUUGAUUCCUUAAAUAUAGCAGCAUCCUCAGAAGACAAGGUGUUACUUUUGACUCCAGGGGCUGCACUGAACUUUCUGGCUGUCAGUCAUUUUGAUGAACAGAGUUACACUUAUUUGAUUUUUUUACUUUUGUAAUGACAGUGGGAUACAAUCUGACUUUCUCUGUGUCAGUCUCUCAACAAUAAGCUUUGGAAAUAAUUUAUUUUGCACUAAGUAACUAAUACUAAUCAAAUAAAACUUUAGUGUACUUUUUCUAAGUCAUGUAUGCUAGCAUUAGCCUGAAUCACCAGUGCGUCAACACAACUAACAUUUGAUAAUUCAUUACAGAGAAAAAGCCAUUAAAGGGAUAUUCUGGUGUAAAAUAAAGUUAGAGUCAAAAACACCGUAACACUGAGUUAAAGAUGAAUGUUGCCGACCGCUUGCUUCUCUAGUUAUACCAACUUUAGUAAUGACCGCACGAUAGCAAUACACAGCGGUCCCAUGAUCAUUACUUAACCAUUUCAGUCAAGUAAUAAUCACCAUAUUAAUCAUUUUGCACUGCAGACGUGGUAGUUCUUCUGCCUUAGCGUCUCGGUCUGAUUGCAUUUCCAUGAAGUAAUGAUCAUAAAUGUUCUUCCUUGGGCUGCGGCACCCCACUGUAGUCUGUAAUGGACUGCCCUGAGGUCUCGCUGCAAACAAGCAGCUGCUGGAAGAGAGUAGAUAAGUUGUGUUUAGUCUCUUUGCUAAAGAAAUCAAGCAAAGUUAAAAAGAUGUUUGGUGGCUAGUGCUAUGACUGGGACCCUAUGUGUACUGUUGAGGAAGUUAGGUGCUGUUCUGAGUAUUAUUUGUGGCUGAAGAGGGGCUUUUUGGUUGAGGUGUACGCGUGGAUCCAUAGACUGCUGUGUAUCGCUAUCGUACGGUCGUUACUGAAGUUGGUAUAACUAGAGGAGCAAGCGGUUGGCAACAUUCAUCUCUCGAUGGGGUGUCUAGCUCGGUGUUACGGUGUGUUUGAUAUCCCUUUAAGGUUGUAUGUGUGUUGACAUUGUGUACAAGUUGUCAGACAGUUGCUUUCCUUAUUUUUAACGACAUGCCUCCUCAGGCACGUGUGGAGAGGAGAGGGAGCUGGAAUGCAAGUGGCCCACACAAAUACAGCUACCACAGUCUGUGCUGUGCACAGCAGUGGAAAUGGUGGACAAGCAUGGCGUAAUAGUGCUGUUAGAACUGCUGAAUGGUAUGGUUGAUUUCCUUUAGUGUGGUAAUAUAAAAUGACAUGCCACUUUAUAAUCCCACCUUAAAUAUCUCUGACGUCCCUUAAAAAAUCAAAAUCUGUCAGCACAACACUUUGCAAGUCAACUCAGAUAAGUAACAUGAAAUACUUAAAAUGACUUCUUGAAGAAAAAGAAACUGGAUGGGGCUCACUACAGCUGUUUGCCCAUUUACUGCAGGUUUAAAGUUCAAUGUCUUUCUGUCUGGCUGUCCCUGAGCAAGACAUUAAACCAAAACCUGCUCCAGAUGUGGACGCCUGCCUUUACUGUAAGCAUUCAUGUGCGAGUACGACAAAAGCAUUGUAAAAGCACGGUAGUGUUGCGUAUAGUGGAUCUGGGAUAAACGGAUUUAGAUAGAGGAUGGUCUUGAUGAGAACCUCAUUAGAAAAAAUAACAACACUGACACUAGAUAUAGAGCAAAGGAAUGUCCUAUAACUUGAAAUGUUUAUUUAGACCUCACUCUCCCUUAACCCCAUCACGUUAAACAAAAUAUAUUUAUAUACAAAAUACAUUCAGUUUCAUCAGUUCACAACAAACAAAAAUUAAGAAAUUUACAGUAUAAAACAAGACAGCAUAGCUCAUUAAAGAUAAGAUUAUGUAAACAUUAUCCUCAGUUUCAUUUAUCAAAUAAAAUAAUGCAAGUCUCACACUACAAACAAACAAACAAGAAAAAAACAACUGCUCAGAUCAUUUUAUGCAAUUUCAGAAAAGACGAUUCAGCAUUACCCUAACCUAAGAGACCUUAUGCUGAGAACUAACAAUGUAGAAAAGUUGUAAACACCUUUUUGAGUACAAGUGUGGAAAGGUGUGAAAAUGCUUUUAAAAGCUUUUGCGAACUCACCGUAGUAAUUAUAGAAUUUUAGAAGAAAUAGUGAGGGAGAUUUUUCCGUAGAUGCUUGAGAAGAAAAGUCCACAGAGGGAUACGACAAAUCAAAUAUAACUCAAAUAACUGGCAUAUUAGUAGAGUACCUCUUCUUAAGUUGUGCCUACAAGACUGCAAAAAGAAAAUCAGAUUAUAUCCAUGAGUUAAUUAUUGAUUGACCAUAGAAGGAGAAAAAAAUGCAUCAUUACUCAAAAAGGAGAACACUAAUCUUCAGUAACAAGAUGAUCCCUUGCAUCAGUUUGUGACCUCGGGUUUUCCUCUUUUGCAUGGCUGUCUGGUGAUUACUGGCGCCGAAUCAACUCCCUGUAACAAUCAACACUUUGUCUUUCUCGCAGUCUAAUGAACUCUUUGGUGAAUGCCGCAUGCAGCACUUUCCUGCUACGAUACAAGUUUCCUCAUUUUAAGGCACGCCAGUGUGUGUGUGUGUAUGUGUGUGAGUCCACGUGUGUGCAUGUCAAAUUGCCUCAGUUCAAAAGGUCACGUUACCAAAAUAAACUUCUGUCUCACGCUAGAUUGGCUUUCUCUCACAUGAGCAUGUCCAGUAGAGUUCUUUGCAGCAUUAGUGUUCAUGGUUACAUAGAUGAUGAAGAAAUAACACAAGGACUAGAGUGCUUUAAUCAUGAUGAGAAAAUGAUGAGAAAAACUGUUUUUCCAUUUUAGCAUGAAAGCUUAUCACGAUGUUGUUGAUAGUACGGUGAUGAUUUUGAUGAUGUUGAUGAGAAAUGUCACCAAAAAGACGAGAUUGAAUCUGUUAGUUGAUGAACUGUGCACCUCCGUGUGGCACCAUCUCCGUGACUCCCCAUGCCACCACAUUUCCUCUCUGCUCACAGCCCUGGCCCUCCUGUGAGGCUAGCUUGGUAAUCUCCCCCUCUGGCAGCACCCUGUCCCACAUAUUCACUCCUGUCAUCUUUCCUGCGAACGCUAGUUUGUGGUCGAAUCCUCCCUCAAACCCUGGAACGCCGGUGCUUGGAGUUACAGGACAGCAGCCAUUUCUUUCCUGACCUAACUGGAGUGAUCCUCCGCUAGGUAUGACGUGCCCCUCAGCCACUCCAGGGGUGGAUGCCACUUUUUUCCCAUUCGCCCACAGGGACGCCAACCCCUGCUUGGACGACCAGGCCCCGCACAGGUGGAUCCACUCUGAUGCGCCCCGUUGGUUCACCACACCUCGUGCCUCAACCAGGUGAGCCUCCCCUCCAACGGUGAAGAGUGCAGAGGACUGAGCGAGAAGCAGCUGAAUCUCGUAUGGGUUACGCCGGUUUCCAUAAGAGAAGAGCACCGUUUUGUUGGAGACGGUGGUUGGCUUCACCCACAUACAGACAGUAAAGGAGGAAACAGAGAGAGGGACCUCUGGCAUGACGGAGGUGUAGAUCCGACGGGAGCGCAUGGGGAAGAGGAGAGCCAUCUCACAACCUAAACAACAAAAAUAUCUGGUUGGGUUCAUACUUCCUUUUUUUUAACAUUGUUUUGAGAAAGAAUUUUUAUUGUAAACAGAUGUCACAUGGGCAGUUGAGGUUGCAGUCAAAAAAGACAUGCAAUCAACCAUCUUGAUGGAGAUAUUCCAAUGGUUUCAAAGACUUAAAGUAGUAAACAGUUGAGUUACUUAAACAUGUUGCCUGUUUUCAUGAUUGUUUGUGUGAAGCUGUUCAAUCUCUUCUAUUAGAAGUAGUUUGAUUUUCAGGACAGUGUUUGAAAAUUUGAGUGUUUUAUUUGACCAGAGGAAUGAUUGAGUUUAAUGUUCCCAUGCCUACUGAGCAAUAUACGGCUAUUAGCCAAUCAAUUUUUUUUAGACCUAAUUUCAACCGUCUAGAUUCUGUAUAUUUUUAGAUGGAAUUUAGACGUUGCACUUUAACCCAUUAUUCAAUAACUAUUUAUUUCAAAAAGCAACUGUGAGUUGCAUAACUGAUCUCCAAGUACUUAACCAAAAUAAUUUUGAUAGCCAUUGAGCAAUAAACAGUGUAGUAAUGAUAUAGCCCAGAUUUAGACUUGGUCUAAACUUGGUCUAAAUUUAGACGUCUAAAAAUCUUUUAUUUUUAGACCUGUGGUAGCCUGAUUUUAGACCAGUCGUCUAGGCUACAUUUAGACAUCUAUUUGACAUCUUUUAGACCAAAAAAUGCUCAGUGGGUGUUCUUGUGUGCAUAUUAUGUAUUUGUUUGUUGAGUUUAAAAAACUAAUUAUUUAGAUUACAGUGUUGCAUGUGGGGAGUUUGUAAGCACAGAAAACAAAUGGUCUUAGAAUUGAGCCAUGUGGGACUCCGCUUGAAUUUGACACUGUAAAACAAAUAUUACGUAUUAGCUAUCAUGUAUUUUAUGUUGAAGUUAGAUUCCUGGGGAAAAUGCACCUGUGUCGUUAUAGUGCAUGUUAUUUAUUGAAAAAAUAUAGAGAAUGGUUUUGGAUUGGACACCCUUUUAAGUCAUGUAGUGGCCUCUCUAGACUAUGAGCACCGCAGAUAAGACACAUGUAAGUGGCAGCAUUGGUAGUGGAGGUCUAGUUGAAAUAAAAACAGUCAUAGUUCAGUUUACGGUCAGGUGAUGAGAUCAUGAAGCUGAGGAAGUUUUUUCCUGCCCCGCCAACUCACAACCACACCACCACCCUAUCUAGGUCAAAUGGUUCAUUGGUUUGUUCUGCUUCAUUUCUUUAUUUUUCCCCUUUUUAAUCCUUCAAAUACACUGAGUCACUCUUAAGCCCUUCCUUUUGAACACGCAGUGCAAUCAUCAAACAUGUUUUGUCGGUAAAUCUUUCCCUAUUCUUCUAAGAAAGAAAACCUCUGUUAAAUGAUGCAUUGGUGUCCAACACUGAGCUCUGUUGGAGGUUGAGUUGACCUGGGCGCUUGUAUAAAUGUUAUGUUUAAACUGCUUUAAUUGUCACUCAGCCAAAUUAAGAAGAGCGCUCACUUGUCGUCCAGAUCUGCGUUUUUUUAGAUCUCUCUUGGACUAAGGGGCACACACCCCUCACUCCAUCCUUGCCUCAUCUAAAAUCCUAAAUAUUGUUGCUACGUUUGUCUCAGGUUUCUGCCACUCAAAAAUAAUUGUGGAAAAAAAAGGCAUUUUGGACAUGCUGAGCGUGUGUGUCCCAGUGUGUGUAUGCGUGUGUGUUUGUUCAUGAUGGUUUCCAUCUGGUUCUGCUUUCCCAGGGUGCUUUGGUGUGUUUUUUGCGGUGACCUGCUAAUGAUUAAACCUCCCUCUGCUCUGUAUGUAGGCCAUUUUAUAUUUCUGGACGGUAAAGGUGUAGCGUCGUAGUUAUUGCAACCUCUCCUGUUUGUUUACCGUUUUUACGCAAGUAAUUCCAGGAAGUUAAUUUGUUUUUUUAUUACUCACUCUUAGUCAUUUAAUCUCUGAAGGAACCUUGUUAUUAGUGACAGUAUAGCUCAAGGAUAAAGGGUAAACCACACUGACAGGUCUGUUAACCUACACCAUAUGCUGUUGUCUUAUAAAUUUGAAGAUCUCCUUUUGUGUCUCAACAUCUAAUAGUCACUUGAAACAAUAUCUACAUAAAAAGCUCAGGGAAAGUCCCAUGAUGACUAAUCUAAAAUUUUAAUCUGAAGGGUUUUUUUGUUGUUGUUUUUUGACUUUACAGAAUUUGUUCGUGAUAAAUGAAAUUAAGACAGGAUUCAGAGGGAAAGGACGAAUGUUACAGUGCUGACCUAAUAUAUGCUCACUUGCCUGCCCUCAUCUUUGAUGUGACUGUCUGGACUGAAACUAAUUUGAGUAAGUGAAGGAAAGAGGAUAAGUUGCUACAUGAAGAGGAUUACACGCCUGGAGACGGACAGAAUACGUGAAAAAGAUAUCUAGAACGAAUACAAGCUGCAUGAUUAGUCAUCCAGAAGCAAGGCCUGACAGAGGGGGUCUCAUUCUUUAGCCUGAAGCUUGACCUGAAUGUGUCAACGCAAAAACAAAUUGAAGGUGGAGGUUGUUUGGAUUGUAAGUACAGAGAGACGGAAACUAUCAGGUAAAGACAGACACGAAAAUUGCUGUUGGUGAGAUAGAUAUCGUACCUGCGGGUAGGUAUCUUUGCCUCGAUGACCUCAGUGCCUCCUCCUUCUCCGCUCUUGUCUGUUGCAGCGCAGCCAUCACUGUGUCUAAAGUCACAUCUUGUGAUGUUACGUCUUGCUCCUGAGGCCCAGUUCCUCUGCCAUCAUGAAACAGGGAUGCUGUCUUUGAAGUCAUCCCUAUCCCAGCGCCCGGGCUGAAGCAGCUGGUCUCCAACUUGGCGAGUCGGUUAGCUUGGCUACUUGAUGCCGCGAGGAGCAGCUGUAGCGUUCCUUCAAGGUUGUUUGAAUUCCCAACGGAAUGCCCUGUAGCAGCGGCAGCAGAAGAAGUCUGGUCUUUGAUUUUGAAGCGCUCCAAGAUGUCUCUGAGGCGGCCCUCCAGCUGCAAGGCAAUCCUUCUACCGGCUGUCUCCAUAGCAACCCCGCAAGAGCCACCAUACUGGGCUACAAACCUGAAAGAAAGGACUGAUGUGAAAGGAACCUAUUGAUCUGUAAUCGGUGAUUGAGAAUCACCAGAAUCAGUCCUGGAUUCAAAACUGGUCAUCCAUUCACUAAUGACCAGUGACAAAAUACACUGGAUUCAGUACGCUUACAUUACAAAGAGUUAAAGGGAUAUUCCGGCGUAAAAUUAAAUUAGGGUCAAACAUACUGUAGCACCGCGUUAGAAACCCUGUCGAGACAUGAAUGUUGCUGACCGCCUGCUUCUCUAGUUAUACCAACUUCAGUAACGACUGCAGAUAGCAAUACAGAGAGCCACGCGCUCAACCAAAACACCACUCUAUAGCCACAAAUAAUCCUCAGAACAGCACCUAACUUUAUCAACAUUACAUAGAGGGUCCCAGCCACAGCACCAGCUAUCAAACAUCUUCUUAGUUUUGCCUAAUUUCCUUAGCAAAGAGGCUAAACACAAUUCAUCCUCUCUCCUCCAGCAGCUGCUUGUUUGUAUGGAGACCUUCGGGCCAGUCCAUCGACUGCAGCGGGGUGACACAGCUCAAGGAAGAACAUUUAUGAUCAUUUCUUUAUCAUUUCCUUGUAGUAAUAAUCAUCAUAUUAGUCACUUUGCACUGCAGACGCGGUAGUUCUUCUGCCUAAGCGUCUUAGCGUCUAAGCGUCUGAUUGCAUUUCCAUGAAGAAAUGAUCAUAAAUGUUCUUUCUUGAGCUGCAUCACCCCGCUGCAGUCGAUGGACUUGCCUGGAGAUCUCCGUACAAACAAGCGGCUGCUGGAAGAGAGAGGGUAAGUUGUUUGAAACAAGAAAUUAGGCAAAGUUAAAAAGAUGUUUGAUGGCUAGUUCUAUGGCUGGGACCCUAUAUGUACUGUUGAUGAAGUUAGGUGCUGUUCUGAGCAUUAUUUGUGGCUAUGGACUGGCUUUUUGGUUGAGUGCGUGGCUCUGUGUAUUGCUAUCUGCGAUCGUUACCAAAGUUGGUAUAACUAGAGAAGCAAGCAGACGGCAGCAUUCAUCUCUUGAUGGGGUGUCUAACUCUGUGUUAUGGUGUGUUUGACCCUAACUUAAUUUUACGCAGGAAUAUCCCUUUAAAACUAUUGUUAGAAGGAAUGUGGCCUGGUCUUGAGGGAGGGUGGAGCACCUGGCUGCUUCCAAACAAACAAGAAAAUAGCUUAACUGGGCAAUUCCGCAUUGUUGAAUUGUGCCCACUACAAGUGCUUAACAUCACUCACAGGCUGUGUGUGUUUUGAAAAAAAUGCCACCUCACAUGAUAACAGAAUUUCUUGGAUCUCUUUGUCCAACCAACCUGAGCAUUUCCCCGCGCAGAGAUCCCAUCUCCACCUUGACGAUGUCGUCUGCAUACUGGAGCAGCAUGUUCUCCCUCAUCUGACUGUUCUCCAGCAUGGAGAAGACUUUGUCCCAUUUGGUCAGCUCUGAAGCACUGCAGGGAGCUGAUGUUGGUGUGGCUUGAGAAAAAGAUAAUAAUAGAAAGAAAGGUUAGGAUGUCUAUCAGAAUAUUAACUAAAACAUCUCUAUUGAAGGUAGAAGAAAGGUCUUCAUGUCCUGUGAUCCCUGCUUCAGAUGAAAUUAAGACAAGUCAAGUGAAUUGAGACAUGUUUUGUGCAUGUGACCUCUAUAAUGUAAUACGAAAAUGGUAAAUUUGAAGAAUGUUGGGUUUUGUUGGCCUUUAUCUUGAGUAAAAUUGGGAAGAGGUCUAAAUCUCUGGUGCUUUAGGGGUCAAAAGGGAGACUGGUUCUAAGUCAAGCUCAUCGUAAGUCUUGGCUACACAUAGGUGAACCAAAAGACCACUGGACUUGGUUGAAAUUCUUGGAGAUGCUAGUUUGGUAUCAGUUAAGUGUAGGAGUUGCAAACAGCUAUAACUGGCUAACAACUUUUUGGUGGAAAAACUAAAUUAUGUUACAUAAACUAUAAGUUUUACCUAUUUGCACUGAGGACUAGGACUUCAUUGCUUUGAUUUCUGUGCAAGUUUAGAUCUUUUCCUUCAAGAAUCAUUGACUUCCUGCACAUCACAUGUUCAGUUUUUAUUUCUCUUUAUUUUUACUUCUCUGUUGUUAUUGGCAACCAUUUGGUCCAAAUGGGUUUUAAGUGAAAAUCAUCCACUUCCAUCGAUUAGCUUUGUAGUUUCUCUAGCAUUGAAAUGUCCAGUCCUUCAUUUAUGCACUGUCAUCAUGUUAUAAGAACAAAGGGAAUAAAAACAUAAAUUACUCCUUCAGUCUAGUUAUUCGCCAGAUGCUGGGGCAGACAUGGCUUCAGAGAGGACAAGCAGGAAAUAGCGCAUAGUUUUUCAUGUUAUGAAUGAAACUUUAAGACAGUUGUUAUAAAUAGAAAAAACAGAUCAUACAGAGUGAGUUAAAGUCAGCUGGAGAGAGAUGUUGCGGGAAGAGGAAACAAAGUUGUUGGGGGAGAGAUAAGAGUGAGAAAGAAGCACGGCAACUUAUUUGUAAACCACUUUGCUUUUCCUGCGGGAUAAUCUGAGUGUGUGCCUGACUGAGGAGAUAGAAACAAGGAACAGGAAGUUUUCUUUUAGACUGAAAGAAAAGAAAGGAAGGACCAGCAGUGAGAAGGAGAGAGAGAACAAUGGUAGAAAGAAACAUAGAGGUAUGAGGUAAAACAGGCUGGGAGUGAGGAUAUGUGUUGGACACACUGUUCUGAUUAAGGUGUAAGCCUCUUGAGCUCUGUUUGUACCUGCUUAUUUCUUCUAGAGGAGCAUUAUCUCAGGACUGCAGGAUUUGUUUUGGCCUCCUCCUCCCCCCCAAGUUUGUGAAGCAGAGGGUUCGUGCACUCUGCUCCCUCUGAUUUCCACAACUAAAGCACAUGUCUGCCAGAAGGAUUUUGAUGGAUGUGGCUGUAAAGAGGGUGUAAAAUGACCCCUGACAACUGAAGGCUUGGAUUCUUGACCCUUUGUGAAAGUUACUAUGAAGGUUGAGGACUUGUUACAGCAAUUCUGUGACUUCACUUACCUAAUGGGUGGGUUGGUACUUUUUAAUAAAAGAGAGGUACCCCAGUAAAAACUACAUCUGAAACAUGAUUUUAAACGCCAGGUACGUUUUUACAGGUAAAUGCAUACUGUUGCAAACAUUAGAGCAAGCAUAGUCUGGGUUUACUUAAGUUUCUUUCUCUGUUGUUAUUUUUUAAAUGAGCAGUGGCCUGACUGCCCUCAUGUUAAGCCUCAUACAAAUUCCACCUUCAGAUUCAGUGUCUUUCACAGUUUUGUAGUUGUGCUGGCUGUCUCUCCUUCCUUACACACCUGCAUGCAAACAGGAGUGAGUUUGUAACUUUUCUCUUCAUUGUCCACCAAGCUACCUUUCCUUUCAUUGGACAACUUUUUCUCUUUAACUGCUUUUAUUCAAGAGCUGGCAUUUUACAAUUCUUAAUUAUGAGUUCAGGCUUCUUUUGAUUCUGCCUUCAGUCAGCUUUAAUCGCAUCGCAGCCUGUGCCAAGAGCAAACCUGUUAGCGCUGCAAUUAUACCUCCUGCCAGCUUUGAAACAACAAACACAUGCAAAAUGCAACCACAUGUGCUCACACUCUCUCUUUCAUGUUCAUAUUUACACAGUUUGGCUCGUCAAAACAGCUGACAAAGACUUUAAUGAUGCGCUGAAGUGAAUGGUGGCCAGUCAUUCAUGCUGUAAUAUGUGUUUGUUCAGGUCGUCAAAUGAAAAGGCCCUCUAAUUUUCCUGCUCAGCAUUUUCUUUGAUUGUACUUGUACAAACUCUGACUGCCAACAGUCUGUAUACUGUAUACACUCCUCUCCCACUGUGUUUCUGCACUUUGGAUGGAAAUGUACACCCAUAAGAGAAACUGUGUCUUACAAACGAAACAAAACUUAACAUAUUUUACAUAUUUUUUGAGUAAUAAUUGCUUUGUUUUAGGAUAUUAAAUCAAAUGUCCUGAGCUCACCUCAUUUAACCCCCCCGAAAAACAACUUUACGCUCAACAAUCUAAUUAAAAAUGAGAAUAAUUUGUCCCAACACACAUACACAAACACACACAGUUAAAUACUUACGAUCUGGCGUGUCCCCCUCUGUGAUUUCAUUGUAGUAGGGUUCAUCAUAGAUGACCUGGAUAUCAUCCUCAUAGGCAAGAAGCAGACACACACAUGCUGACAGCAUGCCUACUACCUGAGGGAGCCUCCAUCGAAACAUGCUGCUGCUGCUGAGUGUGUGAGAGAGUGUGUGAGGACAGAUGAGUGUGUCUGGUAAGCUUCAGGUCUUCAGGUCUUCUACCUACCUGGUUGUCUGUGUGAGUUUGUGUAAAUGUGUGUGUGUGCUGUAUAAGAGAAGGUCUCACUGUAUUUGGUCUCUACUGCUUCCUUCUGUCUGUCUUUAUACAGGGCUGAAGGUCCACCACUCUCUUUUUCAAGCCCUCACUCUCUCAUACAGUAUUGUCCCUCCUCCCUAAUGACUACCCACCCCUCUCUCUCUCUCUUGUUCUCCCUCUCUCUCACUCACUCUCUCUCUCUCUCUUUUCCUUCUCGUUAAAUGCUGAGCAAUCCUUUGGCAGGAAGCCCAGCAGUGUAGAGUACUCCAGCCACAGAGAGGGGCUGCUUUGGACUCUCUCUUACAUGCACACACACACACUCACACACACCACACAAUUGAAUCACCAUACAGAAAUUUACAUUGAUUUACUGUAAUCAUCUGUAAACGUGUCGAUCUUUGACAUACUUGGAGACCUACUUGGAUAAAUCUGGUUUAUUACAACUUAAACUUAAUUUCAAUAGUUUUGGACAUGAAUUUAUUUCGUGUUGUAACACAACCCAGUAAAAGCUAAGCUGUGGGGAACAGCAAACCUGAUCAGACUUUUUGUUCACAAGCCACUGAAAGAAGAGAAACUAAAGUUAGUACACCCCAAAAUAUUAAGUAACACCAUGACAAUAAGUCAAGUUGAAGCAGGAAAUAUGUGUACGCUUUAUCUCGUAAUUGUAUAACAUUACUUUGUCCCCCUCCCAGAUAUGUCUGAUCAUGCAACAGUCUUGUGACUCUCAAUCUGAUGUAUUUCACAGCUGCUUACUUAAUCUAGUUUUCAGGAUAAAGGGUGUGAUAAAUGAGUAAAUCAUCGAGUGUUAAUUUGGUUUCAUUUAUCAAACUUACUUCCAAAACUGCUGCAGUAGUAUGUGAGAAACUGCUUUUCUUAAGAGUGGCUGGAGAUCUCAGCUUUGUGCAAUGUUAUCCCCAAAAGACAUCAGCCGACUCUACAUGAAACCGUUUAAUAAACCAGGAUAAUGUUAUGCUAAUCCUUACACAAACGCUAACCUUCAACAUUAGCUCUUUCUGAACCCUAAACUUUAACCCCUCAUUACAACAAAAUUACAGAACAAACCGCAUGGGAAAUAUCAUGUGAGAAGAGGUAAGGAGGUGUUCAAAAAAAAUCUUCAAAAAUUUCUAUCCAUGUGAAAACAUUCAGCUUUCACAAGAAUAGAAAUAUAAAAGCGACGUCUGUGUGAGUGAGAUGGUGAGUAAUGCGUCGUUGGAGGUAGCCUGCAUGUCGUAAUCAGAUAUAACUGCAGCUCCUGCGACUCAGAGAGGAGAGGAGGGGGGUGGAGGUAAUGGGAGGAGGAGGAGGAGGAAGCAGGGAACAUAAACUUUUCUGAUUUUUUACCCCAUACAGAGUCAGUGUGUAUGUGUUUAGUUGUGUGCGCAGGAUUGUGUUUGUGUGUUGGGGGAGGUUUUUCGAAUAGAACCCAGACAUCAGAGGUCUCUGAAUGGUUUAUUGUUCUCCUGCUCGGCUCGGUUUAUUUAUUUAUUUAUUUGUCAGCCUCACCAUGUGUCUUUCUGCAUAUUUGCGUGCGUAUACUUUACAGCUUUUUAUGGCAUCAGUAUUUGUGCUUGCGUAUAUCCUCGUGUGUAGGUACGUGUGCUUCGUGUGUGUACGUUCAAGUGGAAAACAAUAAUUGCUUCCUCAUGAGAUUUAAGGAUUUCCCCCCCCUCUCCCACUCUCACUUCAUUCCCCUCCCUUCAACCUUCUGUCUGCCAGUGUCUCUCUUUAAUUGUCUGCAUUUUUCUCUCUCAAAUACCCACUGAGACAAACACUUGUUCAAUUGUUAUCCAGGAGAAAACUCUUUUCAUUCAGACAGCCGCACACUGAGAGAGAGCGAGUCGUGAGAAAACAUGUGAGAGGUAGAGAAAAACGGCUCCAGUGUUGCUUUAACUUUUUAGAUUGAUUGAUUUGUCAAGAUUUACUUUUUCAGAAGAGACUAACAUCCCUCACCAGAUUUACUUCUCUGGAGUUCAAGUUUAAUAGGUAUAAAUCAGACAACACUUUUGGUGUCCUCUGAAAGUCUUGAGGAAUAAAAUAUUUAGUAAAAACACCACCUGAUUGAUAUGAUUCAAAAAGCCCAAAUUAAUACAGUUAAAGACGAUUACCAGAAUAUAUUGGAAAACGAGACUCAAAUUUGACAAUUAAAAAAGGAAUCCAGACUUAAACAUAACACCUCGUAUUAGGUACAAGUGUAAUUCUUUGAAAUUUCGGUAAACUGUACUUGACGCCUAUCUCUGUAACGCACUAUAAAUAUAUGUAUAAUGCGUUAUAAUCACAUUAUAGCACCGUAUAACUAUAGUUAUAAACACUCAUAAAUGAUCAUAAUACUUUAUAGCAAUAAUUAUAACACAUUAUAGAGCAUUUUAUCAUGACUUACAAGGUCAGGUAUAAUAUUGUGUUAUAACUGUGUAUAACUCACUGACAAUGCCCACAUAGAUAAUGUAUUAUACAUAUAUUUACAUAUGUGAACUUGUAUAACUAUCAUUAUAAACUCUCAUUAAUUAUCAUAAGGCUUUAUAACAAUAAGCAUAUCUCAUUAUAAUAUCUGACUUUGUAAGUCAUGAUAAAAUGCUUUAUAAUGUGUUAUGAUUAUUGCUAUAAAGCAUUAUGAUCAUUUAUGAGUGUUUAAAACUAUAGUUAUACAGUGCUUUAACAUGAUUAUAACUCAUUACAAAUAUAAUUAUAAUGUGUUAUAGAGAUAGGUGUCAAGUAAAGUGUUUACAAAAUUUCUCACGGUUGACACAGUGGAACACAAAGACAUGAAGGAGAAUAUAUGAAAAGAAAUACUCUGUUAAAGGAUAGGCAUGUUUCCUGCACUGGAGAGAGCCAAAGGAGGAAAACUAUGUGUGAACAGAUAUAACAAAUGAAACAAAAACAAAAACGUUCUGGUUCACAUUCAGUCAUUAGCGUGUUAUAGUGACAUUGAGUUGAUCUUUGAUAGACAGGAAAAACACUGAGUAAUGCAAUUGUUGGUAAUUUUAUGGUCAAAAUCUGUUCAAUUAUUGUCACACUAGUUUAAUGUGAUGACGGUAUUUUUGAAAACAGCAUGACAACAUUACUCAGCAAUGAACUUUUAAGGACACGACUUAUAAGUAUAGAAAACAGUGAACGGAGGCCAUCGAAGGACGACCAUAUGUCUGCUAACUCCAAACAGUAACAAGCACUGAAAACCUGAUAGAGGCAACAACCAUGACGUUCUAUCAAUACCACAUUUAAGAACAAAAGAAACUGAACUAAUGUUCCUGGACUUUUGGCAAAAACUGUCAAUAAAUUUGUCAUGCUCAGAGAAAAAACAACUUCUCCUAAAGAAGUCAAAUGAUUAACACUAAACGACAAGUCAAACACAUGACUAAAAACUUUAAAUUUCAACACAGUUACAUUUUUGACGUGUUUCGGCAGUCACUUCCUCAGAAGUGUCUGCGUGGACACUUACGCAGACACUUCUGAGGAAGGUUGAAGUUUCCACCGAAACAUGUCAAGGUACGUUGAAAAGGAUUACAUAUCUGAGAUAAAGGAAAAAAGAAAACGAUUUUUAAGAAACUGAAGACAUAAUGAACAUCAUUCAACAUGUACUCUGAUGUUUUAGACCCUUAUGUUGUUUUUAAAAAAGCUGAUUAACGUUUAGUUCUGGGGAAAAAGGAUUGAAGUUUGAGAGGCCAAAGUAGGACACAGUUUGGAGCACUUAUGGAUGUUAGUAAACCUGGAAUAAGUUACUUGGCCUCAAAUAUUCUUCUUUGGUUUGGAUUUGUCAGGGUAAUGCUCUUUUAUUAAGUAUUUAAUGAUGAUAUGAUACAAACAUUCGGAUGUACAGCUGCUGCUGCUCUUACUGCAAUACCUCAGCAGUCAGAUUUAGUAUCGGGAAGUGUUUUAAACUCAUCAUAAUAAAAAUAGAUAUGAUGCAAGACAAAGAGGAGGUGACAGUGUGGCUGGAGGGAUCAUAAUGUUUUUCAUGUGCAGCGGACAGUGUGCGUGGAUGAAGUUAUCUGGGUGGAAGGGCAUGCUGUUAUUUAAGUUUUAACUCUGCAGGAGAGACUGUACAUGUGUAAAUAGAGUUAGAGCUAUAAAUUUCACUGGUGCACAUCUGGCCUGGUGUCAUGGUGUUCACUUUAUGAUUUAGGUAUUGCAAAUUUUUCGAUGCAUGAAACUGUUUGAGCUCUGUGCGCAGGUGAUGAAAAUAGUUACAUUCUGUCUUUGCGGUCUGAUAACAGGAUCACUUCCAAAGAGUUAAGCAGUCAGACCGCACAUGGACACAAAUACUGGAAAUUAUUUGUACUGCGCUGCGGUGACGGCUGAUGGAACAAAUGCACAGGAUGCCAAAUGUAUAGGCUAUCUGGGAGAUGUUUAACUUCUGCUUCUUACAUUUGGUUUUGACAGUUUCUCACCGCCUUGCCCACCUGAGGUUAUUUUUGCAACUUAAUAUACAGCUUCCCAGACACACUACACAUAUACAAAUUGAUAGCUAUAAGCUGCAGAAGAACACAUUUAAAUCGUUAAGCUGUGCAGCAUCCCUCUGGAUACCAGUUGUGCUGAUCUUUGCAUUUUUGUCCCGUACAACAACCCCCCUUGCAUAAGAGUUUCGUGUUCAAGAGUUUAUUUUGGCAUGUCAUGUACAUCAUAUAUGAGUGGAAUGUUCUUGUCUUCGUCCAAGAAAGAGCUGCAACAUUCGUUUAUUGAUUGAUAUGUCCAUGCAUAUAAAACAGUGAAUAUAAAUUAUAUUUUCUUCUAGAUUUUUGUAAAGAAAAAAAGAAAACUAUCGAGUCUUUAACCAUGAUAUCAUUGUAAGAUGUCAAUCAGUCUGCAAGUCCUUUACUUUAGUCCAGAUAAGUCCUUCAACAGCAGCACACAGUGCACAUAUUGUACAGCUAUCUGCAGAUCUCUCAUACUAAAUCCUCAUGUAAUUGUUGAUCCUCUGUUUUUCAUCCAGAGCCAAUAUUUAGUUAAACAUUUGUACUUGUCCUUUAUUUUGUGAUUGACUGAACAUCUUUAAGGCUACGUUCAUACCGCAGGUUAUGAUUCACAAUUCGGAUUUUUUAUUAAAUCCGAUCUUUUUAUGCGGUCGUUCAACGAAUGCGGCAUCUAAUGUGAACAGAAUACAUCCGUGAAGUGACCCGCAUGCACACAAAGCACAAAUUGCUUUCCGCGCUUGUUUGUGUUGUCGAACAAUGGUGACGUUUGUCGCAUAAUGACGACGUAUAGGUCGGAUAAACGGGACCUGAGCGUCCGUACUGCAGUCGCAUCGGAUACAUAUCUGUUUUAUAUCCAAGUACAAAAGAGGCCUGGGUCGGGUUUAAAAAAAUCAGAACUGCACUGUUCACACUUGCAUGAAAAAAUCAGAUAUGUGUCACAUAUGGUUAAAAAUUCGGAAUUGACCUGCAGUGUGAACAUAGCCUAAUAUUUAAGUGAGCUGCACUGGUCUGAGCACAAUAAGUGAUACUUCAGAUUUGCAGUUAUAUCAUUUUAAAGGCUUUUUUUUAUCAAAGCAAAACCUACAAUCAGAACUGAAAACAAUUUUCUUAAUGUGCCUUUGAAUUUUGGAGAAAGAAUUUCAUUGUCAGCUGUGUUUGUUUUAUUCCAACUGUCCUUCCAGGAUUCAUUAUCCCGUCCCCUGGAUAUGACAUUUGGAAAACAGAGCUGAAAAGAAAGGCAUCAUGUUCUCUCCUCUCUGCCCCCUCAGAAAAGUAACAAUAGGUUUAACAGAUCAGUUUUUUUCACAGAUUCAGAAGACAAAAAUGUCACCUUUGUGCAUGAAAAAAUGUUAAUAGAGGAUAUUGUUCUGGUAUUUGUAAGUCAGGCUGAGUUGGGUGUCUGUUUGGCUGAAGGUCAGAUAUCACAAACACAAAACACAUACUUGCACACACUUUAGGUGGUUUCACAGAUAUAGAUAGCUAUAGAAAAACAUUCAGUCUGCAAGGCUGUGCAUGCUCUGCCUGUGUGUUAAGAUGCAUGAGUCUACAUUAACAAGUCUAUAGAUCCUCGUCUGUGUUUUCUGUGACAACUUGUCCUGUCUCAGAUUGUCGACAGAGGUAAAACCUCAACUCUACAGGUAUUACUUGCUCUUUUCUCGGCUUCUUUUUUGCAUGUACACCACCUGUCUCUUUGUAUGUUGAUUUGUACCAUUUAGUGUAGGGAUGGGUGUGUUAGUGUGAUGUUACGCAGUGAAAGCUAUGAUUAAAGAGAAGAGAGGGGACAUAACAGCCGAUGACAACUCUUUCUCUCCUCCUCUGCCUUUACACAGAGUUUGCAGAACAGUCAGUUCUUUCUGCUGAUAAGUUCAGGUCAUCUGCUGCAGGGAUUCGACUGUGAUUAAGGUGAUUUGUAGAUGCUGAUCACUUUCAGUUUGGAAAUUCCUUUUUUUAUGUUUCUGCUGAAAGGUUUGAUAAAAUGGUCGAGGUUCACAUGACCUUAUAGCUGUUUCAAAUAAGGAACAGCUGUUCUAAAACUCCACUUACUGUUAAGAUCAGAAAUACUCAUCUCUUAUUAAAGAUGUAGAUGUAAAGAAUUCAUGUUGGUAACUGUAAUUUUGAAACUUCCUUUUCUCAGAGAAAGAAUUUGUAUUGACAAUUUCCCCCGGAUUUUGGUUAUUUUUGCAAAAAAAUAUAAAUGAUACUGUCGCGGGUUCAGUUUCUUUAAGUUCUUUUUCGGUUGUGGAGGGAAAGAUGAUGGCACAGUCGAGAACCGAGUACGGUGAUUUCCUUUUAUUUACACCAUCUCCAAAAAAAUACCCACAGGUGAAAACUCUUAUGUACAAAAAAUAUUUACAAAAAUUAUUUACAAAAAAGACAGAGGAAAAACUAUUUACAAACCGCAAUUCAAAUACCAGGACCAACAUACGUCUGCUCAACCAGGAGGCACCCCAACAAGUGAGCUGAGCUCCUUUAAAUACCCCUUGGCCCCUCCUCCGGACAAACCAAUCAAAACAAUCUAGGGGUUUUUCAAGAUAUCAGCUAUUAUAUCAUAACUAAUAUUUCUACAUACACAAAAUAAUACAAAGCAAUUACUGUUGCUCACACCCUCCACAUGGCUGAGCCAAUAUUAAACCCAAACACAAUAUUUUUCCUAUAAAUCAAUUUGUUCCCGGACUUUGGUUUCUCCCUGGGUCACCUGACCCGCGGAGGCACGUCACCUAGUGCUACUUAACAGGUGACCCGGAACUGCCUCUGUUCAGUCCAUGAAGCGGAGACAGAAGGUGAGUGUGUAUGUGUGUGCGUGUACGUGUAAGCGAGACCCGUGUAGGUGUUUGAGUGUGCACCCUCUAACACCAACCACGGGGACGCAAGAGUCCAAUUAUUGUUUUUAAAUGUUCAUUUUGACUCCCGUCCGUCUGUCACUCCAGCCGCGAGUGACCACGCUAUUCCCCCACGUCGGCGCCGAGCGACGAGGGAGAGCGAGAGGGAGAGAAGGCGUCCAGCCGCGAGAGAGAGCGUGCGUCCAGCCGCGAGAGAGAGAGCGGCCAGCCGCGAGGGAGAGAGCGGCCAGCCGCGAUGAGGACGGCGUUAGUGGCGCCCCGCCACAUUACCCCUCUCCUCCCCGAGGUUGGCGAUGUGCGGCAACCUUGACAGAUAGUCUGCCACAACAUUGCUCUUGCCCGGCCGAUGGUGGAUCCGGAAUCUGAAUGGUUGGAGGGAGAGGUACCAGCGGGUGAGACGACUGUUGUGAUCCUUCAUCGAAUGAAUCCACGUCAGCGCCCGAUGGUCAGUCUCCAAGUCGAACUCCCUCCCCAGCAGGUAGUAUCUCAUACUCUCCAGGGCCCAUUUGAUCGCCAGGCCUUCCUUCUCCACCGUGGAGUACCUGGUCUCCCGUGGCAGCAGCUUGCGGCUCAGGUACAGCACUGGUCGCUCCUCCCCAGGUUCACCUUGGGCCAGGACUGCCCCCAGUCCCACAGCUGAAGCGUCCGUCUGGACCAGGAACCGCUGUCUGAAGUCAGGGCUUCUCAAAACUGGCGAAGAGCACAAGCAGGCUUUGAGAGCGUGGAAGGCCGUCUCGCAGUCAUUGUUCCAGAUGACAGGGUUUCUCUGGUCCUUCGCUGUCAGAGCUGUCAGAGGCGCUGCGAUGGUGGCAAACUGUGGGACGAACCUUCUGUACCAGCCGGCCAAACCCAAGAAGGACCUCACCUCCUUCUUGGUUCGAGGGCGUGGGCAGCUGCGGAUGGCCUCCACCUUGUCCACCUGCGGCCGGACCUCCCCUCGUCCCAGCCGGUACCCCAGGUACUCUGUCUCCUCCUUAGCCCACUGGCAUUUGGCUGGAUUCAGUGUCAGGCCUGCCUGCUGGAUCUGGCCCAGGACUCGCUCCAGGUGAUGCAGGUGCUGCUCCCAGGUGUCACUGAAGAUGACCACAUCAUCCAGGUAGGCAGCACUGCAGUCCUCACACCCCCGUAGAACCUGGUCCAUCAGUCUCUGGAAGGUGGCGGGUGCCCCAUGCAGGCCAAAGGGCAUCACCGUGAACUGGAAGAGGCCGGAAGGUGUCUGGAACGCUGUGUAGGGACGACUGGAUGCUUCCAAGGGUACCUGCCAGUAGCCCUUACAGAGGUCCAGGGUGGUGAUGAACCUGGCCCGGCCAAUCCUCUCCAGCAGCUCGUCGAUCCGUGGCAUCGGGUAGGCGUCAAACUCCGACAUUGCGUUCAGCUUCCUGAAGUCGAUGCAGAUGCGGAGGGAACCGUCCUUCUUCACCACAAUGACCACUGGGCUGCACCACUCGGACUGCGACGGUUCGAUCACCCCCAGGCGCUGCAUCUCUUCCACCUCCUUCAGGAGCUUGGCCACCAGAUGUUGUGGCACCCGGUAACUCCUCUGGCGAACUGGCCCCUUGUCUUUCAGGUGGACCACGUGCUCGAUGAGGCCGGUCCUCCCCGGGCUGGCAGCGAAGAGCUUGGAGACCCUCUCGAACACCUGGCACAGCUGGCUGGACUGGACAGCAGAGAGAUGGCCCAGAGCAGGUUCAGCAUACUGGUGGCGGUCGGCGAGGAUACACUCCUCCUCCCCUUCACUGUCCCCCUCCAUCACCAAUAGGGCCGCCACAGGGCCCUGAGCUGGAGCCUCCUUCCACUCCUUCAGCAGGUUGAUGUGGUAGACCUGCUUUGCCCUUUUCUUGUCCGGGUGGUGGAUCUCAUAGGUCACAGGGCCCAUCUUCCGGAGGACGGUGUACGGGCCCUGCCACUUGGCAAGCAGCUUGCUGUUGGAGGAUGGGAGGAGGAGUAGGACCUUCUGGCCGGGCUGGAACUCUCUGCGUCUGGCAUGUUGGUCGUACCACGCCUUCUGGGCCUGCUGGGCUUCGCGCAGGUUGACCUCGGCCUCCUCCCGGUACUUUGCCAGCCGGUCCCUCAUCUCCAACACGAAUUGGACCACACUGCGGUCACUGGUGCCUGUUGCAGGAGCCUCCCACGUCUUUAGAAGCAGAUCCAAUGGCCCCUGUACCUCCCAGCCAUACAGUAGUUCAAACGGGGAGAACCCCGUGGAGGCUUGGGGAACCUCUCGGUAGGCGAAAAGCAGGAAGGGUAACCACUGGUCCCAGUCUUGCCCGGUGUCAGACACAAAUUUCUGCAGCAUCUUCUUGAGGGUUUGGUUGAAACGCUCAACCAAGCCAUCUGUCUGAGGGUGGUAUGGGGUGGUCUUGAUUGUGGAGACCCCCAACUGUCGGUGGAAGAGCUGCAGGAGUCUGGAGGUGAAAUUAGUCCCCUGGUCUGUGAUGAUCUCGUCUGGAAUACCCACCCUGGAGAACAGCUGGACCAGGCAACGCAACACAGCCGGAGCAGUGACCGUGCGCAGGGGAAAAGCCUCAGGGAAACGAGUGGCAUAAUCACAGACCACCAGGAUGUACUGGUGCCCUCCGCUGCUCCUCACCAAUGGGCCAACAAUGUCCAUGGCUAUCCGCCUAAAUGGAGUGGAGAUCACGGGUAGUGGUUGGAGGUAGGCACGGUCUGAUUGGCGGACAAAGCAAGUCUUCUGACAGGUGGGACAGGUUUUACAAAAUGUUUGUACAUCCGCAUACAUGGAAGGCCAGAAGAACCUUGCAGAUAUCCGCAGGUAGGUUUUGUUGCGACCAAGAUGACCAGCCCAAGGCAAGGUGUGUGCCAGGUGCAUGAUCAUCUGCCGACAUGACACAGGAACCACCAGGCGUCUGACCUCAUCUGUCAUCGCAUAGAGCACAUUAUUGUCCACAACAAACCAGUCUUUGUCCUUCUUUGCUAGGUCCUGUCCCCAAACCACCUUGGCGAACAGGGGCGUCAGAGUUGUGUCCUCCCUUUGUAAGGCCCCAAUGUCCUCUGGCACAUUCCAUCUGUCCUUUGCCAGCCCCUUUUUUCGGUCUGGCUCCUGGGAUUUCAGCCCCUUCUCAAACCGCCGCUGACGGCGGGACUUUCUGGGGCCCUUUGUGCCCCCCUCAAACAAACCACUGUCCAGGGUUGAAAAAAGUUCUGGCUCAGGGCCCUUUUCCUGCCCUGGGCCGGUUGCAAUCCCCGCUCUGGCCUGGGCACGGGUGAUCACCAGCCCAGACAACCCUUUCCCCAGGUCACUGGCUGUGGGUCCUGCCUCCAGCAGCACGUCCAGUAGCACUGGGAAGUCCCAACCCAGGAUCGCAGCCACAGGCAACCUAUCCACCACCCCCACAGUCAGCAGAUAAGGCUGCUCGUCCACUACCACUGUCACCUCAGCUGUGGGGUAGGAAUGGCUGUCCCCGUGUGCGCACAGAAUGUCUUCCUGUCUGCUAUAAUCCACACUGCCCGUUGGCACCAGCUCCCUUCGCACCAGCGUCAGGAAGCUCCCAGAGUCAACCAAAGCAGUCACACAUUCCCCAUUUAUGGUUAUUUCCUUGAAUCUUGGUUGCCGUCCCCCAGCACUUGCAACCUCCGCUCGGGGAGUGUAGCAGGCACUGCUAAGCUUGGCUUUUCUGAUGGGGCACAGAGCAGCCUUGUGUCCUGCUUGCUGGCAGUAAAAACAAAUAAGCUCCUUACCAGGGCUGCGCUGGCGAGGUGCGGACCGAGGUUCUCCUGUUGGAUGCUGGCUGGCUCUGGCCGCUGGUCUGGGCUGUGAUGAAACCUGCCGACUGGGUCCACCCUGGUUGACUGUCGGGCCUCCCCUCCGUGCGUUAAGGUACUGCAGUGCCAGCUUCCCUGCAGUUAGCCCAUCCGUCGGCUCAUGCUCCUUCACCCAGGUGCGGAUGUCAGCCGGGAAGACCCUCAGCAGCUGCUCCAAUAUGACCUGCUCCCCGAUCUGCUCCUUUGUAUGCUGCUCUGGCCGGACCCAUCGACGGUAGAGACCCUUUAAGCGGUGGUAAGUCUCUGUGGGGUUCUCUCCUGGUGGGACAGCCAUGGACCGGAACUGCUGGCGAUAAGUCUCCGGGGAGAUGUCAAAUUUCAUCAGGAGCGCUGCCUUCAGGUCCGGGUAGGAGUGAGCCAGGUCCUCAUCCAUCGCUGUGUAAGCCUCCAGCGCCUUUCCAGUUAGCAGAGGCACCAGGCGACAGGCCCACUCACUGUCUGGCCAACCCCACGUUCUGGCAAUGCGCUCGAAGCGGAGCAGGUAAUUUUCAAUGUCCUCUCCCGCCAGAUACUGAGGGAUCUUGGGGUCACCCCAGGGUCGGCUCUCAGACCUAGGAGGUUCUGCCAGGCUACUUGCCCUAAUCCUUGGUGCCUCCACGGGAGAACUGCGUCGUGGCCGAGGAGCUGGAGUUGGUAACUCAAGACGGAGGCUCAUAGUUGAUCCAGCAGAUGGCGGAGUGGUUCUUGGUGCUGGACUUGGUGUUACCGGCCUCCGUUCUGCCUCAGGCUGCUGCAGUGGGACUGGUAAGGCAGCUCGAAGCCCUCUGAGCUCUGCAAGCAAGCCCUCCUCUCUCCUCUGCUGCCCCUCCAGGAAAGUUCUCAUCACUGUAAGCAGCUCCGCCCCAGCACCUGAAGUUCCCGGGUCUGCCUGCCAGGAAGGCCCAGCAGCACCCUCUUCAUCCUCAUCCUCUGUGGCCCAGGCUGCUUCCUCCACAGCUUCUUCCACUUUUUGUGACCGCAGUCCGGUCCGUCUUCCUGUGAACCGGAUGCGUCCCCUUCGACUGGCCAUCCCACUUCUGACACCAAAUGUCGCGGGUUCAGUUUCUUUAAGUUCUUUUUCGGUUGUGGAGGGAAAGAUGAUGGCACAGUCGAGAACCGAGUACGGUGAUUUCCUUUUAUUUACACCAUCUCCAAAAAAAUACCCACAGGUGAAAACUCUUAUGUACAAAAAAUAUUUACAAAAAUUAUUUACAAAAAAGACAGAGGAAAAACUAUUUACAAACCGCAAUUCAAAUACCAGGACCAACAUACGUCUGCUCAACCAGGAGGCACCCCAACAAGUGAGCUGAGCUCCUUUAAAUACCCCUUGGCCCCUCCUCCGGACAAACCAAUCAAAACAAUCUAGGGGUUUUUCAAGAUAUCAGCUAUUAUAUCAUAACUAAUAUUUCUACAUACACAAAAUAAUACAAAGCAAUUACUGUUGCUCACACCCUCCACAUGGCUGAGCCAAUAUUAAACCCAAACACAAUAUUUUUCCUAUAAAUCAAUUUGUUCCCGGACUUUGGUUUCUCCCUGGGUCACCUGACCCGCGGAGGCACGUCACCUAGUGCUACUUAACAGGUGACCCGGAACUGCCUCUGUUCAGUCCAUGAAGCGGAGACAGAAGGUGAGUGUGUAUGUGUGUGCGUGUACGUGUAAGCGAGACCCGUGUAGGUGUUUGAGUGUGCACCCUCUAACACCAACCACGGGGACGCAAGAGUCCAAUUAUUGUUUUUAAAUGUUCAUUUUGACUCCCGUCCGUCUGUCACUCCAGCCGCGAGUGACCACGCUAUUCCCCCACGUCGGCGCCGAGCGACGAGGGAGAGCGAGAGGGAGAGAAGGCGUCCAGCCGCGAGAGAGAGCGUGCGUCCAGCCGCGAGAGAGAGAGCGGCCAGCCGCGAGGGAGAGAGCGGCCAGCCGCGAUGAGGACGGCGUUAGUGGCGCCCCGCCACAGAUACCUAAACAACAAAUCCCAUAACUUUGAUGAUUUAUUACUGUUUUUUGUUUUUGUACUGCUUCGUAAGUAGCUGCGUUUACAUGGGCACAAAUAAUCUGAAUAAAUGCCUGAUCGCAAUAAAAAUGUGUCAUGUAAACAUGUCGUUCAGAAGAUUCCGAUCCAAUUUGGCUCAAUCGAAAAGUGAUUGUAUUCCGAUUUAGAGGGGUGGGUUUAUGUCAAUUGUUAUUCCGAAACGCCUAAACACUAAUUCCGAUCGAGACUCUCUUACCUGACUCGGUCUUCACUCUUUAGCCUUUGUCUUAUUUAUUGAGGUCAGAACAGGAGGUUUCAUUAUUAACACUCUGGCAUAAAACACAACAGCAGGCACCGCGUCUGCUCCACCGGAAACAUUACAAGAAAAUAAAGUGCAAUGAUGUCACAUCAGCACAGGCGUCAAUACAGCUCUUCUUCUGUGGUUGUUUUAGCAAAAUCAGACAACUCCAUGAUCGGAUUAUUUAAUUUUGCAUCCAUAUAAAUAGUGGAUUCAGAUUAUCUGAUCCCUCAAAUUUUUAAUCAGAUCAGGAAAUUUUGCCUGUGUAGACUUGGCUAAUGACUUUGAUUGCCUAGUUUUGGAAAAAAGAUAUAUACAUAUAUUGUCAAGUAUUUUGAGUUGUGAAUAAGUAUCUGAAAAACUCUUUUUUUUCAAAAAAUAGUUGAAAAACCAUGUGUUACCGUCUUUAUUUAAUAUCAAUCUACUCCUCCAUGUGCUCUCAAUGUUUGUGAGGGUUCAUAAAAAAACAUGAAGAAUUCAUGUCACUGUCAUACUCCACAUCCCCAUGUGUCAUUAAAUCUUUUGAUAUAAACCAUUGUGAUAUACAUUCAAUUAAAAAAUGUUAGUUUUUCUAUAAAUCAAAGGUACAAAAUCUUCUCUGGGGCGUGUUUUUAAUCAAAGGACACAACGGUCAUUAUUUGAGAUCUUGAAAUGCCCGUUGUUGUAAACCUUUGAGAAAAAGAGUCUUUGUUCAGAUCUUGUGAAUCACUUGAAGAUGUUUCAUAUGUGAGUCAAAGGCUGUUGAGUAAUUCUGUGGGAUUUGUUGGGCUUCAGGCUGAUUUCCAAAUGCCAUUUUGUGUAAUCAUGCAUCAGCUAUGACUUUCUUUUUACGUGAAUCAACAUUAAUGCAGGAAUGUCGACAACAAAGGGCAAAUUUGUAUUCAGCACAGAUGUUGUAUCAUUGUGGGUAACUUCUGAGGAAACGUGGAUGGUACUAAUGCGUGGUUACACAAAUCACUUCCAGUUUCAAACUACUAAGCACUUAUUUUCUAUUUCUGGAAUCAUCAAGACUCUUUGUCGAAAUACUGCUACUCUGUCCAUGAUAAGGGUGUAGCUUUUGUGACUGUUAUAAAGACAUAUGUAGGUUUUCUUGGUUUUCCCAUGUAUCAGCAGGGAAAAGCAGGUUAAAGUUUCUGCUUGUGAAACUGGGUUUCUGUUGCCACUAAAAACAACAGAAAACCCCUGGAACUCAACAGUGUGAUUUAAUAUUGUGUAUGUGUUCAAAUUACAUAGGUUUCCUUCAGCCCAUCAAAAAGCUAUUCGGGUUGUCUAAACAGUUCAGAAACAAGUCCUUCUUUUGGUAUGUAUGAAAGUUGGUGGUCGUUAUGGUGUUACAGUACACAGAGAGGAGAUAGCUUUUCAAACUCUGCACUCGUGUUUUUUAUUACUUGGAUGGACAGCAUAAUAAAAACACGUCAAGUCCACUAAAAGUAGAUUGUUAUAGUAGACUGUAUUUAGAAGGCCGUCUGCCUCCUCGCUGGGUGAAGCCACUCUGAAAACAGCACCCUCUGCUGACGGGCUGCAGUAUAGGUCAUAAAUCCAGCCUCCUCCAGCAAUUCCUAUGGAGCUGUGGACAACUUUGGAAAUUAAUUCCACAGGAUAUAAAUUUUACUCCCCCCUGCUUGCGAUGUUGACAUGUAGUUAGUGUAAGACUGGUUUGUGCUCAAGUCCUCUUUUUCCGUACAGCUUCAUUUUUAAAAGUUAUUAGGGGGUUCAUGUUUUCUAUGAUUGACACUUGAUACAACCUAUGGGCGUACGCAGAUUGCAAACUCCACUCAGGGGAUACGCUGUUUGAGCCGAGCGUCAUCACAUCCAUUCUCGGCGGCUUUCCCGCCGAAUGCGUACAACGCUACUGCGCAAGUCAUGGAGUGCGUACAACGCUACUGCGCAAUGAUGGUUUCAGGAAGUGAAGAAAAAUUGCGAAAAUAUCGAGAGCUUUUCGGCUUCUAAUACGUAUACUGGUGGAAGGCGUAACCAAGUUGUCCAUCGUAUAUACAGUCUAUAAUUAUUACAAGUGCAUCUGGUGAUCUUGCUCUUUACUCAGAACUAAACAAUACAACAUUCAUUGCAGUUGAAAUUUUUUAGGGCUGUCGUAUUUUACUGUAUUAGUUUUCGAUGCACACUUUAUUAACGGGCAAGUUCUCCCAAUUUAGCACAUUGUUUGAGAGAUUUGUGUACCUUUUUUACUUUGUCAAACUGCUAAUGGUAUUCUUAGAUAUAACAUCAUGAUUGGUAACUAUAAAAAUAAAUCCUUUUCUUUCUUCAGUGAUGAGUUUAGAUAAAGGGCUAACCAAAGACCACUCUGUCUCCCUCUCUCUGUCUGGCAGGUAACCACAUGCUGUUGCGGGUGUUACCCUCGGUCUACCCCAGACAGCCGGACACUAUCCACAACCAUCUAGGUAACCUCACCCAGAUGAUGUCGCAGUUGGAGUCCUCAGAGCAACAACACCUGAUCAGACUCAUUCAGAUGGUUGCUGAGCAACAUCCACUUGUGAGUUUUGUUUUUGUUCCUGUGUUCGUUUAUUCUUCUGCAGCAUUUCCUGAGGAUCCUGAGAGGUUCCAAGAACAGGUAGAAUAUGAAAUCCCUCUAGCAAGCUCCGAGUCUACCCUUGGGCUUCCUCCGAGUUAGACAAGUCUGUAACAUCUCUCAAGGUUGGAAUCCAAGAGGCAGUCGUAUGAAAAGUCCAAACCACCUUGACUGGCUCUAGAUUUGAUGUAAAGAAGCAGCAGCUCUACUCCAAUUCCAGGGUUGAAUGUAGAUUGACUGAAAUUUAAAUCUUUACCUUCCAGCUCGGCUGUUACUUCACCACAACAGUCUGCUGAUGCAGUACUAACCCACCUGUGAACCUUAUGAGUCUUACCCUUACUCAUGAACAAGACUCCCACGAAACUUGAACUCCAUCAGUUAGGGUAAAGACUCACUCAGAGUCCAACUUGCGUUGAGAACAUGUCUUAUUGUGUCCAGUAUGUGGAAACAGCUCUCAUUUUGGUCAUACAAGGAUCGAAUUGCUUGUAAUGAAAGCCCACAAAACCCGUAUUCCAGCAGUACCCCCCACAAGACCCCCUAAGGGACAGGAUCAUAGGCUUUCUCCAAGAUGAAGGAUGUGUUUGCUUUUUUGUGUAACAUUUCUUCCCAUGAGUCAAGCUUAAUUAGACCUUUUAUCAUUCAAGUGGGCCAUAUCCUGCGCAGAGCUCAUUUGGAGAUGUUGAAAAAAGCCACUGGAACGUAGUAAGAAGUGAAGAAAUGGAGCAGUGAAUGUGGAGUAAACAUUUCUCAGUAGGAAUUCCCUUAAUCCUUCAUAUUUGGAGCCGAGCUCCUGAUGUUUAACAUGAGGGGAAAGUACCACAUACCAGCAAACAGAGCACAUGCUGCUGAAACAUGGACAGUCUCACUCAUAUGGGAGGCACUGAGGAGACUAAACCAGCCAUCUGGAGUCAUUCUAAUCCCCACCCCCCGCACAGAUGCAUUAAAUAUUUCCAUUGUGAAUGUGGCUGCACUCAUCACAGUAGUUACCAAAGCACCGGCAUUAAAAAAACAAACUCUUACUGGAUGUGACUUAGCAUUAAAAAAAGAUCAAUUACAUAACUUUAAUUGAUUAUAAUUAUUCAGACUCAUUAAGUUUAGCAGCAGGAGGGAUGAAAAUGUUUGGCAUUGUUAGUCAGAUCCAGUCUCGUGCAGUCCGGAUAAUGAGGAGGAACUUUUCAUUCACUCAGUUUGUCAACACAGUCCUACUGUUAAGCUUUUGUGUAUUAUUAGUCACAAGUCCCUUCAUCCUCGUCCAAGGUCACUUCUCUCACCUCCAGCCUUCAUUAAAAUAACAUCAAGCCUUUCUCUGCUGGUGAUUGUUUCUGAGUGCUGAAAGGAUUUCUGCUUUAAUCCAAAAUAAUGAACACUAGUUUGAUCUCCUUCUCUCUGUUUCUUCUUAUUCUUACAGAUGUUGAGUCCUCAAGUGCCUGUGUUAAUAAGUCACCUGGGAGACCAAUCCCUGACUGAGGCUCUGCUGGGUUCACUCGUGGACGUGUCGCAGGCCAGUCCCUCAUCACUGGUCAGCUUUUUGCCAACACUGAGGGUUGUGGGACAGCAGUGUCCUGCUCUCCUGGGUCACGUGGCUAAAAUCCAUGGUGCUGUGGGUAUCAUAAGUGAGGUACAAAGGCACACACAAACACUAACACACACAGAAGUACUAUGGUUGGGACCCUAUAUGUACUGUUGAUGAAGUUAGGUGCUGUUUUAAGCAGUAUUUGUGGUUAUAGAGUGGUGUUUUGGUUGAGGUUUGUGUGUGGUUCUUUAGACCGCUGUGUAUUGCUAUUGUGCGGCCGUUACUGAAGUUGGUAUAACUAGAGAAGCCAUCAGUCGGCAACAUUCAUCUCUCAAGGGGGUGUCUAACUCUGUGUUAUGGUUUGUUUGACCAUAAGUUAAAUUUACGCUGGAAUAUCCCUUUAAUGUCAGUACGAUCUUAUCCAUGUUUGCUGAUAUGUAUUCAGUUUAAAAAUGCCCUUUCUUAUUUUAGAUAAUAUUUAGCAUCAACAAACAAUCAAAAUGUAGAAACUGCUAUUUUCUUGAUGCAUCAUCAGCUCCAUUCAGCAAAUAUCUCUAGUACUGAUACAGCACCAAAACUAAAGUCAUUGAUAUGUGCCAAUAUACUGUAUAUGAUGGUAUGGACAUUCACCUGUUGCCUUGUUGGUAGUGCGUACUUUCUCUCAUGGGUUUACAAAAGGCACACACUAGAAAAAAUGGAUAUUGACAGAAAAAGUCUGCUUCUCUGCCACAUAACUUCUCUGUUUUCCUGCCGAGUUUAAAACACACAUUUAGGCACUAAACAGGACAAGCUGAUCUGGGCUAUUUAUUGCUGUCAAACACUAACCACCCACAUUCACUGAGAACAUUUGUCCUAAACAAACAUUAAAAGAGAGUUUUGAAUUUCCAUGAUAAGAGAAAAGGACCCAACACAAAUUUCUGUCUUGCUGGGUUGAGGGAAAUCUUGGACAGGGAGACUGUCGAAUUGUAUUUGCUUGCGUCAACACAACAGUGCAAGCAAAGCACAAUUCAUGGGAACACAAAACUCAGAAAAAGUCGUUUUUACACCCCUUAGUGUAACUUAGUAGAGAAAUGUGUUCUAGCGUUAAUGUGAUCAAAACUUGAAAGAGCUAAACGCCUGGAUUUGAACAUUUUCAUCCAUGUUAUGUAAAACCAAACUCAGUUAUAUUUAGAUUGAAAUCUUUUGUCAGCAAGUGUUGAUAUGCUGGCGGGCUGAGUUAAGAUGGUAAUAAUGAAACAUACAACUUUCUCUGGAGUCCAUCUGCAUAUACUAGCAUUAUCAUUGUGAACGUGUUAGCAUGCUGACAUGAGCGUUUACCUCACGCUGUUUCAAAGUAUCACACUCAUGAUUGUUAUUUUAAUUUAAUCUUAUCUGAAAGUGGUUCAAAGGUGAUCAUGAUAUCAUCAGGAAAGGUGUGUGAAUAAUCAUUGUCUCGGGGGACAGAGGAGAUGAGGGUACAGGAACUGAAAAGACAAGAGAUAUCAUACUUUUAAAAACAAAAUGCAAAGAUUAGCAACAUUCAUCAAAACAUAAUUCUACCUUUGUUAAAAAUGAGCAUUUUGAUUUUUACAUUACGCAGAAAACAGAGUACAUUGACAUGUCAUUUAUAGACAAUGUUAUUUGAUGAAACUAUGCGUAAUGGGGCAUAUAUUGGAUCAAACCAUUUUUGUUAUUUUUAAAGAAGAUGUUCUCAUCAGAGUCAGACAGUAAAAAUCUUUGGGUCUUGUAAGAUACCUGAAAAACUGGUGCCAGUGUUUGGAUAAACAAGUGGAUAAACACAUAAACAGACACCUGGAUGAUGGUCCUGGAAAUGAUUGCAAAGAAUUUUAUCCCACCAUUCGUCUGAAAGAUUCAGAGAUUCACAACCCCCUCAUCCAAACGAUUCAAUCUUUUUGUUAAAUAACCUGCCAACCCAGCUUUAGAGAAGACACAAACACACACAAACACACGCACAACGUCACGGGUUGUUCAGACCUCAGUGUCCUGUCUUUCUUCACAUUGGAACCAUUUGGAAAAUAACCCAUGUUUUUCUGGGAAAUGCCUCCUCAGAGGCCUCCUGGUGAUGGCAGUGGAGAGUACCUCCUGUGGGUUCAUGUUUGUGCCCUAAACACACACAUACACACACUCACACACUCACACAUAUACACACAUUUUUCUCUUGGAAGCAUUUGCAAUGGAUUCUAGCCGGAUUGCACAAUUCUCACCUCAGCUCCUUUACCUCCUGAUGGGAAUUAUUCUAUACUGUGUUUCUGGACUUAUUGCCCAUAAUACAUCAAGACAAACAACCCCCAGUGCAGUGUGCUGACAUGCUGGCCAAUCCAACCAUCCAGUUCAGUAAAUCUGAGUUUGAGUAAGGGCAUUUUCCAUUUGGCGUGACUGCUGUUUCAGAAAUAUGUCGAUGGAGCUCCUCUGCUAUUUGUGCAUUUGUGGUGGUCUUGCUCUGUUAUUUUUUUAGUCUACUUUUGCUAUUUGUUCCUCUUUCUGUGAUAAUUAUAGCAUGAUAUAUCAUUAAGCCAAAACAACAUUAACUUUAUUGUACAUUCCUCAAUGGUACAUUAAAACUAUCUCUUAAAUAAUGUCAGUAAAUAUCUUAACUGUAUGUAUUCAUCAUACUUUCAAAACAGUUUUGUUAAAUGAAGCACUUCAUGUCGAAUUGUUAAACCUGCAAUAACAUGCUACAGUCCGUGCUCCAUAUUCAAAGUACUGCUUUUCAAAUCAGGGUAGGUGCUCCCUUCAGGGGUAAUAAGAUAGGACUAUUUCAAAAUUUUUGAGAGUUUUUGCCUCAUCAGGUUUGUUGAAUGGAAAAAAAUAAUAAUCUGAGAAUACCUCAAAGCUCAUAAAACUUUUGAAACUUUGAAAAGGGGUCCAAAGUUAACUUUACUCUGUUAUAAAGUGUAACUAAGCAGGGAACAGCUGGCAUAGAAGAUAGCAUCCUAAAAAUAAAAAACGAACCCCUCUGGUGAGCAUGAUCUCAACUCCAGGAAAAACAUAUUUCCAGCUCGAAUGAGGAAAUAAAUUCUGCUUAAAAAAUUUAGUUCUUGGUACAAUAGGGACACUAUUGUAUAACUACUGGGUAAAAGUACAACCAUAUGCAGUCUUGGUUGAUAGGCAAACUGAAAUAUUUUUGAUGAGUAUUUUUGAUCAGCCAAAUAACUGUUGACAUCAACUUUUGACAAGAGAGCUAGAGGCACUCAGGGGAUGUGACACAUACGACUUCUUUCACUCAACUCCCUCACCUUGUUACCUUGUUCAGAUACGAUUUGAAAGUUGGACUGAUCCCUCCUUUGCAGUGUAUGUAUGUAUAUACAUAUCACGAAUAAUUAAUGCUGGGCAAGAACCCUCAUAUGUUAAUGGACACAGAGGUUUCUCCAUGAGUGUCGUUGGGGAGAGAGUUGAGCAUGUGCCAGAUUACAGCUCCAAGGUAAGCAGACACAUCAGAGAUCUAAUCUGUAAUCAGUGGAGAACCAAGCAACUGAGCAAACAUGGAAAAAAAAGACGUUUUUUUCUUCUCCUAGCUGUUACAUCAGAUUGAAGUUUUUCAACAGAAAUCUCUUGCACACAAAUAUGUGUGCUACUGCCAGAGGAGAUUGGCUCCCAGAGUUUGUGUUAUAAAGAGAACCGAGCGAUGGGAGUGAAUGAGCCAAGUGGUGUGUUUUUGUUUUUGUUAAUUUGAACACAGCAGGCAGAAAUAAUAAUUCAUAUCCUCCAGAUCUGUACCUCUCCUGUCAAAUCUACUCUUUGGAGCUAUGUACUCUUACAUUAUAUUUUGAGAUUAUGAAAUUAUAGUUCAAUAGGAAGUCUAUUUCUGUUUUUGAUCAGUGUUUUUUUCUUCAUCUUUUGGCUAUUAUUCCACUUUUGAGGGGUUUUGCGUAAGAUUUCUUACAGUCUGUUUGUCGGGAUUUUGUAUACUAAUUACAAAUUUUAUAUAGAUUCAACAUAACCCAGAACAGAUAUCCACCCCCCACCCCCUCGGCACUCAGCUCUAGCAGAUAGACAUAUACUGUAUAUAAACUAGAAAAGCACUCGGAGAGCGCAGACCUCCACCAAGCAGCUCAUGUCCCCCCUUAUAUUGUGAUUCACACCAAAUCUUUUACUGUUACGUGUCUUUUAUUAACUUUUAUUUGUGUUUAAACUGGUAUGUUCACUGUUCAUAAUGUUCCUAAAACAAGAAAUGCCCUGACCUGGAUUUGAACCCAGGACCUUCUGGUUGUGAGGUGACAGUGCUAACCACUACACCACUGUGCCGCCCAUUCUUUAUCUUUCAGAACUGACAAUUCUAAUGACACCUUUAUUUUUGUGUGUUCUGGAUCACAGUAUCCAGAAUUUUGUCCGGAUCACAACAGACAAACAAACAAACAAACCAAUGCUACCGGAAACAUAACCUCCUUUGCAGAGGUAAUAAAAGAGGCUCAGCAUUGUAGUCCUCAGUUCACAGUGAUUGGAUAUCUUGUGCUAUUAACAUAAGACAGAAAGGGGUUCCCAGUCUUCUCAAAUGAGACAUCCUUACCAAUCAGAGUCAGUCUAAUGUUUUCUAAUUUAAGAAAACAAAGCACCUCCUUAAUCCAGUUUGUAUGGGUAGGUGGGACUGGGGAUUUCCAUUUUAACAGUAUCAACCUCCUGGGUUACAGAGUUGUGAAUGCGUAAGAUUUCUAAAUCAGUGGUGUAUCCAGGACCCCAAUUCAAAGUCAAGUUGUUUUUUUCCCUGUACAACUUGAUACCAGCAGGCCCUUUGUUACCUACUGGGCAUUCAUUGGAAAACCAUAAAAACUGUGGCAUUUUUCACUCUUAAACUGUCCAUGUUGCAGGUUCUGGACAUGCUAAAGUGUUUGAAAUUAUUGCUGUGAAAUCGUCUUGACAAUAUAUUGUCUGACAAUAAAAACACCAGCUUUGGAGCAGAAGUUGUGCAUUGGACCCUACAUACUUGUAAAUAACUCCCUGACAUGUGCUUUAGUGCUCAGUGGGGCCCUUCCUUUUUUGGUACUUUCCAGCAAUCACAUAUAAUUUAGGGUAUUCACAAGCUAGUUAACCUGUGAAACAUGUCCAAACUGUGCCGUAACUGCAUUCUUCUGUCCUUGUUACAAGGUGUGUUUAAGCUCUGGAAGCACAGGUUGGCCCUGUCUGACUUUUCUGUCCUCCCAUCCAUCAACCGUUCUCUCUCUGAGUCAGUUCUGAGUCAGUGGAGGUCAUAUGUUCUUCUUUCGUUCAAAGCAGUGUACGGUUUUACAAGUGAAGAGUUUUUUUUUAAAGAAAGUUCUGUUUUUACUUCUGUUCUCAGAUGGGGUUUAGAGGGCUUUGGUUUUGCCUUUUAACCACUAGGAGCUACAUUAAAUCACUUUUUGCAUCAUAGUGAUUUCAGAGUUAAGCAUUUAAUGACAAAUAACUGUUUCAUGCUUUGUUAAAAUAAGAUGUUAGAAUCCCAAAUGAUUAAGGACACAUUUGAAAAACUUGAAAUACAUUUGAUGACUGUAGAGGACAAGAAUGGCCAUGGAUUUUAUCUUUUUUAUGCCGUUAUCUUGUGUUGAAAUAACAAAAAAAAUCAUUUUCAUGAGAAAACAAACUUUGUUGUAUUGAGAUAACGAGAUAUUAAGUCAUUAUCACAAGAUAACUGUGCAUUAAAAAAACAAAACAGAAAAAUCUAUGGCUGUCGUCAACAUCCUUCGAUGACUCUAAAAUACUUUUUUUUCAUAGCCUUUAAGUCAGUAUUGGGGAAGCCUAGACAAAAAUAUAAGCUUUUGAAAUGAACAUUUACUGCACUGCUACAAGCUGUCCCACAAAAGUAACUUACUAUAAGCUUACAAAAUGAACUCACUUCAUGGCCCUAUGACAGUGUUAAUCUCAUUAAAUCAGAUAAACGACUAAUGUAUUUGAUCUUUUUCAAUUUAAUCUUAAGUCGUUGAACAUGAUUACAUUUUUUGAUCACAACCAAUACAAUGUUUGUGUGCACAUUGUGUGUACAUCAUUUGUAUCACAGAUGGAUCGUGGGAAAGUCAACCCAUUUCAGAUGACUCAAUGUUUAUAUUUGUUUUUGUCUUUUUGAAACAAUGGGAGUUGGAACAAUACGCCCAAACUGCUUUAAAGUGUAAAACUAAUGUGCGUUGAGUUACAUAAAGGUCACUCUUUAUUUACCAAAACACAUGUGGGGAGUGAAGCAACAUGUUCAUGGUGUUCUUCUACACAACAGUGGCUCCAUAUUCAGUGACUAGUAGUUCAAUCUUAAACAACCACAACAUCAGAAAUAACAUUUGAAUUAACUCAAUGUUUUUGUACUACAAAAAAAAAAAAAAAUGUUACUGCCUGAACUUCCUUUUUUUUAAACACCAUUUGUUCAGUUUUACCACAAAGUCUCCCUGAUAUAAACAGAUUUUACUCUUACACCACUCUCACUCUGUGGUUUCCUUUGUCCAGCCUCAUGCUCACAGCUCGCUGGUCUACCUGGUCUCCCUUCUGGGCAGCAUGGAGCACAGCUUUCACCACACUCUCCUGCUGGAAAUCCGAGCUCUUACUGACCGCUACCCAUCUGUCCUGGGAGGCUGCGGCAAAGACCUUUACAGGAUGAGCAACUCCUUCACUGCUAUAGCAAGACUGCUGGGAAGGAGACUGGAGGAGAGCACGGACACACACUGCAGGUUUGAAGAGAUAAAUAUAACAUCUAAUAUUUCACUUUACACAAUUACACAAUUGGGGUAGCAGGAGGUAGAGCGGUGGUCCAACAGCUGGAAGGUUGACAGCUCGAUUCCUCCUUAUCCCUAAUCUGUCUGUUGUGUCCCUGGGCAAGACACUUAACCCACCUUGCUCCCAGUGUGCAUCCUCUAGUAGUGUAUGUUUGUGAGUCAGAGGUAGUUUUCCACCACCAGAGUGUGACUGUGUGAGCGAAUGGUGUAUCCAGUGUAAAGCGCUUUGAGGGUCUCUGAUAAAGCACUAUAUAAAAAUCUGAUGCAUUAUUUUUUAUUAACCCUUGAACACUAUCGCUAAAAUUAGUAACACCAUUACUAUCGCUGGGUGAUUUUAACACGAUUUGAUAUACCCAAGAAAAAGUACUUGUCAUCAAAAUAUAUUAAAAUAGGGCAAAAAAUGACAAAUUAAAGUAGUUUUCUUUUAUUUUUAACUGUGCAAUGUCCAGAGGGAGGCAAAAAAGGACCAUGUAAAAAUGCAACAAAAUAGGCAUUCAAAUUAAAUUAGGCAUUCAUGAACAAAAAAUUCCUAUAUAUACGUAUGUAUAUUUGUGAUAGUUAUUUAUAACCACUGCGCUAAAUAAAGAUAGCAUGCAAAUUCCAGGACCACUCUUACUGAACUUAUUCCCUGCAUGCAGCUAUAAAAUCCACCCAAACCUACUUACCCUCUAUCAAUAUUGCCGGGUGAAAAUCUCCUGAACACAUGCCUGUAGGAAAAAGCAGCUUUUGAAUCAGGGAAACAAAUAUGCCUUCAAAGAUGUCAAAGGCAAUGACCCAUGAUACCCAGAAAAACGUUGCAUAAUGAAAAUCACAUUUUCAUGUUUGUCAGGUGAAAAUCACCCAGCAAUAGUGUUCUAGGGUUAAUAUUACAAUCAAUAGGCCUAUUCUUUUUUCGAGCUUUUGUCAAAAGGGCCAGCAUAAGCAUGUUGUACAAUUAUGAGGCUUAUGAGAUGGAUGAAGGAGGCAGCAGGUUGGUGUAGCAGGUCCCACAGCAGCCUAAACCCAUAGUAAUAUAACUAGAGGCUAAUCCACAGCAAGCCUAGGCCAUCUCUUACAAUAAUCCUUCAUCAAAAUCCUGUUAGGCCUCUUCCAAUCAGAUAUGAUUAAACCACACACAGUUGUGAUAAAGUGAUUUCCUAAAUGUCACGCUCUGAAAACUGCAAAUGAAGUAUCAGUUUCAGUUUAAAUACAAAUUUCCAAACAUUGGCUCUAAGCCUUGGAAAUUGGCCGAUCUCUGUGUGCGUCACAAAGAGUAGUCAAGAGUUUUGAAACUGGUGCUUCUUGCACAAAACCAAAACCAUCGAGCUCACACAUUUAUUCAAUUUGAGGCACAAAAAACUAAAUAGAUUUGGUAACAUCCGCCACAAAAAUGUUUCUUCUUUGUAAUUGUCUAACAUUAAGGAUCCUCUGAUGACUUCUUUACUAGUUUAACAGUGAAUGAAAGUCACGAAAAGUGCAUUUUUAUGUAUGGGUUUGGUAGUUUUGUGUUAUUGUACUUAAGUUAACAUCUGGCUGUAGUGUGGGAAUGACUCGCAGUGCGCUCUCUGAAAUGAGAACAUUGUGUGCAGAAUCGGAGGUUUCCAAAUGCUUUGCUUGGGGUCUUCUGGAGGAAAGAUUGAGGGAAUGAUUGAUUGAGAGAGGCAGGGUGGUUUAUUAUCCAGAGAGCAAAAGGACGAGGAUAGAGGAAGAACUACAAAAGUCCCCUUUCAGUAAACAAAAGGACUGUUAGAUGAAGUUAUCAAGACUAGAGCACGAGAGGAAACAAUUAGUUUUAGUUAGACAACAAAAGAGAGGAGACAGGCACCAAAGUGACAGACAGAAAACAAAGAGAGACAAAGAGAGAGGAGAUGAAAUGUGGCCAACAAAACAGGGUUAGAAGAAGGCUGAGGAGACAGAGGAAUAUCUAGUUAUUGUGAGAAGUGAGAAUUACAGGACAGUGACCGAGAGAGUGAAGAUUGGUGGAUUUUUGUAAGGCCCAACUGGUCCUUUUGAGAUUUAUCAAUGAACUUCAUACUCGUCUACCAUCUGUGAUCCUCUGCCCUGUGUCUGUGGGUUUUACAGGGUAGCUGAGCAGUGCUCGCAGUCGCUCUGUACACCUCUGCUAGUGAGAGGAGGAGUGGGGAGGUCAGAGCAACGUCUACAGGUUAAGAUCCAGGCCUUGGAAGAGAAAAUGGGAGAGGAGAAUGGGGGAGAGGAGGAGGAGGAGGAGGAAGAGGGAGACUCUCUGCCACUCCAGCGUCGCUACAGCCUGAGCCAGGCUGUCAGGGAAGAGAGACGAGAGAUGAGAUUCAACAGGUGACUUGAAAUCAAACUGUACACGAGUACCUGAACUUUGACUGCAUGAGGAAAAACUCUUUUAUAAACUAUAGAAAGUGUUUUUACUGAACAUGACAUCAGAUUUUCUUGUUUUGUCCUUCAUUGUCUGCUUUGUUACAAUGUUAAUGUCAUUUAGCAGAUGCUUUAAUCCAAAGUGACAAAUUCAAAAGCAUGAACAAUACAAGUAAAGAUCUAGACAAAAGAAACUAGAUCAGUAAGACCCACAAAGUGCUUCAAGUCCAUUUGGAUGCAGGUACUGUCAUGCAGUGUGAAAGGCAAUGCACAAAGUGUAUAUAAGAUUUUUUUUGUUUAUUAAUUUUUUUAAUGAACAUGAACAAUGAAGCAACCAGUUAUCGAUAUAAGACCUUUGACUGACUUCACCGCAGUUGUGACCAAAGUACCAAAUGCUGGGUCACUCACAAAGAGUUGGGCACAAAAUCCCAGAGGAAGAGUUUUGUUCCACAUUAGUCUUAAAAUAAAGGUAUCAUAGGAGUUGCUUAUUAAUGGGAUGUACUUUCUGGGACAUCUAUACCGUACCCUAUAAAUCCUCAGGUAUUGUUUUCGUUUUCAUACUCAAAGUUUGAUUUUAAAUUCAUGUUGCUGGAUGGAGAACAGAGACAAAAAUAACAUGUCACUUCAUUGAUUCUGUUUGACUGGGCUGUUUAUUGAAGAGUGACAUUUUUAAAUCUAACGGCAUGUGUUUCUGCUGCAGAACAGUGUAAUAUAAUCUUUGCAAAUGUGGAAUAGCCAUAACUUACAUAACCAUUGUUAUAACGUUAACAUUAAACUUUAAGCUGCUUGGCUGUAGUUGCUAUAUUGGAUAUAAUCCGUUUCUCUAUAUCAUCAUUAUUGUCAUUGCUCAUAGAGAAAUAUUCCUUUUGACUUCAAGUAUUAAAUUUUGCACCGCUUAUACUGUUUUCAUGAUGUAAUCCUCCUCAGGUCAAAGAGUCUGGCCCUCCACACUGUGCGCUCACGCUCUAUCAACUCAGACACGGGGGAUGAUGGAGAAGGCUUGGAUCAUAACCCGGAGAGCAUCUUCUCCAACACGUUGCCAAAUUGUCUCUCUGAAAACCAGGAAGCUCCGUCCUCUGAGAGGAAACAUUUGGGCGACGCCUCCAUGUCUGUCACAGCUGCUCUGGACCAGGGGGUCAGAGAGACUGAGAGAAGUCAGAGCAACGACAAGGACAGAGAGAAGGAGGAGGAGGAGGAGGAAGCCGACAGACUCUUCAUCCAUUUAAGAGACAAUAUGGAGACGAUCAGGGAGUUCUCUAAAGACAUGGUGCAGCAGAUCCCCAUACCAGAGCACUGUAUAAUCGAAGGUAAUGUGAACAUGACUAACAACUUAACCCUCCUAUUAUCCUUAAAUAUUAUUGACACGUUUUCCCCUUGGGGUCAAUCUGACUCCAGGUAUAUUUGCCUCCAGAAAAUGAUUUACAUGCAAUUUUUGACCAAGAUUUUUUGUCAGGUGCUUUGUUUAUUUGUUGAGUACAUAAAUAACCCCUCAAUAAUGGAAACUAUCGGUGGGUUGACCUGUUCUCUAGCGCCACCAAUAGGCCAAACUUUUAAAGUAGAAUGAAUGUUGAAAAGUUUUCAUACAGAUCUUCUCAAAUUUACUGACAACCUUAAUGACCAUAAAAGGAUGGACCCUACUGGUUUUGGUGAUGAUAGGACCUUUCCUGUAGCGCCACCAUCAGGUCAAACUUUCAGUUUUACAGUUAGAGUAUCUUGAAAAUCUGUCAUCCAACAUUUUUCUAAUCUGGGGUUCACAUUUAUGACUCUCACAGAAUGAACCAUAUUGAUUAUUUUGCAUGAACUACCCAUGUUCUAGUGAGAAUACCCCAGCCUCCACAGCACAGGAAACACAGUAUCAGUCCUACUUCGACACGUGUGAGUACAGCAGGUCACUCAUACACAUACACACACACACACACACACCUUCAUACCCAUGGUGCAGGAAAGUUUCAUAUUGUUUCCCCUUCUCCCAUGUCAUGAUAGCACCAAAAAUGGAAAAUUAUGGUCCCUGUACUGACUUCAACAACAAGGUAUACGUACUGUGGACUGUGUGUCUUUCCGCCAUGUUGAACAUGUUCAUUAUUCGAGCUCUUCAUAUAACCAUCAAUUGAAAAUAUUGUAUUUGAGAUGAUCAUUUUAGAUGUAUUGGUAGUUGGAAAGACUUGGGUGUGAUCAACUUGCAAGCCUUCAGUGGCUUCCUCAUUUUUGCAGGCGCUUACAAGUCAAGUUCCCACAUGUGCAUACCACCACCUCUCUUUUUUCUAACUCAAAAGUAUCAACUCUGCACCUGUAGGUAUGGGGAUGUUAGGUCACACACGCAGACAGGCAAGUUUUACACAGUCAAAACAGCUUGGGGUCAAAUUGACCCCAGAGGAACACCGAUGUGUACAGCACAUUAAAAGAAUAUAUCAUCAUGAUAAUUUUAUGCUUAAUCAGUUUCCCCAUUAAAUUAGGAAAAGUCAUAAAAAAGCAAAAAAAGUAAAGUCAAGUAUAAUUUUUUAAAUAAUAAACAUUUAAUGGGGUCAAAUUGACCCCAAAGAUAGUAGGAGGAUUAAUCAGUGAAUGUUUACUGUCUGGUGUGGUUUAAUGUGUGGCAUCAGUACACCUCUCUUUUUUAUUUUCACCUUCUAUCUAAUGUACACACACAUGCACACAGAUGCUGCUUUGCACAACUGUCUGUGUGUUGAUAAGUGUUUCUUCGACCUCGAUCAGACAAGGAUAAAUGACUCUUGAAGAAAUAGUUUCGUUUCAUUACUUGAAGAGCCGAUAAAGGAUUUCAUUACCGUCUAGAGGACAUAUGGGUGUGAUUUUGUCCUUCUUCUCAGGGAUAAAUAAAAGCCCUCAAUAUUUGUCACUGACCUCCUUCAAUUUAUAUCCAAUCUGGCUUGAUUGUCCCAUAUAUCUUAUCUCUGACUUUUACUGCAACAAGACCCACUGUAUGACACCAGUUAUUUAGUUCUUUCUUCUCAUCUGGUAAAUAGUAUUACAUGAUUUUGAACAUAUCUUUUGAUCUUAAAAAACAGAGGUAAUGAUUGCUGCAAGAUUACAGUCUUUGUGGAGUUCUGAAUAAUCUCAUUCAUCACUUUUUAUUAUUUAAAUACAUUUUUCAUGACGUCUGAUGUUUGCAGAUGUAAACUAUUGCCAUCUCCAAGGGUUCAAGACAGAUGAGUUAUCAACUUGUUCCAGCCCGCUGGAAAAAGCUCAUUCCAGUUCUGUCUAACGUUAGCCAAUCAGCCUUAAAGGAUGUUCUUCAUAUUUUCAAUAGAUCUGCUUCUUUGGCUACUCAAGAUGUACAUUUAGUAUGAUCAAUAGCUGGAUUUGGGAACUUUAUGGGAUUCUGAGUAUAACCAGAUCUGUUAUCUUAUGCAGCUACUGCAGUGCAUGCUGUAAUCCAGGGUGAAAGUAUAUACUCUGUGGGGCUGAUGUCAUCGAGCUAAUUGUUUUAAUUAAUCAAGGUAUAGAGGUAGAGGAUUGUUUUAAGGUGGCCAGGGUCAUUUUAUCAAGUAACAUCAAUACAACAUGGUCAUGCUUAAGUGAAACCAGAUGAAUGUUAUGCAGACAUAUUUAAGUAAGCAUGACGUAAAAAUAUAUAAUAUACAUGAAUGUUGUAGAGUUGUGUGAGAGUGCACAUGUGCAUUUAUACCUAAUUUCUAUCAGUCUGUGUCAGAAACAAAUUUUAAGGUUGAGCAGUUCAUGUAAAAAACAAUGAAAUGAGAAACCUCUUACUUUUCUAAACAAGGCUAUUCUGUUUGCUUAAACUUUUAAAAUCAAUUUUAACUUUUCAAGUUUCAUAAAUGUUCUGGGAUUUGAUGUUUUAGUCUUAUUAAUCUCUUUUAAUUUGUUCUCAUUUUUCACUUAUCAAUUCGAUUCGCUCUACUCGAGUCAAGACUUUACGCUGCCUUUUAGCAGAUGCCGUCAUAACCUCCUCUGCAGAGAACCGGAUUCGAUCAGUUUUUAGCUGCCCUGUGAGGUCCAGAGAUGGAAAUAAGUAGUAAUGCCUCUGUGUGAUAUGAUCUACAAAAGCAUGGGGGGUAGUGUCAAAUGAGACAAUUUACAGCAUACUGAAGGAUCAGAAUUUUUUCCAAACUUUUUAUAACAUUAAGUUAUAAAAAGUCACUGUUCAAAGAAAGCACAAAGAGAUUCUAAGUCAGAAAGCACUUAAAAAUAAUAAAAACAAAAGUUCCUCUUAACCAAUAAUUAGGGCUGGGCGAUAUGCUAAAAAGUUUAUGACGAUAUAUGUCUUUCAUAUCAGUCGAUAUUGAUAUAUUUUAUAAUAUAAAAAUGAAAUUUAACAGUUCUUCGAUGUUUUGUCGUAAAGUGUGGCGCUAGAGAAAACGGACUGAAUGGUCACCUGUUUAGGCUGCACAGGCACCAUGGGCUCCUUGCUGCGCUCAGAGUUUAACCUUUUGCAUUGCGCAUGCUCUGCCACAUGGCACCGCUUCAGGUAGUGAAAAAGAUUUGAGGUAUUCCCCGACUUUACAAGAACAUGUACUUGACAUAAUUUGCAGCGCACAUUACUCUGCCUCAUGUCUGACCUCAAAAAAACCACAAUACCUCCACACCACUGACGUUUUUGUGCCAGUGUUGUCGACCAUGUUGUCAUCUGUUGAGCCUUCAUCUGACAGUGCUGUCAGCUUCACAUGUUAAAGUGCUAUGGUUGCGUGUAGCUGCAGCCUGCUACUACACAGUUGUUUGCUACUUGGUUCUAAUUCAGCACAUGAUUGGUUCAGCAUGAAGUGGACCCGGAGCAACUCCCCUUUUCAUUGGCUAUUCGUAUAGUCUACUAAGACAUGGCAGAAUGCAGACUAUCGAAAAACAUAUUGACCAUGUUUUAUAUUGAAAUUGAGGGAAAUUAAUCUUCGAUAUAUAUCGUCAUUCUUUUAUCACCCAGCCAUACUAACAAUGUAAAAUUUGCUGUAUACAUUCAGAGGCAUAAAGUUCCUGUCAACGAGAACACCAAGACCUGGUGCAGACGUUCACUCGCACAGAUCUAACCAACAAUUUCUCACUCAUCAUACCUUGUACAUCAGUAUGCAGUAAGACGGCCAUAAAUUUUCUUCAUGCCUGUCAUUGAGCUAUCUGUGACCAUGAACUGCACCUUUGGGGACACAGCUUCAUUAUUUGAACUUAUUAAACUACACACACACAGACACACAAAAUUAGCACCAAGCUAACACACAAGAGGUGAUGAUAUUUUGAUGGACAGGGGAGGAUGUUAUUGCUCCUCCUUUGGUCAUAAUGUCAUUUUAACCUAGAGCCAGCCAGGAGUCAUUGGGUACACACACAUACACACAUACACCCAGGCAUGCACACACUUACAACAGGAAACAAGACAAAAAAUAACAAACUCCUCCUUCGGCCUCUGGUAAGUUGAUUAAAUCUGAAAAAGAAUGUAAAUAUACACAUGUUAGACAUACACUCAUUCCUCGUGCCAUAAUUGGUGCUUUGCAUUUUCUCUCAUAGUAUUAAGUCUCUUAAUGAGAAUCAACCCCAGGGCCCUUAGGAUAUGAUGUCACAGGUUGUCUCAGCUGAAUGAUGUCUUAAUGGCUUGGCUGGCCUACACAUUUGCUGCUGACGCUCUAUCUCAGGGGAUGAUAAGGAUUACACAGUGCAGAGCAUAAGCAAAUGUACGGCUAUGGCUCAGUGGAAGAAGAGUGGGUUGUUGACCAACUCAUAGAUUCGAUCCCUGUCUGCCUGAGGUCUACAUGUGGAAUUGUCCAUCGGCAAGAAACUGGCAUUGUCCUGCGUCUAUAAACUAAUAACUGGCCUUGCAUGGCAGUAGUGUGUCAAUGUGUGAAAUGUGAGAUACUUUCACUUUGAUUUAAUAAUUUUCUGUGAUGAGGAGAACUUUAAAGUUGGAAAAAAAGGAGUCUGAUCUCUAUUUACAUUUUGGAUAUUCAUUUUCUGAAACUGAUCUGAACUGGAUUUGGUGUCUCACAGUUUCUUGGCAUAAAACAGUAGAAGGUAAUCAGAACAUAACUAUUUCACUUUAUAUGCAUUAAAAUGACGACUCACAUGUGGUUUUGAUGAUACGAAACAGAAGCUGCUGGUUUCCUCUCAGUGACUGUGGCUCGGGGUGGGGGGUUGUUGUGGGAGGUGUUGGUGGGAGAAGCCAUGCUCUUCUGAUCAGAGACCCUAUGCCCUUGCGUGCUGUGAAUCAUUCUGUAAAUAUGUUCCCAAGGUUGCACAAGUCCAUCUGUGCCAGAACAAAGAUAAAAUCAUACAGAGGAAAUGUUUGAACCGACUCCGAUUAUGAGUAUUUAUUUUAUUAUGUGCACAUUUUUAGCAUCUGCUAGGUCAGUGGUUCUCAAGUCCAGUCUUGGAGGCCCACUGUCCUGCAUGUUUUGGAUGUUUCCCUGCUCCAACACACCUGAUUCAAAUGAUCAGCUCGUUAUCAAGCUCUGUACUGGCUUAAUAACGAGCUGAUCAUUUGAAUCAGGUGUGUUGGAGCAGGAAACAUUCAAAACAUGCAGGACAGUGGGCCUCGAAGACUGGACUUGAGAACCACUGUUCUAGACCAUUGGUUCCCAAUCUUAGGACUAGAGUAAAUUCUAUCUUCACCUGUAGAUAAAACUGCUGAAAAGAUUCUUUUGAUGAAAACAUUAAAAUUCAUUAUUAUUUUAGACAGUAUCAGCAUCCAUUUUGUGAGGGUUGUGAAGUAUUGUUGGCUCCAAGGGGGAAAAGACUGUGUUAGAUAUUAAUGGUGAAGUCAUUCUUAUAUGUUUAUGUAUCCAUGUUUGUGUGACAGACUCAAAUCGGGGAUGUGUGGCAAAGCUGUCAUUUUCCUGUCCUCUAAAGGGCCACUACUGCCUGUACACCAAAUCCUGUUUCAACCUGACCAGCCGACAGCCUCAUCUUUGGAUACAAAUCAUGCUGCUGCAUCUACAGGUGAUGUCCCAUCAUGUUGAACAUUCAUCUCAGUUUUUAAGAUUUUACAACAACAAGGGCAAUAGUUUAUAGCCGUGUGCACUCAAUCACAGCCAUAGACUGUAUGUACAAUGGACGCCGUCUGCCUCCUCGCUGGGUGAAGCCACUUCGAGAACAGCACCCUCUGGUGACGGGCUGCAGUAUAGGUUAUAAAUCCCGCCUCCUCCAGCAAUACUUAUGGAGCUGUAGACAAACUUUAGAAAUUUAUCACACAGAGUAUAAAUUUUUCUCCCCCCUGCUUGCGAUGUUGACAUGUAGUUACUGUAAGACUGGUUUGUGCUCAAGUCCUCUUUUUUUCUGUGCAGCUCCAUUUUUAAAAGUUAUUAGGGGGUUCGUGUUUUCUAUGAUACAUUCUAUGGGCAUAAAAAUUGCGUAGCUCUCCCGGGGGAUACGCUGUUUAAGCCGAGUGUCAUCACAGCAGCUAUCGCCGCUUCUCCUGCCGAAUGCGUACAAUGCUACCGCACAAGUGGUGGAGUGCGUACAACGCUACUACGCAAACUGAGGCUAACUUUGAAAUUUGACUUUUUGUUUAUUUAUUUCUUUAUUGCCUCAGACAAAGCUUUAUCUAUAACUUAACAGCUGGAACAAAUUGCAUGCCUUUUUCAAAAACGUGUCUUUUUUUAUUUGGAAUUACAACCAAUAAAGUAAGCUAAUCCCCUUGUCAUAUUUGGAGAUAUAUGAGGUAUAUCCUGGAAAUGUAAAGUUUUAAGUGACCCUUUUGUCUAUCUUUACUGCCAUAAAACAUGACCUCCUAAAACUAUCUUUGCCUUUUUAUUUCUAUGUUUCACACUGUUUUAUUUCCCCUCUCUUUUGACCAGAGUAAGUCCAGUGUCCCUCUUUGCUCCAGAGACGAUUGUGUCCAGAGACUUGUUUCUCUUUGGGAGAAGACGCAGCUGAAAGGAGCUCACAGCUUCCCAAUGGCCAUGACUCAGCAAACAACCCCACACAGAAAGGUAUCACAAUGUGCACGUGUGUGUGUGUGUCCUCACGUGUGUUAUGUCAGUAUGUGUGUAUGUGUUUCCUGCUGAAAGCUAUCUGUAUGCAGCAAAGAGGAUGAUGUCAUGGGUAGAAGGAAACACUCAGGAUAGGAAAGUGUCAGAGUUCAACAUAAACUUUGUUUAAAUUAGGUACUCACUAAAUGGACACUUCUGUAAACAGUCCUUCUGCCCACCCUGACUCCUCAUCUUUACUGUGUCUGUUUAUGUGUGUUUGUGUGAUGGAUAGUGUGACUGUCUCUGUGUUUUGGAUGUGGUUGAUGUUCCCCAUGUAUGCAACUCCCAUAUACUGUGACAAGCUAAGUGGUUGCUAGGAAACAAUUAGAUCCAUAAAGAAAAGACGAAUGAUAUUUUUCUUUUUCUGAACAUGUGUUAUCAUGUUAUUGGGAUGACCCAGCAAUGGUUUCCUUAUGGAGCCUGGACAAAUCCAAGGACUCGUGGACACAGAAACACAUGGGCACCACACAGUUAGUCAGGGGAGAAAUACCCAUGCUGUGUGACUUAGCCUUCAUGAAGAGAUUGUAAACCUCUGCUUUUACUGUCUGCGCUACAUCAGUCGACAGUAAAAUCUUUGAUUUACUUUUUCAAUCACCAGUAGAAAAGUUUCCUGUAUUUCACUGCAGUGCCACUACUGUAAAGAAGAAGUUCAACAUUUCAGAAUCAGCCAGCAGCAAUGUAGCGGAGAGGUGUAAUGCAUUUCAAUAUUCAAGCUUUCAAUAUGUACUCCCAAAAAGUCAUGUUUUUUUUUUAAAUUAGUAAAACCAUAGUAUGUUUUAUAUGUGUACCAACAUUACUGUUAAUCUCUGUUCUUCAUACAUACUUUUCUGUUUAGUCAUUGUGAUUAUUGUGAUGAAAGCGUAUAAUGCAUGCAAAGGAUAUGCAUUCUUGCCUACAUGAACAUAUGGUGCACCCCAGAGUUUGGGGAUCUGACAUGUUGUCGUCCUUGCUUAGCUUAAAUUUGGACAAUGGUAAAAAAAAAAUAAAAAAAAAACCUUGGCUGUGUUGAAAAUUAACACAAUCCAACUUCAAAAGCUCAGAGCAAAAGAGGUGGGUGCACACCAAAAACCAAAAAUCUGAGCUUUUAACAGGAAGGAAAAGGAGAGUAAAAAAGGUCACAACCUUUCUCCAUCCAUGUGCUCUCCAUUUCCUUUUCGCUUUGCUUCUCCCCUUAUUAGACCUGCAGCUUCACUCUUGUCUCUGCCAGCCAAUCAGAAACACAUGUAGCUGAAAGCAAGGAGACAAGAGAUGCCAACUGGAGGAAAGCGUAGGCAUGUGAUAAAGAUUAUUGAUCAUUUACCGACAGGGACAUUUAGAGGAAAUCUGUUUGCUUUUAUGAGGUUUAAGAGUUGUAAUGAGGAUUUAUGGUUGGCUCCUGACAGUUUAUCUUAGUUUAAUAGCCAAGAAAUAAUGCAAAGCUGGUGUAAGAGAGAAGAAGAGGAACAGGUAAGGAAGAGGGAGGAUAAAAAACUGCAGUAACACUUAACAGGAAAAGAGUUGAAAGAGAUACAGGGAGAAAUUAUAGGUCAAUGAGUUUAAAGCAUGACAAAAGUAACAAAAAAGAGGAGAAAAUAUCUUAUACUGUAAAAAUAAAAAAGCUGGAAAACUCAAAAUCUCAAGAUAACUUCCUUCACUAGAUUUUGGGGUUUUGAUACCAACUCAAUUUUUUAAGUUUUGAAGAAAAGUUGAGCCAAAAAAAACCCUUAAUUGAAGUAACUUACAAGUCCUGAUUGAUAAAACUUGGAAUUUGAAGUCUUAUCCCAACUUCGGGUGACCAUAUGUCUUCUUUUACCCAGACAUGUCUUCUUUCUUGGGGGCUGUCCGGCCUUGUUCGGCUUUGUCCGGGGAAGUUUAUAAAAUCUUUCAAAUGUCCGUGGUUUUGUACGGAAGUUUCGAGUUUGUGUUAUGUGGACUUACUGAGUUAGAAGCACGUAAAAGACACUCGAUCUGACCUGAAAAACUCUCCAAAUUAACUUUGUGUGACUCUGUGACUCCGCCCCCACUUAGUCGUAUCCUCUUUUGGGGGAUUCAGAAUAUGGUCACCCUAUCCCAACCUAUAAUUGUUUUGUUAGAUAAUUUAUCUUCCAUAACUUUAAAAGCUUAGGUUUUUUAGUUCCACUCAUGCAUGACCAAUAAAGAGGAGCAGGAGAGAGCUGAAAGAAAGGAUAAUGAGUUUUAAUUUAAGUGCAUUUGUCAAAAAGAGAGUGAGGAAAAUAAAAGGAGCUACAGACUGGAUUGGGAGAUUUGUUGUAGACGUGGAGACGGUAAUGUUUUCAGAUAAAAAAGGGAAGAAGACAAGAGGAUAGACUUGGAAGAACCCGAGGCCCUAGUGGGGAGAUACUCAACAAAUGUUGUUUCAUCUAUUGUCCUUUUUCAACAUAGUGAGAUCAUUUGUUGAUACAACUCUGGUGGGGUUACGUUUGUUGGAGGAAGAGUAUGAAGUAGAGAGGCUGAAUAUCAAGAGAUACAUUAACACUGCAGACAAGAGUAGCCAAAGAAGGAAAUAACAGAAACUGGACAGGAUGGGAAGAUGAAAGCAAUCAAAGGAAGAGAUGUUGUAUUGAGGAGACACUUAGGCACCCAUCUGACCUCCCCUCCUCUGUCAAAUAUUCCCACUUGGUGUCCAUUUACCUCUACUCCUCUGACUGUCUCCAACAAACCACUGUCUCCCAAUUUCUCUCUUUUAAUUUCUGGCAAAAUCUACUCAGGGAACUUCCAAAGAGGUUUAAUCUGUUAUUGUCUCCACUCCUCAUCCCGUUUGAUCAGCUGUUCCUUUUCACUCCCAAGAGUUUUUACAAGAUGGAGGCAUUGUUUUUAAGAUGUCCGUGUGUGUGAAUGUAAAUUUUUACUUUUUUUUUUUUUUUAAGUAAAAGGCUGUAACAGAAUGAACCAUCAUGUUGAUUUCAGUGGUUGGUAUUCAGAUAAUUAAAGGUUAUGCCAAUAUUUUGAAAAAGGUAGAGGAUAGUCUAGCUGUAGCUGAUUAAAAAAUUCCCAAUUAAUUAGGCUUUAGCUUAAACUUACCAUGCAGUAUAAUGUCCAUGCAGGCUGAAUCUGAUGUGGCGUAGUCGCGAAAGUCUCCUCUUUCUAAGAUCACAGUUUUAUUCAUAUACAGUUAUUGAUUCAUGUCCAACCAGAGUAAGCAUUUAAACACAGGUUUAACUAAAUUUAGAGGUUUUUUUAAGUAUUUUUUUUAACAAGACAAGAAUUUAUAGCAUUUUAAUGUGUGAUUAUUAUUAUUAUUUUUUAUUGAUAGGACAGGGUGAAAUGUGGGGAGAUAAAGAGAGGUGGGGGAGGACAUGCAGCACAUGGUCGGGGCCGGGUUCAAGCCCACAGCCACUGCGGAGACCAUGGUCCCCCUACAUGGGGCGCGCUAACCCGCUCAGCCAUUUGUGUGCCCCCAGUUUGUGAUUAUUUCAAGGAGUGAGACUCUGUCUUUGCAUUUAUCAUUUUUGCAGAGCAAAGUUACCGAGCGUUAUUGUAUUUUAUAAUUGAAUAAUAUUCAGUUUAAUAGGUUUGAACGUCCCCAUAUUGUGUAAUAAUCUGAAUUUUAAUUUAUAAACUUAACAAAACCAAAUCAUCAAACUCUCUCCUCCUGUACCUUGUGAAAAUUGUAUUUAAACUGUUUUAUAUUUACACACCCCCUGAGUUCCUCAUCGAAGUGUUGCGAGCUUGACUGCACAAACACAAACCAAGAGAUUUCACCCUGACAAUUUUAAAAUUAAAUUAUCCUUCCGGUUAAAACCAGACACUGUAUGGGUGAACAUUUUUGUAUAAUUUAUAUAUAUUUGGGAAUAGCCACUGUUUAUUUUUUUUGCUUUAAACAUGAUUAAUACUGUUCUAAUGUUUAUCAAAUCUGCAUAUUUUUAAUGUAUUUUCUCAUUUGCCUGUAAUCAGCCGUCAUGUGUAGUUACUUUUUCACAAAUUGAUCAAAUUACACCAAAGACCUACAGACAGAAAGGAUAUGGAAGGUUUGGAUACAGCAGGCAAAAAAAAGGGUCAUAAUGAAAUGGUAAAGGAGGUUAAACAAGGACAGCUGGAUCACAGUUUACAUAGCUCAGUUAUUGUCUUCAUCCUGAAGCCACCUCUUGUCCUGAUAGAUCAAAUAUGGGGGUCAUGUUUUUCCACAUCAGUUUGUCGUCCGGCUGCCAAAUUGUCAUUGUCGAGUCCAGCAACAUUAUCCAAAAACUUACUGAAACCAUACAGGAAUCUUGGCUUGACAGCUGUGUUUUGGGGAGCCUGUCACAAAAUCCCUCUAGUUUGAGGUUUUCUGGGAAAGGACUGGACAGUGGUGGCUUACAUAAUGUUGAUGAUUCAUUUUUCACUGUGUUAUCCUGAAAAAACAUCUUUGUUUCCUUAUUUGUUGUCACUCCUGCAUUGUUGCCCAGAUUGUGACUCACAUUCAGACUCGCAGUCUUCACCCUGUUCGUCACAAGAAAGGUUUUGGGUAUGCCCUUAGAAAGUGACUAAGUAAGUAAGUAAGUGGGUCAGUAAAUCAGUCUGUUAGUAUAGCUGUCCUUUACAUUUUUUUAGGAAUUGAUUGGAUUUUUUAUUACAUGUCAUCUCUAGGAGGCAAAGUUUGCAAAAACAAAGUUAAAAAUGUUGGCAGUUGUUCCAGCCACAUUUUGACUCCAAAAACUUUGAUCAAUUUUGCAUUAUUUUCGUUAGUGAUUACCCUGGAUUGAACUUUCUGUUAUAUGUGAUUAUUCAGUGUUGAAAUGAUCCACAUCCUUUGUUUCUUGCAGCUAUGAUCAGUUUUAAAGUUUGUAAGAGGUCAGUGAAUGUAGUAAAAUACAACUUACAACAGCCAGAAAUAUUUUGCAAGAGUUGGGAAAGACCGAGCUGAGAGCGAAUAGAUUAGUAUUCCAUAUACACCAGUGGUGUAGGCAGAAAUUGUAGAGAUGGUGGGCACAGAAAAUUUCAAAACAAAACAAAAAUGGGGACAAAACUCUCAAUGUAAGAUUGAAUUUAUAAACUUGUAAAAACAUAAAUUUCUGGUGUCUGUUAUGUUACUGACUUUUCUCUCUGGCCUACCCUGCAUAGCUGAAUUUGCAGAGCACAGUAUUAUGUGUUUUGAGUAUUAAUCAAACUUUAAAUCAUGAAUGUGUCACCAUUCAUUUAAUUUCUUUUCUUUUUCCUUUUGUCAGCUAUUAUGGGGCGUUCACACAAAGCACAUGUAAAAUAAUCAACUUGUUUAAUUCAAAUGAAGAGUAUUUACUCACUUCAUUUCCACGUCAACGGUAAUUAACGGUGAUCCCUGCCAAUUCAACCAGUACGAUCAAGUGGUAGACAAAGGUUUUUUACAAUUUACCGGGUAAUCCGUUCUCCUCACUCACGUGGCUCCAGGCAAGAUCCUUUUUAUUCCACUUUUGGUAUUUGAAAGAAAAGAUUUCACAUAAUUCGGGGCACCCACAACACGAUCAGUUUGUUCUCUAAUUUAAACACCAGUGAACAACCGUCCAUUUUUAUACGUCACCUAGCAACCUUUGUGCUGGUUAGUAAUCGUGACGUGAAUAUCCGCCAAAGUUGAGACAUUUUUUGCUCACGCCCAAUCUGUGUCAUUCACACCGCCAAAGUCGUAGGAGCGUCUAAUCGCGUCUUUGCAUUUAUUUAACAUGUAAUCCAUUCGCGCGAAUGAUUUUACUUGCGCUUGAUGUGUGGAAACAGAGUUUUUCAAAGUUCGAAAGCUGAGCUUGGUUGACGAUCAAUAUGACAAUACUAUGAGAUGGUUAGAUUAAUACUAGCACAAUAUCUACCUUCAGUCUGAGACAACGGCCCGUACAAGCAGUAUAAUAGCAAAAAUAGAUUUCCAGUGCUUGUAAUCAGAAUUUCUCAACAUUGCAGUCUGUGUUUCAAAGACAGAUCACCCCCUGAAUUGUAUCAGAAUGUUAAUGUUCAUGCAAACCCACAGAUGGUCUCUCUCAGCCACACAUGGUCCUAGUUUACCCGUAUCCGCAGUCAAAACCCUUUGACCUCAAUUAUUUAAGUUGUAACAACACAAGCAGAACUCUGAUGUACGGAUCAGUCUAAAUGCCACUACUUGGAUCACACAUGUGCAUCAGUGUGUGUUGGCUAAAAUGUCAAUUGUAGUCAAGGUUUUAGGGGUCCCAGUUUGAACUCACAGAUAACAAACAGCUCAAUGACUCAUCUUCUCAGGUAUGAACUAAAAGGAAACAGGUCUAAAUGUCAAACACACUAAGAGCUCAGCCAUGGCAGCUACCUGUUUUCCUUUCACUUGAUCACUUCAUCCACUCCCCCUUGGGUGUUUCAUGUGAGUGUACAUUUGUGAGUUAAAUGUCCCUCCCUUAAGUGGAUCAUCAGAAAAUGUGAAAGGAGUGCAGCGGGGUCAGAUGUCAGAGACAUGAUGAAGAGCAGUAUUCUGCUCAGUUGGUGGUCAGGAUAUUCAAACUGAGAAUUCAUUAUAGAGAGAUUUGGUUAAACUGUGCAAAUAUGGUAUGAAAACACACACACACAGGACACACACAGAAACACCCACACUCAGGAGAAAACUCUUUCUUUAUGAUGAAGACUGAUGGCAGUAAUCAAUCAUCUCCUUAACUGUGCCUGCAAUUUCCUCUAUACCAGAUAAAUAUAUGUAAUCUCGAGCUCUGAAGACCUUUUUAAAGCUGAAGCCCUCAUUAUUUGUGUGUUAGGUUUCAUGAUUGUCUAUAUAGUUAUAUGUGUGAUUGAUUGUACUGCAGCGUUAACAAGGAUUUUUGCAGAGGGCUCUUUGAACUGUCCAUUAUUGUUCACUUUUACUUCUGUUUGCCUCUUAAUAUUUCAUGUUUUGCGCUGUAAAAAUUUUCAAAAAAAGGAACAACAAGAUUGAAGUCUGAGCUGUACGACAGAGUAUUAGGGCCAUAUUACGAUAAAAAAAAUUAGACUUCGAGAUUAAAGUCGUUAAUUUACAAGAAUAAAGUCAUUACUUACGAGAAUAAAGUCGUAAUAAAACCAUUAUGAUAUUCAUGAUAAUGUGGUGCUGAUGUGCUAAAAGUAUCUCCUUGUUUGAGAAACCGAUAUUGAAGUACAUUUUCACGAAAUGCUCCAUGGCUCUCAUUUCAACCACUGUCAUCUUAAACAAACAGGUUACAAUAUAAGGACUUUAUUCUGACUUUAUUCUCAUAAGUAAUUACUUUAUUACGACUUUAUUGUCGUAAAUAAUUAUAGUGCUACGACUUUAUUCUCAUCAGUAAUGACUUAAUUCUUGUUAGUGACUUUAUUCUCAAGUUUUUUUUUCUUAAUAUGGCCCUAAUACUUCGUCAUAGAGCAGAUACAUUUCCAUAUUAGCAGUUUAGACUCAAGAAAAUUCCUUUCUCAACUAUCUCUGUCCAAGUAAAUAUUCCGAUGAGACAUGAUGGUGCGAUAGUGAACCAGUAUGCAGUUAAAAAAACACAAACAGAGGUAGCCACUUGGAAAGUCGCCACUGAAAAUACUACCUAAACCUGUGCUUUUCUCCAAUGAGAGGAAUCAAAAUGCUGUCUGCUGAAAAGCCGUACUGAUUAUGAAAAGUGAACACAUCUGAAACUACAGUUUUAGCCAGCACAUGCAUGUGUUGGUAAAACUAUCUACUUAUUCACAAGUCCAAAUGAAACUAGACUGUUAAAAUGCACGUUAACACAUUUCACUGAAUCCAAUUUCUUGCAGUUGGACCUUCACACCUAAGGCAGUUUCAUUUUAAAUUGAUUUUGUCCUGCAUGUAAACACUUCAGCCUGACUCAAAGUGGCUCCAAAAUUCUGCUCAUGCUUCAUAGUUCAGGCUUUUAUGCAGUGAAAGUGCAGAAAUGCACUGUUGAAAGCCAGGUAGUAAACAAAACCUCAAAAGGCCAUAAAAGAAGACGAAGCUGUUAUACUGUAUGAAAGGUGCUGAGUUGUUAAGUUGUAUGUGUUUUUAUCAUUUGAUAUACAACCUGCAAGUCAUUUGCUGACAUGUUUGUUGAUUGUUUUGGUAAUUGACGUAAUUCUUCAACUUCAACUUUCAACUUUAUCUUUAUUGUCCCAUUAGGGAAAUUUUGGAAGCUGGUUUCAAAAACAACAUUGAUGCAUCUCCAUAAUACAUCAGGGGGCAACUGAGAUCAAGAACCGUCAUUAAAUACAAUCAGACAUCAGUUAUGAAACUCAAAUGCUUUCUCCUGGAUCAUUUUAAAGAUUUAGUUAAACGAUAAUCUCUGCUCUGAACGGUCUUUUAGCCUCUCUGUUCUCUCCAACACUCCUUUUUAUUAAAAGAUUAUCUUUCUUUGUUUUCAGUCCUUCAAAGACUCUCCACAGAACUUUAUGUAGCUAAACACAGCAGAGGUCAGGUCAUCAAGGUCUGCUGUGCACAAAGAUGGACUGUGAGGUCUAUCUGGCUGAGUGAACACAGACAAACCAGUACACUCAAAGCUACCUUGCUGGCACUGGAUAGCGUUCUCUGACCACACUUACCUAGCUUUAGCAUGGACGACCUUUCUUUUUGAAACAGUCUUGUGGACAGUUUCCAGGAGGAUGGUGUUAUGGUCUGAGGGUCCUGUAGUUGAUCAGUUUGAUCCUUUAAUGGAUCCAUAGCAGAGGUCAAGGAUCUUAGUAAAACAAGUGGGGAAGCAAAGUGAAAGAUCAGUUUGCAAUGAUUAAAAUCACCAAGAAUAAAAACGGGUAAACUCUCCAAAAAGGGGGCCACUGACACUUAAAGCGAUUCUUCCAGUUAACCAAGAAAGACUGCACAACAGUUACCAGCUGAAAGGAGGAAUAUCACCAACUAUCAACACGGAGGAAGACAUGAUUUGUCAUUAAACUGAUUCCUGCUUGGUUCUCAUACACUGGGACGUGGACAGUAGUAAGUUAAUACAUGUACUGUUUUCCUGUAGGACAUAGACAGUCUCCAGAUUCAGCUGGAAGAGGUUCGUUUCUUUGACCUGUUUGGCUACAGUGAGGAGGAAGGAGGUUGGCUGUGCUUCAUGUGUAACAACCCUGAGAAGGCCACAGGUACACACACACACACACACACACACACACAUACACCCACACUUAUCCCUCUCUUUCUAAUUUUGAUAAAGUUAAAGUGCACAUAAUAGUGAUUACAACAUAGUUGAGUUUGUAUGCAUGGAAAAGUUUGUGAAAUCCAUUCAACACGUUGUUAUUCUUGACAACAAUCAAACAUGAUCCAAUCCCAAAGGCUAUCCUUGUUCUGUUAGCGUGUGUAAAAAAAUCACAACUGAACAUUCUCUGCUGAAUCAACCUCAGAGGGGAUCCUCAGAAAGGCGACAUGAAGCUAAAAUUAACUUAACUGCCUCAUGAAAAAAGGUGAAACAUGGAGGAAAACAAAAUAUGAACCACAUCGACAAGAAUCAUAAGAAACACUUUCCCCUUAAGACUCUCUAAACAGAGUCUUUAAAAAAUAAGAGCGGCUUUUUAAAGAUGUUUUUCUCGUUCUCCAUUGUUUCAACAGCUUGUCUUUAGCACAGUUGUGGUUCCCUGGGGUCUGAUGGUACAACCAACGCAAAGCUCCAUGGCAUGUUUUCACUCAAAAUGCCUUGAAGGGGAAUAAUCUUUCCCAGAACAGCGAAGUAGAACGGAGCGAAGAGUAGCUCUGAUUUAAAAGCUGCCAGGCUGACUUUAGUGUGGUUAUGAAGGGUCACUGAAACCAGUCAGUCACUGCCAUUAUGACUCAGGUCUGAUUAGUUUAUGUUGGAGCAGCCACCCCUGUCAAUGAGCACUUUGUCUUGGUGAAGUCAGACCUGGAGUUUUGACCAAAUCCUUUAGAUUACAUUUAGAUCACUGUGUGGUUGCACACGUGUGUGUCCGUCAUGUUUCUCUUCAUCUCCUCUACACACAGGGGACAUAAAACUCCAUGAAACAUGACUUAGAUGUACAAAGUACUUAACAAAGCAUGAAAGUUAUAUUUAUACACCUGUCCUGCACAAAGAAUCCUCACUGUUCUGACUGGUAUAUAUUGUGAAUCUCAAAUUCUCUUUGUGUUUCUAAAAAAUAAAGAAAACAGGAAGACAGUGUGAGUAAGUGAGUGAUGAUGGUAAAAAUUUUAAAGGUCUAUAAAUCAAUGACAGACAGUUUAGCCUCAGGAGAGCACGCAGGAGAGCAAAUGUGACAGAGGUGGUGGAAACAACACUCUAAAUCAGCGUUUAUCUUUCUGUCACUCUCACAUGGAAGCGGUUAUCAGUUAUAUAAGCGGAGGGCAGAUGCGUCUUAAAGAAGAAAUACGGAGGGCGUAAAGGUAAAAACGUGAGGGACAGUGUACUUUGAAACACGAGGAGUGUUGUGUCACUAAUAAGCAGCUGUAAACCUUUGUUGCGUACUGAGCGGCGUUUUUAGGCUCUGCUGUUUGAUGGCGGGUAAUAAGGAGACAGCAGGUAUUUCCCAAAAUAUAUAAGGCCAGUGGCAGGAAGUUGUUUGCUGGGUGAAGGAAACAGGCAGAGGCGAGGCAGUUAAAGUUUAGUGCAGGGCAUACGCAAGUGUGUUUAUUUAUGUUUAUGUGUUCUAGAGGGAGAAAAGUUCAGAGCAGGAACAGUUACCUCAUGAUUAUCCUUCAGGUUGUGCCAAGUACAAAUAAAAAAAAAGACUUUAGGACAAAAAAUUAGGUUGUUUGUGAUCCCUAAAAGUCAACAAUUAAAGCAUGUUAUCUUUCUGUUGUGUUGGGAUAGCAACUUCCAGAUGAAACGGCAUGUAAAUCUGUAAUGUAAUGAUCGAGCGUACUGAUUUAUAAUUCAAAUAAACCCAGAGUAAGUAGAAUGAGAGUUUCAAAAUGCAGUAUGUGGAGUUUGUGGUGUCUAACAAACAGAUUGAAAACAUUUUCCUCCUGCAAAAAAAUUUUUUAAAACCCUUCAUCUGUUUCUUUUUAUCGGCAUUUUUAUACAUUCUUCUUUUUCUUCCUUGUGCAGAAGUAGCGUCAUGAUCAAAUAAACUGUAUUUAAGUAAAAACCAACUCUGGCAUUCAAAAAAGCUCUACUAUAAUUAAGAUUCAUUAGAAUAAGACUUUGCCGAACUUUACCACCUUUCCCCAUUGUAUUUGAUCCUAUCGUGCAGAUUUUUGAUAAGCUUGCAUAUGUUAAACACAGGCUUAAAGGGAUAUUCUGAUUUGGAGUCAAACACACCGUAACACCGAGUUAGACACCCCCUCGAGAGAUGAAUGUUGACGACCGCUUGCUUCUCUAGUUAUACCAACUUUAGUAACAACCGUACCAUAGCAAGACACAGCGGUCUAUGUCUCCACGCGCAAACCUCAACCAAAACACCACUCUAUAGCCAUAAAUAAUGCUCAGAACAGCAUCUAACUUCAUCAACAGUACAUAUAGGGUCCCAGCCAUUACUUCGUGGAAAUGCAGUCAGACCGAGACGCUAAGGCAGAAGAACUACUGAUUCUGCAGUGCAAAAUGAUUAAUAUGGUGAUUAUUACUUCAAGGAAAUGAUAAAGUAAUGAUCAGAAAUGUUCUUCCUUGAGCUGCGUCACCCCACAGCAGUUUGUAAUGCACUGGCCCGAGGUCUCGCUACAAACAAGCAGCUGCUGGAAGAGAGUGGGUGAGUUGUGUUUAGUCUCUUUGCUAAAGAAAUUAGGCAAAGCUAAAAAGAUGUUUGAUGGCUAGUGCUGUGGCUGGGACCCUAAAUGUACUGUUGAUGAAGUUAGGUGCUGUUCUGAGCAUUAUUUGUGGCUAUAGAGUGGCGUUUUGGUUGAGGUUUGUUUAUGGCUCCUCAGACUGCUGCGUAUUGCUAUCGUGCGGUCGUUUCUAAAGUUGGUAUAACUUGAGAAUCAAGUGGUCUGCAACAUUUAUCUCUCGAGGGGGUGUCUAACUCUGUGUUAUGGUGUGUUUGACCCUAAAAUAAUUUUACGCCGGAAUAUCCCUUUAAAUCAGUGUCCAGAAAAAAAAAGAACAUUAAGAGAAAACUAAUUCAUUUAACCAGUUAUUUGAAUUGACAUGAUACUGAAUGCCUUUAUCUUACACUGCACUUUCACUUUGAGAUCUCUGUGAUAUUUUUUAUGAUCCUCAUCCAUUCAAGUAAAAUCAAUAUUCAUUUUGCUCAUCCGCAUUGAUGCUGUCAUUAAGUUGAGUUCACAGCCCUUUUUUCCCAAUUCUUCCAUGUCACUGUCUUGUCAUCACCCAUUUCAUCAAAUAAACAAACAACAUGCACAGAAGUAAACACACACACUCACACACAAAUACAAGUCCGCUGUCUGAUCCAAACAGUACAAAAACCAAAUGAAGCCAUUCUUCCAGAUCUGCUGCUCUGAACAAACCAGUCAUCGCCGGCUGAAUGAGUGCUGGGAACGGAUGAAUACAAAUUUUAGAUUCAUGACAGCACAGGAGACUUCAAACAAGAUGAGCAGAACUGCUCUGUCGUGUUUGUGUCUGUAGAUACACGUGUUUUCUAAAACACGGAUCUGAUGAAGGCCUUGGGUGGCCUUAUUGCUCUGCAUCUCUUUCAAAUCAGCUUUUCUGUCUUUUACUUGUACUCUAUACUGUUAGUUAGACUGGCUGUCUUUGUGUUGUGGUUGUCAAUGAUAAAUCACAGCUGGAGAGUGAAGCAGCCACAUCUCUUUCCCACAGCCCACUCUUGUACGCAUCUUAUAUUGGCACUAUUUUCAAAUAACAAAAAGGCCUUGUCAAUCUCAGGCCAGCUCAGGUGUUCAGACUAUCUACUCAUAGAAAGCACCUCAACAUUGUGAUUGAACAAGUAUUACCUCAGACAUCAGGCUAAAAUACACAGAUUCCCUUUGUCCAGAGUCAUACAUAAAGUCACACAACAGAUAUAAUAUCACCACUUAUAGCCAAACCCAGUUCAGAAUGAAUUAGAGCUGCAGUCUGUAAUAAGAGCUCUUGAUGCAGAAGUAAGUGCUUUAUUCUGGGGGUGGCUGGUAAAGAUGGUUGUCUUUCAUUCAGGGAACUGGGGAUUUGAAUUUGGGUUCUGCUGUCCUUGGACGAGACAUUCAACCCCCAAACUGCCCUGGUGGAGCGCCAACAGUGUGUAAAUGGGAUUAGCAAAUACCAGUGGGCUGCUUUACACAUUAAUAGUGACAUAUAAUGUAUCAGUUCUUUGAGUAGUCAGAAUCACACAGAGUCACUUAGCGUUCUUUACUUUACAGUCAGAGUUUUAAAUUGUUUUCCUGGUAUUAGCGUGUGUGUGUGUGCAACUUCGUGUUUGCGUAUAGCGUGAGUGUACACUAUUUCAAAAGUCUCCCAACAUGGCUAUAUAUCUCCUCUGCUUUAUAUUCAAACUGCCAAAAGUGUCAAAGAAGUGACCCCCAUUUGAUCUUUCCUGCCAUGUUUGAGUCAACCUCGUGAACUUGGUGGCCUUAGCGAACUCUAUCUGCAGGUGAUCAUUACUCAACUGUCAACCAUUGGCUGUGAAGGAAGGGGGCUUUACAACAGGUUAUGCAUACCUUUAUACAGAACAUUCAAAGUCCAAGAAGUUAAUAAUGUGAUGUGCAUUUUGUUUCAUACAAUAAAAAGAGGAAACUGUAAAUGACUUGAUCACGAGGACUACUCUUUGCAUCUACCAUAAACACACUGAACUGCUUCAUUGCAAAAAUUAAGGCAAGUUUAUUUGUGUACACAAGGCACUUCAAAGUGCUUUACAGAUGCAAGGAGAUACAUUAAAAAAAAAAAAUUAGUCUAUCUCAGACAGUGUUAAUUUUCUCUUUCUCUAUCUCAGACGGUGUUAGUUUUCUCUUCUUCUAUCUUGGGCGGUUUAGUUUUGUCAUCAUCUAUCUCAGACGGUGUCAGUUUUCUCUUCUUCUAUCUUGGGUGGUUUAGUUUUCUCUUCGUCUAUCUCAGACAGUGUCAGUUUUCUCUUUGUUUAUCUCAAACGGUGUUAGUUUUCUCUUCGUCUAUCUUGGACGGUAUUAGUUGUACUAGUUUUCAAUCAAUAAAAGUUGUCGCACAAAUAUAGCUGAACAAAAGAAAGAAGAAAGUCUUAUGCAACCUAACGAGAUUUAACGAGACAGUUGUUCUCAGUUUAGAGAAAAAGUUUAGAAAAAAGCCACAGUAACCAUCUGUUCUGUUUAAUAUGGGCCACAAACCCUUACAAAUUGAUAGAGAUGUGAAACAUUUAAAGGUAUUUUACCCAACUGUAAAUAUCUAGAAACAAGACAACAACAAAGUCAAGGCCAAAAAACAAACCAAGUUUUUCUCCUGGAAACGGUUGAAGAGUCCAGCUGAAAGCCCUCCAGUAAAUUUAGUCAGAUUAUAGUAAGUGAUGUUGAUGAUUCACCUCAUCUCACUGAAACUUAUGAAACUGGACUGAAGACCCAGUGCCAUUUGGAACUUUUUCCCGUUUCGAUGACCCACUUUUAUUUUCAUCAUGAAUGCAGCACAUGAAUGUUCACAUAUCUUUGCAGUGUUCACAUUCACAUUACCAGCUCCAACCAGCCAACCUUGGUUUUUUUUCCUUUUUAAUGCGUUAUAUAAUAAAAACUUGCUGACUUGGCCUGAGUUUUGCACUGUGAUUACCUCAGAGGGUACACACACACACAAACACACACACACACACACACACACACACACACACACACACACAAGAAGGGGGCUGGUCUCAUAUUUUUUAUGAUAAAAGUGAAAACAGAGCAAGGUGAAUGGUUUUCCAUUGUGAAGGCCAAAGUGGAGCUAGUGGUUACUGCAACUGUGUGACGCUUUAUGAUCCGCUCUUCACUUUUACUACUACUGGAACUGGAAUGCCUUUGAACUGAGCAAUAAUGAGCAAGGCGUGUGUGUGUGUGUGUGUGUGUGUGUGUGUGUGAUGGGGCUGCUAGAAUAAGGUACACGGGUUCACCUCUCAUUUUUGCAUUUGGAUGUCUCUGGCUUCAUUAAACCUUUUUACUUUAACAUCUUCAAAACGCCAUGACCCUGUUGCCCCCCCAUCCUCCCAUCCCUCCAACCCACCCUCCUUACAAAAGAGAAGAGAUUUGUUAUUGCUUUACUUGACACUCUAAAAUAGUCAUACAAAGUCUUCUUGCCAUGGAUUUGUACACACAUUCACUAAUAUCUGGAAGACAGAUCCCCUGUUUUCACAAAAAUGGAAAACCCCAAGCCAGACUCUCCACCAUUUAACCGUCAGUCAAUGAAGACUCGUUUGACAGAGAUUUUCACUUCCAGGAAACAUGUUGCACAUUUAGGAGAUUCCCCGCUAAGAAGUCUCGUGACCACAGCAAGAAUUUGGAGAGUUUGAAAGGGAGAAAUUUCCAGAAUGAUAAGAAAUCAUCAUGUAACAGAGUGCUGUUACAUAUUUCAGAUAUUUUACCAAACAUGUUAGCUAUUUCUCUGACAUUAGCAAGUAGAGAUAAACUUUUUUUAAACUUGUUACCCCCUACUCUCAGUUUUUACAUCUUUGAUCAAUUCUUUUACUUAAGACAACCAAUGAAAAAGAAACUGGACUUUGACCAAGUCACAUAACAGCCCGUACUUCAUAGAGACGUACAGAAGAUGCUCCAACAUCUGCAUUUGGGUCAUCAUCUGUUUCCUCUUUCUUUGGUGUCAAUCUUUUCUGUUAAAUGAUUAUACAAGCUAGACAUGAAACAAGGGGCUACUGAAUUUUUUUUACCAUGAAAAGACAGUUGAGAUUUUUCAUAGAAGGAUUGCGCAACUUGUUUAUGAACACAUUUUUCCAAUCGUUGCUAACAAAGGGUAAGUAUUUUCAGCAUUGGUUUAAAGCCCAGUUUUUACUGUUCCCCACAGCAGGCAAAGAAUUCAAAUACCAAAAACUCAUGAAAGUUCAGUCAAACUUUUGUUUGACAAAAGUCAAACAGAAGGACAAAUAGAGAGAUAUGAGUUUUCUCGUAUGUGAACUGAAAGGUGUAAAUAAAGGUUACUUGGAGUGACAGCUGUUUGGACAAAAUACUUCAGUUGCAUGCAGAAAAACCUGAUUCAGUUUAAUUAAGGAGGAAAAAAUAAGAUAAGUAAGAAAAGCAUCAAUUUUUAUAUUUUCAUUAGAACAGACGUCUGUAAUAUUAGUAAUAUCUGUGUGUAUCUGUGAGUCAAGUAAUAGAAGGAGAACACGAGUGAGUUUGGUAAUACCAAAGUUAAGUAUAUUCUGUAACAAGCUGAAGCUUUGCAUUUACAUGAAAUGCUCAAAAAGUGCAAAAUUAUGUGCAGUAAAAUAGAAAAAUGUACCAAAAUCAAAAGUGCUUGUCAUGUAACAGGAAAUACUCUAUUUUUUAAAAAGGCCUAAAGGCUUUCCCUACAGAAAAUUAUACAAUCUUGUCUUGUCUAUUGAUAAAAAAAACAAAAAACAUUUUGCUCUAUCCUGUAAAUGGAUAGAUAUAUUAACCACAAAAAUAUAUAAUCUGGUGAUAAACCAGUAUCCUUAAAGUACUCUGUGAAUAAGUACUCUUCAGCUUUUUUUCAUGUCUUGCUCGUGUUUGUGUGUCUCAGACAGAGCGUCAUGAACAACAGCCUGAGGCUGACAGUGAACUCAAGUAUCACUUUCCAGGUGCUCCCAUGUCCAUCACAGCAAAGAGACAACCACAGAAGAAAUGAUUUACGCCUCAGUUUAUUUCUGCACCCAAAACAUAUAAUUAUGUGAAUAUGAAUACAAAUAUUUGUUGGUUAGCGUCAGACUGAACCAUGUAGUGGACUACAGACUGAAAGACAAACCAAUGCUCGCUGUGUAACUUUGAGACUUUACUUUGUAAUAUGGAGAAUCACACAAUCAGUGUAAAUAAUAGAAACAUAAUAUUGAGCUUUACUCUUACUCUGAAUUUUUGUUUCUUUAUAUUGGAAUUUUUUUUUUUUUUUUUUUUGCUACAGUUCAGAAGAAAAAAAUACAACUUGACUGUAGAUAGCUGUGUUGGUUUCAUAAAUGUAAAUAUAUAAUAACAUGUAAUCUGCAAAUAUCUUUUUCUACUUUCAUCCCAUUGGGGUUAGAUAUGGAUAUCUUCAAGUAUGGAUAAAAUCAAUGAUAAAUACUGUUUGGUUGGAUACAGGGUCAAUGGAAAACAAUAUUUUUUAUUACGCAGCAUAGCAAGAUGUUCUCUAUUAUAUUUGGGCUGCGUGUCUUGAAGCCACAUCUCUGUCAGCUCUCCUCUUAUGUGAGACUCUGAUGGCUUUUAAAAGUUUGUCCUAUUUGGCACUGAGCGCUUCUGUGAAUCAUCCUUGCAACAUGCCCACACAUUCGCAAACUCCGAUCAGAUUGUAGUAAUCUCUGUGCUGCUUUACUCAUCGUCAUAGUAACAAAGGGUGGCUCUGUUUUAUGGUCAAGCUUCUGAGGUUCUGGUAACUGGCACUCACCCUGAAACAGCAGUCUGGAAACACUGUCUCCAGUGUACACAGUCACACUUAUUGCACAAUCGGUGAUUGAGAAGUCAUAUGUGAUCACUUUGCUUUUUUGGUGUGUUGAUCAAAAUAAAACAGGAAAAAUAAAAACAUCCAAGGACAUUACACAACAAAAAACACUUGUUACUCAUUCACCAAAGACACCCACACAUACUCUCGUAUCAAUACUUUAUUGUUCUCAGUCCAAGACUUUAAUGUGGAUACAUGCUUUUUCACGCACAUGAAUGAGAAGAAAAACUUAUUUUAACUAUGCAAACCAAACUACAAUUGGAAGUGGAAGUGAUAAAAAUGUUUUUUGUUUAUCACACAUUUUUGUGAGAUGAAAUCUGAAAAUAAAGAAUAUAUUAUAAAAAAAUGGGAUUGUGGAACUGGAAAUACAAUGUGGACAUCUCAGAUGGAGGCUGACCUGAGGCUCAGUAUAUCAAAAUCAAAUUAUCUUGCUAAAGUAGCCUCUACAUACAACUUACAUCUGUCUUCCAUAUGUUGUCCUUUUCCAAUUAUCACUCUAAUCCCCUCCAUGUCACUCUGUGAUUGUGUGUCUGUCCAGUUGUGAACCAGGAAGGGCAGCCUCUGAUCGAGGGGAAGCUGAAAGAGAAGCAAGUCCGCUGGAAGUUCAUCAAGCGCUGGAAAACCCGUUACUUCACCCUGGCAGGAAACCAACUACUCUUCCGGAGAGGCAAAUCAGUACGUGGCCAAAGAAGACAAAGCCUCCUCACACAUAAGGACUCACAAACUCACUUUCCCCCUAGCCUCUCCUUAAGAAAAUCCUCAUUAAUACUCCUUGUUAGGUAUUAUGUAAAUCAUGAUGCAACUGAAUGAAACAGUGGAAAUCUCAUCUUGUGAUAAGCGCAACUGUCCCCCAAGAGGAUACCGCUGAUUUAUCUGUAACAAACAUCGGCCCCAGUUAGGACACUUGCGGGACUCCCCCAAGGCUAAAAGAUGAUGCUGCAACCACAUGAGUCAUUGUCACCCACGAUAACGCAAAGCAGAUAGUGUUACGCACAAGUAGCAAACACACAAAAGGAGGCACUGUCUCUGCCGUCCUCACAGUGUAUUUAUUUGCAAAGACAGGACAGAGAACAGAAGUGAAGAGAGUUCCAGAGUAGUUACAAUAACACUUUUUGAUCCUUCAGCUCUCCCGAGUCAAGUGAAACAGACAAGAUCAGAAAACAAUCACGGGCGGCAAAACAUAAUGAGCACUUGUCUGAGUCAGGAUCAGUGUUAUGUCAUCCAGCCAAUGAUUAAAAUAAAUUUUAAAAAAUGUUGAAAAUGAAAAUCAGAUGUGCUUAUACUUUGAUUCAAGGCAGUGAUUCAAGAGAAUGAAAGAAUGAACUAUAAUUGAAAUCAUGUUCACAGCCAGCAGUACAUUUGGUUUGCUGUGGAACUCUGGACUGUGUGAAGUUUACACAGACAGCUUCCUAAAAACCAGAAUGAGGCACAACAUCACACAGGAUAUCUGGAAACAGAGUAGAAAUAGAGCUGAUUUUUUUUUUUCUACAAACAAUAGUCUUUGUGUUCCGAUCCAGAUGGUAAAAGAUUUCUUUCUUUCGCAGCAGCCACAAAACUGGAAAUAUUGAGCGUCUUUGUUUUCAAAGUAGAGUUUGCCUCUGCCAACAUGUUCUGGGGGUAGUCGGUAUGUUGUGAAAGAACUUUUCCCAAAUGGGGAGAGAGAUUAAGAAGACAUUCAGAUGUGUGGUUUCCUGCAAGAAUAAUAGGACAGCUUUGACACUCUGAGAGGUUGGAAACAUUCCUCAAUCCCACACAAAGCUAAGCCUUGGACCUCACCAUGAGCACUCAGGUUGUAUCAUGUAGCACAUACAAUCUGAAUGAAAUAUGCUAAGAAGAAUAAGGGAACCUAAUUAUAUUACUGGUUAUUGUUGACACACUGGGAUGUCCUCCACUUUAUACCAUGAUUUCUCCCUUGUUAGAAUCAGAUAAAAACAGGUGCCGAACAACAGACUUUUAAUUUGGCAGAGAGAGAUGGAAAGUCAAUUAGAUCUGAUAAAUCUGCACUCACUUACAGCAGCUGUAAAAAUAAGAAUGUCUGCUAUUGUUCGCGCCUUCUCAUCUUGUUUGCUUUUUGCUGCUGUUGGCUCUUAUUUUGAAAUAUCCUGUUUUGUAUUACAUUACGUAAAAGCAGUUCAGUUGUUUUGCCUUACAAAUGUUCUGAAUGUUGUUUUCCUACCUCCAAGGCAGCUAUUAGUUUCCAUUAUUUCAUUUUUAUUUGCUGGAAAUUUUUAGGAAAUGUUUCGUAAAGAGUUAGCCUGGUUUUAUUUUUGUAGAUUUAAGUUUAUUAGCCAACAGCUCAGUACAAAGGAUCUUUAAAGGGAUAUUCCAGUGUAAAAUUAGGUUGGGGUCAAAAACACUGUAACACCAAGUAAGACAUCCCGUUGAGAGAUGAAGGUUGCCGAUUGUUGCUUCUCUAGUUGUACCAACUUUAGUAACAACCACAGAGAGCAAUACACGGAGCCACGAGCUCAACCAAAACGGUCCUAGCCAUAGCACUAGCCAUCAAACAUCUUUUUAACUUUCCUUAAUUUCUUUAGCAAAAAGACUAAACACGGCUCGUACAGAGACUUUCGGGCGAGUCCAUCGACUGCUGCGGGGUGACACAGCUCAAGGAAGAACAUUUAUGAUCAUUUCCUCAUAAAAAUGCAAUCAGACCGAGACGCUAAGGCAGAAGAACUACCACAUUUGCAGUGCAAAAUUAUUAAUAUGGUGAUUAUUACGUCAAGGAAAUGAUAAAGUAAUGAUCAUAAAUGUUCUUCCUUGGGCUGCGUCACCCUGCAGCAGCUGAUGGACUCGCCCAAGGUCUCUGUACAAACAAGCGGCUGUUGGAAGAUGAGUGAGUCUCUUUACUGAAGAAAUUAGGCAAAGGUAAAAAGAUGUUUGAUGGCUAGUGCUGCGGCUGGGACCCUAUAUGUACUGUUGAUGAAGUCAAGUGUUAAGUGUUUUGGUUUAGCGCCAGAACCGUUUUUUCGAACAUGUUGCCUGUUCAGAGUAGUCAAGGGUUUGUGAUUGAUACACUAAAAGAAGAAAAUAUUAGAAAAUAGUCGUUAAUAAAAGCUGGUGAGCAGCAUUUCCUUUCAAUGUUUAGAGAUAAUGGUUUAUUUGACUUUCUGGAUGGGAUAUAUUUCCAAUCAUGGCUUAAACCGAAGAAAUAUCCAAUUGUACCAAAACACUAAGCUGCUGACCUGUAUUUACUGUGGGAAAACAGCAAGCUGGUCUACAGCAAAGCCAGCAGCGAGGAACAACUGUGAAACAUCCAUGGUGGUUGAAUCCUUUUCAAUAAAUAUACUCUCACACACAAUAUACCACAGACAGGAUGUGGGCAGUCUUGCAGAAAGCUUUGGGUUUGACCACAUUACUAACCAGGGGCUAUGAAGACAUGGUUGUGUCGAAAUACAUCCACAUAAUCCAGCCAUCACCCACAGAAUCACACACAGUAGGAUGAAACAUGGGCCUAAUGAGGAGGACUUCAGUCUGAACUGCUGUUCAGGCAGAGAGACUUAUUGUACCUGAACGGUUGUAUGAUGAAUAUAACAGAGUUUCAUAAUAAAACUCGGUUGUACACGAUGUAAAGGGUAAAAUGUUCCAUCAAUAGGAACACAGCUGUUUUCUACAUUUCUUUCCACGAUCUUUUACCGAAGCGUACUUUAACUCAUUCAGCACAUAUUGUACGGCUGAAAGUGAUGUGUAACGAAAGCUUACUCUGCAAAAGUUUACACUUUCUUUUUUUGGCUUGACUGGAUUCUUUCUUUCUUUUUCUGUGCAGAAAGAUGAGCUGGAUGACAUCCCUAUCGAGCUUAGCAAGGUGCAAAGUGUCAGGGUGAGGAAUGAAGCUUUCAUUGUCAAUUACUCGACAUAGUGGUCAAUAUUUGAGCUGGCUUUCUCUCCAGUUGUAAGUCAGUGAAGUAAUAUCUGUUUAAAGCCAAAUCCUGUAAAUCUAAAAAUGGACAGCAGCAUAUCUCCCUAGCGGAGUAACGUUUAACUGACUUGUUUAUGUUCUCGUUCCCCCUUUAAUAAUCUUUUUUAUUCCAUAGGUGGUAGCCAAGAAGCGUCGAGAUAGAGGCCUACCACGGGCCUUUGAGAUCUUCACGGACAGUAAGACAUAUGUCCUGAAAGCUCAGGAUGAAAAACAUGCUGAGGAGUGGCUGCAGUGCAUCAAUGUUGCUGUGGCUCAGGCCAGGGAGAGGGAGAACAGAGAGGCUACCACCUACCUGUGAAAGAAACCAAUGAGGACACAGCUGCACAGCUAUUAGCAGUAUAAUGUGUGUUUUAGGCACAAAUGCAAAUGUACACACUGGCAAACAUACAGAGGAAUUUCUUGUGUAGCUGCACACAAAAAUACACAGUAUUCACUGCCAGUGACAUAUUAUUAUUUCUGCCAUUAGUGAAAUUCAACAUCAAACCAAUUAAAACAAGAUAAAAAAAAUAAAAAUAAAAACAACAAUAUAUGCAGUAUUUUAUUAAAAAGACCUCCAAUAAACCAGCAAUAACAAACUGACUUAAUCAUGUUUAUCAAGAAUAAUGGAUGGUUACUCUCCUCGAUGGUGACUGCUUGCUUCCACCAUUAUACUUACUGGUGCGUCUACUCUAAUAGAGAGGAGUGUUGCAGUACAUAAGUGUUACAGAUCAUACUGCUCCAUGACUGGGCUAUGCAGCAUGAGAGGUUUUAUUUCCUCCUCUAGAAUCCAGUCAGAGGUGUAAACUUCGACAACCAACCAAAACCAGCAUCUUAUUAUUUUCUAAGUUUAACGAUUGAAACAAUAUUAAAGGGAUAGUUCGGCAUUAAAUUAAUUUAGGGUCAAACUCGCCAUAACACCGACUAGACACCCCCUCGAGAGAUGAAUGUUGCUGACCGCUUGAUUCUCUAGUUGUACCAACUUUAGGUAAGGAUAGCAAUACACAGUGGUCUAUGGAUCCAUGCGCAAACCUCAACCAAAAUGCCACUCUGUAGCCAUAAAUAAUACUCAGAACAGCACCUAACUUCAUCAACAGUACAUACAGGGUCCCAGCCACAGCACUAGCCACCAAAUAUCUUUUUAGCUUUGCCUAAUUUCUUUAGCAAAGAGACUAAACACAACUCACCUACUCUCUUCCAGCAGCCGCUUGUUUGUAGCGAAACCACUGACCAGUCCAUCAUCUACUGCUGCGGGGUGACGCAGCUCAAGGAAGAACAUUUAUAAUCAUUACUUUAUCAUUUCCUUGAAGUAAUAAUCACCAUAUUAAUCAUUUUGCACUGCAGACGCAGUAGUUCUUCUGUCUUAGCUUCUCGGUCUGAUUGCAUUUCCAUGAAGAAAUGAUCGUAAAUUGCUAUCGUGCGGUUAGUAUAACUGGACAAGCAAGCAGUUUGCAACAUUCAUCUCCAAGGGGGUGUCUAACUCGGUGUUACAGUGUGUUUGACCAUAACUUAAUUUUACACCGGAAUAUCCCUUUAAGUUGGGAUAAUUAUUUAGCAAUAACAACUUGAUAGAAACAGAGACUUAAUGCAGGCUUGCAGCAAUAAUGAGACUGAACAGAUUCUACUGAAAGCAGGAAGGAUAAUGAUGAGGAUUCAAAUGAGCGGCGCAUGGAAGGGCAUUCAGGACAAGAAUAGUGUGUGUGUAUGUGAGACAGAGAGAGACUAAAAAGCAAUAGUUAGAUUUGCAGAAAUCCUCUGAUUUGCUCUCCCUCCAAGACUCCAAUGGCGAACUCUUUCCCUCUCAUGUUUGUUUGAUGCCAGAGGAUGACUAUCUAACCUCAACAUAAAGACUUGAAAUCGGUGAAACAGUAAGCCGAGUUCUGGUCACGGUAUCCACCAAACAGCAUUUCUUACGCCCACGUAUCAUCAGUUUAUGUUUUGUUUAUUGAAUGUGUACCAAAGUGACAAGAUGUGGUUCAACUAGGGUCUAUGUAGGAUUACAUCUGUCCCUGGAGAAGUGACUCCCUGGGGUCUUCAUUGGUUGCCAGGUAUUCUCAUUUAGAGACUUCAAAAAGGUACUGCUCUUGACCAGGAAACAACGUUGCACAUCACCAGCUAAAAAAAACCUCUCCCUUUCUGCAGAGAGUCAGGCUAGCUGAUGUUACCUGUUUCCAGUAUUUAUGCUGGGCUAAGCUUACCAGCUGCUAGUUCUAUCUUGAAAUCAAUAGUACUGACAUGAUACAGCUCAGAUUGUCUCACCACUGCUUUGAGUUACAGAUUAUUUAUUUUGAAAUUGGGAUGUACAUACUCAGUUCAGUGUUUUUCAAAUCUUGUAUGUUAUGUUUUUUUUUUAGUUACUCUACUUUUUUUUGACAUUCCUGACAAAUUAGUGUGAAACUGUUUGAGUCAAAAAGUGAAGCGUCAGUCAACCAAGAUUUACAAGUAUAAUGUUUGAAGUUGAACUUUUGACCCAGUGUUCAGGUUUUGGUCUUGCACUAAAGUGGCCUUUAAAAGAAGUCCCCUUGAAAGUGAGAGUAGGUCAGAUUUUUGGUCUUUGAAAUAUCAUUUUAGUACAGACUGAGCAAAUUUUGGUUUUCCCAAUCUAGAAAAUGAUGAAAAAUUUACCUCAUGUUACACAAGAAACAGAACUGGAACUGAAGUAUUGCUCAAUAGUGAAAGUGAGCAUCUGGCAUACACUGAAGUAAAUUAGGAGAUUCUAGCCUCUUGAAAGGUUCAGUUUUUUUUUUUUUUUUUCACAUCAAGUGACAAAGUUGAUAUAUCCAAGCUGUAACGCUUGUGUGUUUUGGGCUUUGCUGGUUAAGCUGUGAUUGAAUCAAGAGGAAGUGAGCAGUAGACUGCUGACUGUUGUGUUUUUCUUUUCAUUUCAACCGACUGAGACAGUUUUCUUCUUUUUCAUUAACUGUGCGCUGAAAAUUGACAGCCUGUGGUCGUACAAAGUGAAUGCGGUGCACAUUAACUGUCUUUUGUUAUUCACUUAACACAGAGAAAGAUGACAGGCAUGAUCUUGAUCUAGUUAAGCUCUGAACUGCCAACCUCAGACAAUUUCACAGUCCGCUGUGGCAAAUCAAUUAUUCUGCACGUCUGAUUCUGAUCUUUAUCUGGAUCCACAUCUGAGGUGUGUGUGUGUCUGCCUUCAGGUGAACACACUUCUCUGUUAAUGCUUUUGGUUACAGAAGAUGGUAUGAAUAUCUAAGAGCCUUGGUAGUUUUAAUUUUAACUUGUGUGACAGACAAUCCCAUUUUCUCUGGUCUUAAAUUGUCCCAAAGCCCAAAUCCUGUUAGCUUUGUAGAUGCAGUCAUAACACUGCCUUUCCCACCAGCUCGGGUUACCAGACUGUGCUUUCUGCUGUCUCGGCACAUUGCCCCCCACACAGCAUAACUAACCUGCGUUUGCCCACAGACAAUUUUAUUUGUACCAUACUUUUCCUUCAUGUUUGGAUUCCCUCCUUCCCUCGGCAUGCCCAUCAGGCUUGGGGGAUUUACCAAGUCUUUUUGUAUUGGGACAUAAUUCUACAAAAGUGUAAUUCUUAACAGAGACAUAACUCUGGCAUUGGUAAUGUCGUUUUGACUCAUGGUUGGUCCACCAAUAGCAAGCUCAACAAGUUUGGAUAGUAUGCUGAAUAUUGCAUGUCUAGAGCAGACCUACCUAUGCAGCGAAGCAGUCUGAUAAGCCGCGUUUACACGGGCACAGAUAAUUGGAAUAAACGCCCGAUCGGAAUAAAAAUGUGUUAUGUAAACACGUCGUUCAGAAGAUUCAGAUCCAAUUCGGUUCAAUCUGAAAGAAAUUGCAUUUGGAUCGAGAGGGGUGGUUUAUGCCGAUUGUUAUUCCGAAACACAUCCAUGUAAACACUUACUCCGAUCAUGACUCUCUUACCUGACUCGAUCUUCACUCUUUUGCCGUUGGUUUAUUUAUUGAGGUCAGUACAGGAGGAUUUUAUUAUUAACACUCUGGCAUAAAACACAUCCGCAGGUGCCGUGUCUGCUCCUCCGAAACAUAACAUGUUGACAGCACAGGCGUAAAUACAACUCUUCUUUAGCGAAAUCUGUUUUAGCGAAAUCAGACAACUCUGCGCAUGUCCAAAUGCUUCUAAUCUGAAUAAAGCUUGGUGCAUGUAUACGCACGUCACGAUCGGAUUAUUUAAUUUUGCAACCAUGUACACAGUGGGUUCAGAUUAUUGGAUCCCUCAAAUUUUUAAUCGGAUCAAGAAAUUUUGCCCAUGUAAACGUGGCCAGAGACAGAAAUAAAAACAGGCAAAAACAGCACACGUUACUUGAUAGUUGUCAGAGGCUUUGAGGAAAUCUUACUACAGUCCUCACAUGAAGAUCAAAAUCUCCUGCUCCCUUCUGCUCUAAAGGAAACAGUCAGCAGACUCAAAUCUUUCAGUAUCACGGUGUUGAUUUCUUGGUGUUUGAGGUGAAUGUCUGAUUAUAUGAAUGUCAAAAUAGUCCACAAGUUACAAUGUGAACACUAUCUGUUGUCACGCAGUCAUGUUGGCCUCGUAUGAGCCAGUUUGUUAGAGCCAAAAUAAAGAAAAGUCUUGAAGUACAUCUGUAGGCAGCUGCAUAAAUAGACUAGAAGAUGGAGUAUCUAUCUAUCUAUCUAUCUAUCUAUCUAUCUAUCUAUCUAUCUAUCUAUCUAUCUAUCUAUCUAUCUAUCUAUCUAUCUAUCUAUCUAUCUAUCUAUCUAUCUAUCUAUCUAUCUAUCUGUCUAUCUAUCUAUCUCACACUGGAGAACACUGAGCUCUUAUUUUGAUGAUUUUGAAGCACAAUGAGAUUACAUAUUCAGUUAGAAAUGCAGAUAUCAGAGUGGGAAGAUCUCAACAAUAGCACACUUUGGAGAUGAAAAUGAUUGAACAGUAAGUUUUUUGAAUGUAUAAAAUCAUUUUUGAACAUAAUUAUGAGCUUAGUUUAAGAGCGUAGUUCAAUUGUUACUUUAGUCUGCUUGUAAAUUGAAUUUAAAAUUUCUCUGUAUUUUUUUUUUUUUUUACAUUUAAGGUCAGUAUUUAUUUUAUAACAAACUCAUUUAUAACACUUAAAUUCUGUCUGGAAAAAGUACUAGAAGAUAAAUCGUGAAUUUUAACUUGUCGCCUUGUUGUUUCUCUUGUUUGUUUUUUUUCUCCAUUGUUCAUCAUCACAAAGAAUGCUGUAUUUUAUUGAAAUUUAAACUGGUAUUAUGAAAGAUUGUAUGCGUACCUGUUACACCUUUUGCAUGUCUGAUAUUGCCUUUCUUUUUUCCUGACAGAACUGUUAAAUAAAUCUUUGACAUCAGUCAGUAAAUCUCUUUCUCUCUGUGUCCUCACCUUGGUUUGCUUGUGGUGACUUGAAGUAAACCAAAGUAAAUAAAUAAGAGGGGAAAAAAAGAGAAAAUGAUUCGAACAAAGUCAGGUUGUUUUUCUUUCAGGCUAAAUUCACUCACUAAGUCUGCAGUGGUGGAAAUUCUCCAAAAAGCUCCUGACUGUUGAUUCAGUGAUACAAGAUUAACUCCUGGUACAGUGCACAGAUACAAACUCUCACUGGCAGUAAUCCACAUUUCUGAACUCCAUGAGAUUAUUUCACUUAAAUAAAGAAGAGGACAAU